AUGUCACAUCGAUCGGGCUCUGCAGCAGGAGCAGCAGGAGUCGGCGAGGCGGCGGCUGCGGGGCGAGCGGAGGGACGGGCGCGGCUCAGGUAGGAGGCAGGAGGGGCUGUCGCGGGGACCCCCUCCCCGGCCUCGGCAGGAGCCUCGGGGUUGGGGGAGAGGAUGGGUCCCCUCGCUGGGAGGGCUGUCCCUCCUCCCGCCUUUGUCAGGAUCUGGAGGCGGGGGGGGGCUCUUCUAAAUUUGGGGUAUAAAGGAGACCUGAGGGGUUCCUUAGUGGAACACGCACAACCAGGUUAGAAGAAAUAGGUUGGUGCAAACCGCCCGCCCUCGACCCGCAUCUGUCUCUAGGAGAAGUUGCUGGGCGUGUGGUGGUGGCUGUGGGUCAGGGCUCAGGGCUGGCUGGGUGUGUGUCCGUGGGGCUAGGAUCCAGGGGAGGGAAUCGGGGAAGAAGGGGCCGAGAAGGGGAGACCCUCCGGGUGCAGGGAAAGGGACCCCUCUUGCGGGGAGGGUGCAUGGGAAUGUAAGGGCCAAGAGAUGUGCUGGAGAAGAUGGCGGGGGCCGGGGGGGGGCAAAAUCUCUAGGUGCAAGCCAUCUUUAGCUCUUUCCUCUCAGAGGAAGAUGUAUGGGGGUCUUUUGGGGGGCAGUAAUAAGGGGUGUGUGAGAGAAGAGGCGGGAGGGAGGGAGGCAGCAGGGCCCCUUGAGUGUGAGAAUGUGCCAAGGAUGGGGAUGUGUCAUGGAAACAGAUGUGUGCACCAUUGUAUGCCAGGAUGAGGGCUUGCUUGAGGAAGGGGAGUAUUCCAGGAGUGGAAGCCGAGGCAAGAUUGUCUUCAGAAUGAGUUGUGUGCGCUAGAAGGGUUGUGCCAAGACGGUGUGUGUGUGAGAGAGGGAGGGAGCUGGGUGUGUGGGUAGGGAGGAAGGAUAGCAGAAUGGUGUGUGAUGAUGAGUCUCUCCUGUGUACAUCUGCGCUAAGGAGGCUGGAGCAUGUGCCUGUAUGUGGGGGAAAGAGCACGCUGUGGACCUCGGUGUGUGAGAAGGGGAAGCAUUGUGUGCUGGCAAGGAUGCUGUGGGAAUCGCGGGCAGCUUGUGGGCGAAGAUGUUGAAUUAUGGUUGGAGGGGGAGAGGGAGGGAGAGUAGCGAAAGGGUGUGGCAGCUGGAUCUGGGCCUAAAACAGAAGGCUCUACCAUUCCUGUCGUUGGUGGACGACCAGCAUGACCAUUACGCAGUGUGAGAUGGUCUGCCUCAGGCAGCAGGUUUUGGGCAGCGGCCAUUAAAGAGCAGCAAGUAGUUAAUUAUUUAAUGUAUCAUAUAGAUAUUUAAAUUGUUGGUGGGAGGCAGGGUACCAUUUGGACUGCUGCUUCAGGCAACACAUCUUUUUCAAUUAUUUCUGCAUCCAUGGAAGGCAAGAUGGGAGCUCUUUAAAACUACACUUUGCAUGUGUCUGAGAGGAGGUAUCAGACUGUUGUGUGUGGGAAGUAGUUACUCAGAGCAUCGCUCUAUUUUGGAGGCGUUGUGCAAGGUUGUGCUAUUCUGGAAGAAUUUGUAAAUAGCACUGGGAGGCAGGAAUGAAAUCAUUGUGAGUAAGGACUGGAAGAUGGUACUGGAAGAUGGAUACUGGUUGUGUGUGUGUACAGGUUGUGGGUUGCACAUGCAGAGCUUGAAAUGCGUGUGUGAGUUGGCUAUAUGUGAAUAACAGAAUUUUGCAGGUGAGAAGGAAUGUUGAUCGCAUGGGGUAUGUGUGUGUGAGGGGGGGCUGUGUUGUGUUGUGCAGAAUAGGGAGGGGCAGUGGGGAGAGCUUGGGGUUUUGUGUAUAUGGUGUUGCUGCUGUGUCUCUCUCUGGGGGGGGGGGCAUGCUGGCGAUGGACAUGAUCCUGAGGUCCACAAUCUUUUGAAAGUUUAUAUGUCUAUGAAAAUCUGCUUUGCAGGCAUGUGCAACAGAGUAAUGUAACAACGUGUGUGUGUGUGAAUGUGAAUGAUUGGUGGGUUUCUAGGUCUUCUCAAAGGGUUUGGUGUAAGUCCGUUGAUGGAUUCAUGGCUACUGAAACAUAAUGCUGGUGUGCAUGUGAUGAGUGCAUUAUGCAGACCUAAGUGUGCAGUCAGUUGUGUGUGGAGGAGAGACAGGUUGUGUGUAAAGGAGAAAAGGGUUGUAUGUGCCUCUCAUAUUAUGCUGUGCAGAUAUGGUGGGUGGUGGCAUGUGCACAGCCCAGGCCUGCAGUGCUUGCAUGGUGCCUUUGUGGAGGUGUUUCCUAGAAGUAAAGAAUUUCCAGGAUGUGUUCUUGUGCCAACCUGGCACCUACUAGAUGUUUUGAACUGCAACUCCCAUCAGCCCCAAAACAUCGGUGUGUGUGUGUGUGAAAAUCUGCUGUGCUUUGCAUGCACAGAGUGUUUGAGUGGGAUCAACUGCUCUCCCAGGCUCAGCCCUAAAAGCUGAAGGGUGAGGCUGGCAUCCUUCAGAUGUGAGGACACCUGGAGCAAUAUCAAAUGAAGAGAACACCUCACUGCCUGCAUCCGCCUUACCCCCUCCCCCCCCCGGCUGUCAGGUCAGAGGCUUCAAAUGAGCCCAGACCCCUCUCUAUUUAUAAGUGAACUGCUGCACACAAGAGAGAGUCGGGUGCUGGUGGUUUGCACAGGUCUGUGCCUGUGUGUGAUGAUUUGCUGCUAACCUCAGGCCGUAUUUCCUAGGCUGGGUGGGGCUUGUUUUCCUAUGCUUAGAUCAUAGCGGUUUUGCAUACACACACACACACACAUGCCACAGGCUUGCUGAGAUUGAUGAAGUGUCUGUGGACCUGAUGGCAGGUUGUGUGUGCAUAGGCAAAACCAAAGGCUCAGCUUGUAUCUGGCUCCUUCUUCUGCCCACCCCCAACCAUACGAGCCAACUCCUAGGGGCCAAGGUCCUUUCCCCUCCCCAAUAAAAUAUUUGAGGGGGCCAGCCUCCCCCCAAGUUGACGGCCAUUGCCAUUCAAAUGGUGUGCUCAUGCCUUGUCUUGUGGUCUGUUAUGUGAGGCAGGGCUUACCUCCCCCCCCCCAAUACUUUAUUCAAGGAGGCACCCCUGCCCCCAGUGUGGUAUUGGAAUCAAAGCAGAGCUACCAGCCCCAGAAUCUGUUUUCAGAACCCAUUAAUUUGAUGACAAACCAACAAUUUAAAAACUGAGUGUUUUAAACAUGUGCACCGAAUCAUUUACAUUUAUUUACAGAGGUAAAUAAAAAAAUUGCAUUUAGGAGGUGCAACUGUCUAAGCAAGCUGUUGUUUAGGAAAGCAAGCACUGCUCACUCAUUCAGAGAACAGGGUAUUGCCAGUUCACCAUCACCAUCAUCUUGGGGGGCGGGGGCGGCAAAACUACACCUGACCAAUCCAAGCACACAUCCUCUUCCUCUUGCCCCAUCAAGGGGAGCAAAAUCCCAGGAAGCCUUCACCAAGCUGAAGUCUUCCAGUUGCUUUGGACUACAAGUCCCAUCCACCUGGGGGGCACCAGGUUGGCAAAGGCUGCUUCUGAGAGAGGAAGGCAUUAAAGUUUCUCCCCUCUCAAUUCGAUCAACUUUUAUAUAUAGCAAAAAAGCAGAGAUCAGGAAGACUCCCCUCUCCCUCUUAAUCACCUUGAAUUCUCCUUCGAUUCCAAUAAGGGGGAAAUAAUUUCUGAGCUUAAAUGGGGCUAUGCCCUUGCCAGGGAGAAAUCUCUUACUGGGAAAUGCAACCCAGAAUAUUCACAGCAGAAGUCUAAUAUUUUGGGCUGAACACCUGCUGACCAAGAAAUCCUCUGAGCUGGAAAACAGCAUUUGUGAACACUCCAAUCCUUGGAUUUCUACCAGACACAGCACAACUACAGCCAAUUAAACACACACACACACCGGACAUAAAUCCCUCCUGCAAUCAAGUGAGUAGUUAGAAAAAUGAAUGAAAAUCAAUGGCAUUUUCUGUCCUGAAAGGUGAGGGCCCUGAGAUCCCCCAAAUGCUGGGCAGAUCAGCAUGAAUAGGCAUUGUAUCCUGGGAAGUUAAAUAACCCCAAAUCUCAGCUGGAACAAAUCUGAUUUUGAUUUUAUGGCAGUCAGAAGAUGGGGAGGGAAAACAUUUUGCCAUCCAAUCCCCCCCCCGUCCCUUUUUGGCAGCUUGCAAUAUUGUUUUGCUGUCUGGCUGGCUCCUUAUUAGGGAGAGAUGCUAUUUAAUUAUCACUUUCACCAGCCUAAUAACAAGAGGGAGUAUUAACAUUGAAGCACAUAAUUCCGGUAUCUGGGUAAUUGGUCUUGAAUUUCUGUUAAGGAAAAAACACCCUUAUUUACAAUAUCCUGGGCAUCUAUGCAGGUUAAGGCCCCAAACUCCAUCUAACUCCCCAGUUUCCUUUCCUUUUCCUGGCUCCAAAGCCUGAUGCUAAAGCAGCCCACCCAAGGAAAGCCCAGGAGUUCCUCACAUCAAGGAUCAAUCCCUCUCCCAUGAACAUAGUUCAGUUUAAUAAAUAAUGCUGUCCUCCUCACAGCAUGGCUGUGGUUUUCCGCACCACCCUCCAUUCACUUCCAUGGGACUUCUGCCGGAGAAUAUCCCCUGGCGGUGUGCACCCUACCUAGGUCAGGAGCUUGAUUCCCAAGCUUUCCUUAAUGAUUAAAAAAUCCCCCUUCCCGGAGCUGUGGAAGAUAACCCUGGAUGCCCCCAGCCUGCCUCCCCCCCCGCCCUGUCAAGGAGGUGAUGGGUGGGUGGGGAGGGGGGAGAGGGGCAGCAGGUGGCAAUUGAUUUACGGGAGGAAUCUGUCUGAGGCAGGAGCUGCGUGGUGGGGAGAGGGACGGAUAGCGGCAUGUUGCCCAGGCAACGAGGAAUUAUGGUCUGGCAUGUUCCUCAUCAAUCCACCUUGUCAAUAGAGCUGGUGGCAGGAUAGAGAGGAAUACCAAGGCCGGCUCUGCCCAGCUGCACGGAUGCCCUCAGCCCUGACCCAAAACCCUCCCUGCUGUCUGAUCUGCCCCCUCCUCCCCACAGGCUUGACAAAUGCCCCACACUCUUCUCCUUCUUGCCACCCAGCUCUCUCACCUCUUCCAUCCACAUUAGAGCCCAACGGUCUCUCAUUCCUGCCUUUUCAUGAAAAGCUCUUUGUUCCUGGGAUUCUCUCUCUGUCUCUCUCCUGCUUUGUCCCCAGCCUUCUGCUUCUCAGUGCAGCAAGAGUGGAGACCGAGAGUGGAGACUUUAGGGCUUUGUUUGGGGUAGGGAGAGGGAAGGAGGAGGCUGGGGUUCUUGGCACCUGCAGCUACCUCAGGGCCUGGGGGUUUCAUCCACAACUGCUGCUGCUGCCUGGCACAGCCGCUGUACCCCCAGUUCCCUUGCCCCACCCAGGUCUGCACCUGCACGUCCAUCUCUGUAACCAGACCCAUAGUGACUCAUCUCCCUGCAUCUCUUUUUCAUCUUGCUGUAUUUGCCUGCCUAGAGUCUCUCUCUGUGUGUCCUGCUGCCCCCACUCAGCACCUGCAGGAAUAAACUCAGAGGAUGGGAUGGGGAAAGAGCUGGGUUCUCAGUCUCUUCCCGCUCUGCUGUUCCUCAAAGUCCUUCACUCAUAUUGUAUAUAAAAGAGAUGUUUCCAAACAAGCCAAUUUCUUCUGACUUACCACCACAAGGCCUUGCUAGAGGAGUGUGGACUUUUGUUCCAGCUUCCAGAGGAUGGAGGACCCCAGGUGUCUGGGUGCCCAGUCCUCUCUGCAGUGUGAUGAUGUGGGAAGGGCCCUUUCUCCUCAAAGGCUGGACCACUGACUUGCCAGCAAACCACAAGCAGACCGAAGGGGCUUCAGAGAAGAUAGCUGGAAACACAGAGCUGAAAACCCUGCCACCAUUGUAAAUAGCCAGUUGCUUGGUCAUCUCUGGCAAUUAAGUGCUGCAAUAAAGGUGAUGAAGUAAGGAAGCUUAGAUCAUUGAAAGAGAGCUGGCUAGGCUACUCAGCAGCUGCAGGUGACUCACAUAGUAGGGGCAAGGGGCUAGUAAAAAUGUAUGUGAGGCUCUUGUCUAAUUUGUAAGGCUGAUCUCUGCCUUGAGAAAAAGCGAGGUUUCCACAUCAUACAGGACAAAUCCAACCCAUAGGCUACAAUGCACUGGGAAGGUAACACUGAAAUAUAGAAGAUCCACAGUCUUAGCAGCUUCCAUUCAUGUCAGUGAACUUUACACCCCAUAUUAAUUAGCAGAGGUGUCUAGUGUUUGUGCCAUCUGGAAUUAAUAACUGUUGAGACACCAACAUGUUUUCGACUUGCUUCUAACCCUGAGCGAAAGCCAUUCAACCAAAUUAUCCUGAGAUUUCUUACUGAAUGCAACAUUUGCACACCACCCUCCACAUCCUGCCUCUCCUUGUGGCAAUCCCCAGUCCUCCAGAGGAGGUAGGGCAGAGACUCAGGGUUAGCUCAGGUUACUUGCUGUCCUACUCAAAUAUCAAAUUUGCCCUCAGUAAAGCUGUUAAGUGCAGACUUUGGGGCCACAAUCUGGGGCCUCACAGCCAAGUGCCCUGAUGAGAGCACUAGCAAGCCUCACUGGGCAUUGCCCACCAUCUAAAAUUUCUCCAGAAAUGUCUCUGAACCUUGGUGGGGCUCCAAGGUUUCUGGGCAAAUAAAAAUGGCCAGUGGUUGGAGCCUGGCUUUGCUUUCCAGCAUGUACCACCCAAAGGGUUACAAAAAGUAAGCGGGCAGGGGCAGAGACCCAGCCCUCUAAAAGGGGUUUUAUAGGACAGCAAUGGCAGCGGCAGGGAGGGAGUAUUCAGGGCUGGGGAGGGGGAAGCUGAGCAUGGGACUCUGGGUCCAGUGUUGGAAACUCAGAUAUAUAAUCUAAUCGUCAAAGGGCACCUUAAGCGUAGGGUACAGUCACCAGAAUGGAAUGCCUAGGUGCCUUUUUUGCAGUGGAAUUUAUUUUUAUUAUUAAUUUCGUUUCUAUUCCGCUUUAUAUUUUAAAGGGGAAAAAUCUCAAAGCGGUUCACAACACAUUAAAAUGUCAAAUAAAACAAUCCAUAAUAAAACAAAUUCAAGCUUCAAGGAAAGUAUUUCAGAUCCUUCCCUGUGACAUUUUGCUUUCCCCCGUCAUCAGCCUGGCAUCCCGAGAUCUCCAGGUGGCCUCAGUUGGACCUGCGCCAAUCACAAAAUGCGCCUGGUGCCUGGCUGAUUUCUAACACGGCACAGGAGUGCUGCCUCUACCUUCUUGGCACCUCUGUCACCUUCUCCCGCCUCCACAACUAGGAGUGUCAGUUGUGUUGCCUUUUGAAGCACCUUCCUGACUCGUAAGUUCCACCAAAAUGAACGAAGGCAGUGCAAUUGCAUAUGUGUGUGAUGACAAUGACAACGCACCUUCCCUUGCUCUGAGGAGUGACAGGGUCUGGGUUUGGCAGAGACAUCGCACUCCCACUUUUCAGGUUUCUUUCUUUCCCUUGCUUGUUCAUGGCAAAUGGAGACUUUCUGAGCCAUGCAAAAGGAGCGAAGGAAGGAGGCUGCAGUCUGAGAAGCUAUUGCCUGCCUUUUGCUUUUGUUUCCUCUCUUGGCUUGGUUGGGCAAAGGUUCGUUGUUUUCAGCUUGCAAGGGGUAACAGGGCUGCUGGUAUUCCACUCACUAUGUCACACUUGCUUCUUUGGGGUGGGGAUGGGGGUUGUUACAUUGAAGGAGACAGGCUAUUUCGGAGUCCCAGGGAGAGGGCACCUUGCAGGAGGUCUCCUUUGCUUGUCUACUGGAUGUUAAUUCACCUGGGGGAAGAUCACCUGUCACAACCAUUUAGGGUUGUUAAUGAGUGUAAUGAGUGAGAUUGAAUGCAAGUAGGCUGAGAGGAGCAAGUGUUUAACCUGAAAGGUUUUCUGGCUGGGUACAUACCACACAUGUUAAAACACACGGCUCCCCCUCUCCCAAGCAGAAUCCUGUGAACUGUGGUUUACCCGUCACAGAACUGCAAUUCCCAGCACCCUUAAACUACACUUAGACUCAUAGAAUUGUAGAAUUGUAGAGCUGGAAGGGAUCCCGAGCAUAGCUAUCAACAUUUUCCUUUUUUAAAGGGAAAUUCCCUUAUUCCGAAUGGGAUUCCUCAGAGGAAAAGGGAAAAGUUGACAGCUAUGAUCCCGAGGGUCAUCUAGUCCAAUCCUUGCCAUGCAGGAAUCUCAACUAGAUCAUACAUGACAGAUGGCCACCCAGCCUCUGCAUUAAAACCUCCAAGGAAGAAGAGUCCAACUCUUGUCGUUGGAGUCCGUUUCGCUGUCAAAUAGCUCUUCCUGAUGUUUAGUCAGAAUCUAUUUUCUUGUAACUUGAAGCCAUUGAUUUGGGUCCUACCCUCCAUGGCAGGAGAAAUAACAAUAACAACAGCAACAACAAGCUUGCUCCAUCCUUCAUGUGACAGCCCUUUUGAUAUCUGAAGAUGGCUAUCAUAUUUCCGCUCAUUCUCCUCUUUUACAGGCUAAACAUGCCCAGCUCCUUCAACUGUUCUUUAUAAGGCUUCGUUUACUUUAUCAUUUCGGUCUCUCUCCUCUGCAAAUGUUCCAGCUUGUCGAUAUCCUUCUUAAAUUGUGAUGCCCAGAACUGGACACAGUACCCCAAGUGUGGUCUGACAAGGGCAGAAUAGAGCAGGGCUAUUAUUUCCUUUGAUCUGGAUACUAGACUUGGGUUGAUGCAGCCUAGAAUAGCAUUAGCUUUUUUUAUUGCUGCAUCACACUGUUGACUCAUGUUCAGCUUGUGGUCUACUAAGACCCCUAGGUCUUUUUCACAUUCACUACUGGCAAGCCAGGUGUCCCCCAUCUUAUAUUUGUGCAGCUGGUUCUUGCCUAAGGAUUCUUUCCCAGGAUUCUUUGUGGGGAAAUUGUAUGCUUGAAACAUGCUUUAAAAGGUAAAGUGUGUACACAGCCUCUACCGUGUCACGUGUUUCUUCCUUGCCACUCUGAGCAGCCCCUCCUACCUCGGUGGGCCCAGAGCCAAGAUGCGGCUGGACUGGCAAGAGAGGAAGGCCUUUGCACUUCCCUCUCUUUGGCUUUAUGCUCUGUGAAACAGACUUGUUCUGGGGGCUCUUGCAGUCAUCCUGCAGCCUGAGCUGCCAUCACUCCUCUGGAAUCUGGGUCCCAAACAAUCAGCGCCUUGUUGUGCACUUGCUGUGUGUUGUCAACAGGACGGCUCGGCUGCCCCCAAGUUUCCGCUGCCUCGCCCUCAGCCUGACCCAUCCGCAGGGCAUCAUGGCUACAAUCGGGGACUUGAUUGAGGCCCCAAGCAGAGCUAGUGGGACCCAUAGCAUUGAUGGAUCAUUGGGGGUGUGGUGGGCAGGGGCAGCAGGAAUGGUGGGGCACCAGCAAAGCAGGGCAACGGGGAGGUGGCGCAGGGAAGAACCCUGCCUCUGCCUCUCCAGUUCUUCCAGCUGCAUGAAUCAGCCUGUUCCAAGAAGGAGGAGGCUCACAUGAAAUCCUUUUCCCAGCAAUGGGAAUGACCCAGUCCAAGGCUCCUGCUGGGCUGCAGCCCAAUGACACCAAGCCAGAAUGUUUUGCAAAUGAGUUGCAAAAGCACAGGCAUGAUUUCUAGAAAAGUCUCAUGUCUCUCUUUGGGUCUUCAGGGCCAGAGUAAUGUGUGAUCAUUUGGACAUGUGAAUCUGCCUUCAGCAAUCCAAGCCAAACUGUUGCUCUUGUGUGUGUAACUGGUGUGUACAUGUUCACCCAUGUACACCCAUGCACACACCACACUUAAAAGUUUUAGUUUAUUCCCACCCUGUAUGUGACCCAGUUCCCUACUUGUCAAUGUGCCUUUGGACCACGGCCAUUGGCGAAAAGUGAUCAGAGCAACAAAUGUGACUCUUGCCUUUGUACAGUAGACUACACUGCAGCCCUGCAAAAGUCAGAGGUUAGUGUGCACACGCAUGUGCACACACGCACACCCCACAGCCUCCAUCCAGGCUGGGUCAAAAGCACCUGGAGGGGCCCCUGGGAGCCCUGAGCCUGAGGUUCCCCACCUUUCAUUUAGGAUGGCAAGAUCAUGUACCUUUAAUCCUUAUGUAGAAGAAAGGAUUUUGGCAGCUGCAGUUUCUCACUCAGAGCUGAGCAGAGAAAGACUCACAGAACUCUUCUGCACAACUAUUAAGGCAAGAGAUUAAGUCCUGCCACCAUUCUUUGCGUCUGCUCACCCACCCUCUUAUCCAUGACCGAGCAGGAACCCCCAUGUCAGCCGCCUCUUUUGGGUCGCUGCGCAUAAAUACACUGAUUCUAGACAGUUGUUGUUGUUAUUGGGGGGAAAGAUUACAAAAUGCUGAAACAUCUAUACUUUGCAUAAAGAUCUGGAGAAGAUAUUUUUUGCAGUUUGCUGUGUUUCUUUAAAAUAAUGUGCACACAGCUUCCUCUGCAGCUUGGAGGGGUCCAAGGAACCUGUUGGGAUAAUAAGGGCAGGCAGGUUCUCAGACCCACCGAGCAGCACAGAGGCUGCAAAACAGGACAGCAAGUGCAAAUGCUCCACCCCUAAGUCCAGACUGAAUGCUAAUUUAGAAUCUUGCAAUCUCAUUUUAUAAACAGAAGGGGGAAAGCCACCCUUUCCCCCGCAAAGGCCACUUCCCUUCCCACCAUCCCCAGAAUUACUGGAUUGCUGUCAAGACACUUCUCAGAAAUUAUGAGCGUUUGGCCUUCCAGCCUCUCUCCAGCUCCCUUCACUCCAUUCUCUUUCUGGGGCUAAGAAUAGACUCCAGGUGCCCUGAAAGCUAGUCUGAAUGGCCUUGAGUAUUCAAAGCAGCUUAGUAACCCUAUGAAACCCUUUCAGCAUCUUCUGCUCUCAUACAGCCGCAUCACAGUUGUUAAAUGUGUCUGUGGAUAAGUUCCAAACCAUAACCAGAUGUAAAGAAGACUAUCUAUCUAUCAUCUAUCUAUCUAUCAUCAUCAUUGGAUCUAUGCCUCCCAGGAUCCCACAAUGCAUGUCAUAUGGAUAGGAUGGAUUCUCUAUGACCCCCAAAUGCUGAAAUAAUACCAAAACCCACAGAAUGGAAAAUCGACCCAAGGCAGCCUUAUGUCGACAUGGUGCUGUCCUGUACUGAGAGUACCUGGUGGGCAUAGGCAGGGCGGGGGGCGCCACAAACCAAGAGGGAUCUACCAGCAUCACUUCUCCAUCUGCAAAAUGAAGCCACAAAUUGCUCCAAGUUUAAAAUUAAACAACAGCACAGUCCUAAAGGUCACUAAUGGAGGAAGGAGGGAGAGGUCCCUGCAGCCAGAGGAGAGGCAAAGGGGUCAUCUAUUCCUUCUUUGCUCCAAUGGGAGGGAAUUAUCUACAGAGCCACCCAUAGAAUGGCAUCAUUCCAAAGGGUGUAUUGAGGAAACAAGAGGACUUUGGAUGGGGCACAUCCACACCCGUCCCUGACACACACUGUUUCCCUCUUUCUCCAUUGCUGGAAAAUCACCAGAACAUGUAGAAUGGCAGAGUUUUCCACCCACGUACGGCCCUGCUGAGAGUCCUUCUCUGAUGGAGGGGCACCUCCUCCUCCACUUCUUCCUAAAGCCCCCUCAGGCAGCCUCAAGGUUUGCUUUCUUGCACUUGUAUGUUAAGUAUGGUAUAUAAAUGAUUAAUAAUAUUAUUGCAGCUCUCUGUUAAAUGGCCCUCCUCCUUUAUGCCCUGUUCUUGAUGCCGGACAACGCAUGUUCCUCUGGCCUCAUGAGGAGCCUCUUCAGUGGGGCUGGUGAGUGUGGGUCCUGCCCCCUAGGCCAGGUGGAAAGGGCCUUGCAGGGAGCGGCCUCCACGCCUCACAGCCGGGCCAUGUUCCUCUGGCCUCAAAUGUAAUUAUGCAAAUGUAAUCAUCACCAUCAUAAUCUGUGGGUUUCAGGGGUGGGCUUUUAAUUUUUUUAGGCUUCCUGAUGAGCCUGGAGGGUUGCUGAUAGAACCUGAAGAAGGGCAAUUCUCAGGGUGGAAAUAUAAGGAGAGAGAGAGAGAGGAUUUAAGGGGCUCGCCCCCCCAACCUUGGAACUGCUCCUUUCCCCGAUAAAUAUGUUUCCCCUCAUCCCUCUCCCUUGUUGGGAUUUGCAUGUUUUCUUUUGCAAAUGAGGACAAGGGAGGAGCAGAAAUGGAGGUUGUUCACCCCUCAGCCGACCAGACCUUCCUUAUCUCCCUGCGCAGGGACCCCUGCCACGGCCAGAUCUGCUGUAUUUUGCUGAGAGAGGCAGGGAGAAGAAAAACGAAACUGGGACUCUGUUUUCUGAUUCUGGGAAAGGAUUGGGGCUUAGUGGUUAGAGCAGAAGCCAAUUCCCCUGGGUUGAAUUCCCUGCGGACAGUUAUGGAUCCUGCCUCCUCCUCCCCUGCCUUCCCCUCCUUUGUGUCUGUUUAGUAGGCAGAGUCCUUAAGGCUCAUUAGCUUAUCUUUGCCCAUGGUUGCUAUGGAGACCACAGAGUGGCACUGUCCUGUAGGGCAGCAGCGAGGGAGUGGAAGAGGCUGCUCUUUGCGCACAGGAUGUGUGGCAUGCGCCUCACCUGGGCAGUGCCUGCAAAUCAACACCUGCCAAAAAAUAAAGAGCAGGUGCUCGUGAGACAAACUACGCCAACUGUCACCCCAAACUCCAAGGCUUCAUGGUGACUGAACUGCGCACAAUAUGCAAACCACAGAGGGCGUGAUUUGACAAGAGACCCAGGUCAGCACUAAGCACACCCACAAUGCCCGUUUCUAAGGCUGCGCACGGCCGUGCAUUGAAAGCACCCAAGUGCUGGAGCUUACCCACCACAGGGCUGCCAUUCCUCAGCACCCUUAACAAACUACAGUUUCUAGAAUUCUUUUUCAGGGGGUGGGGGAGGGAGGAGAAAUAUGUCUUAAAUGUUUGGUGUGUAUGUAGCCUAAGAGCAGUACAGGUGAUGGCUGUGCCAUGAAGCAAGAUAAGGUGGUCCCCUCUGACAGCAGGAAUUGGGUAAAUGUGGGUCCAGCCUGCCGAAAUUUUUCGCCUGUGCAAGAACAUUGUGCAGCUGCUAUUGGGAUAUAUAUUUGACAGAUCCCUUUUUUUGUGGUUGCUUCCUCUGCCACCAGGCAUUUUAAGUUGAGAUCUUUCCCAGGCAGCACUGCAGAGGUUGGCCUAGACGUCUCCCUUCCAACUGUCCAAUUCUGUGAUUCUAUUUCUCCCCCCAACACUUACAGUUUAUUACUUGGACCCCUUAAAUCUGUAACUGCCCCACAGGCAUGAUGUUCCACUAGCCCCUUUAAAACAGAUUAAGGUGCCGCAAGACACUAUUGUUGCCAGUGUAGAUCAGUUUCAUUCAAGGGCAGUGCUCCCUGCCCCCCAAAUCAGAAUAAUAAAAAGGGAAGAUCUGUUCUUUCCUGUUGCUAUCUUUUAACUACAUCAGGCAUGUCCAAAAUCCGUUUCGGGGGCCUAAUCCGGUCUAUUUAAUCCAUUUAAAAUUGUAAAAAAGCUCAAAAACUUUAGUUGGCCCUCACGCAUGAUCACUUCAUCAAAUCUGGCCCUCUUUGAAAAAAGUUUGGGCACCCCUGAACUACAUGGAGGAGAGGUAGUGAGAAUGGUGACCUCCAUUAACAACUGUAUUUCAAUUCAUUAGCUAUGGAGUGCCAAGGAGCAAUUUCUAGCAGAAAGUGUCAAUCCACAGUAUGUUCAAUGUUGGUGUUUCUAGUGCAUAUAUCCCUAGCAUAUACGUAAAUAGCUCGUCAUUUAUUCAUUCAGGAAGAGAUACAAAUUUGCUGUUGUGGUUGUUAUUACUUUAUCAUAGGUUGUAUUCAGUGUAUCACUGUCAGGUGUGGGGAACCUUUGGCCCACCUGAAGUAGCUGAACUACGACUCCCAUUGUCCCUGGCCACUGCCCAUCCAUGCCGGGGCUGAUGGGAGUUAUAGUUCAGCAACAUCUGGAGGACCAAAGGACCUAUAGAAUGGAGAUAAUUCUCUUGGGCAAGCAGAAAUGCUGCUGCACACUCUUCUGGGAAUAAUAGUAACAUGCUUCAUGGGGUUGUUGUGAGGGCAAAUGUGAUAUAUAUAUUUUUUAAAUUUGAGUGAAAAGGGCUGUUUAGACGUUUCAUAAUACCAGAUUAGGGUUGUGUGUUUGUAUGUGUCUGUGUAUGUUUGCGGGCACAUGGGGCCUGCUCAGUGGCAUCACUAUUAUAUGGACUCGGUUUUCCCUGCCAGAACAAUGGGAAUAACUGUGUGUGACCUGCCUUUGAAGGUUGGAGUGUGAUAGGCAAGAAAAGGUUGUGGACCAGUAAGGUUUAGAAGCGGGGGUCCUUUUCAUGGGUGAGAUGCCUCCCAGCCCCGAAGCUCAGUGGAGAAAGAUUUGAGGCUAGUUCUGUUUCUCAGGGUGCCUUAGAUUCUUAUGCAGAUGUAUUUGUGGUAGCAAAGUAGUGAAGACCGCAAACCUAGACACACUUUCAAUGGGAUAAGCCUCACUGAAUGCAAUAAGAAUUAGAAAACCAGCUUAGGGUUGUGCUGAGCCGCAAAUCAAGAAACAGCCUCCGCCCCCCGGUCGUGAUUCUUGCCUUUGCCUCCUCACCCAAGGUGGCCUUAGGCAAGCUUCUCCCUCUCAGCCUCAGCCCCAUCCAGCCGCUUCCACAAUAUGGAAGAUGUAAUGAUAAUGGCCAUUUACCUUACAGAGUUGUUGUAAGGAGCACAACAGGCUAGUGCCCAUGAAGCACUUCAUUUUUUUUAUUUCAUAAAAUGUAUAGGCCUCUUGAUUUUAUUUUUUUAAAAAAAUAACACUGAAAGAGGUUUACAAAAGAUAUAACAGUAAAUUUAGAAAAAAAACAUUGCAGGAUCUUUGAACAUUCAAAGUACUAUAUCAACAUUCCCCAACCUGGUGCUCUCCAGCUGUGGUGUUUGUUUUCUUUUUUGCUGCUGCAUCACACUGUUGACUCAUCUUCAGCUUGUGGUCCACCAAGACCCCUAGAUCCUUUUCGCAUGUGCUACUGGUUAUCCAGGUGAGGCCCCCCCCCCCAUAUUUAUGCAGCUGGUUCUUCCUGCCUAAGUGUAGAAUGUGACAUUUGGCCUAUUGAAAUUCAUUUUGUUAGUUAUGACCCAGUUCCCCAAUCUGUUAAGGCCAUCUUGAACCCCAGUUCUGUCUUCUUUUUGCUGUCCUUGUUUGCUGAGAUGAAAGUUGGCUUCUGAGCAACGCCCAGGCCUUACAGGCACAGCUCCACAGGGUGCUAAUGCAAGCCCCGGGUGGGAUUGUAGAGGCACACACCAUCCUCUUUUGUGUGCUGACUUUUCCUAAUACACUAGGCUCAAUGCAGCUCACAGCUGCCAAAGUUAGAAGGCAGAGCAGCUUUUAAGCCAUGAGAGAUGCAGCUCUUCUAGGACCCCCUUCUCCACCCAACACCCACAUCUGCGAGAGGAAGAGGCCACGCAUGUGCUUCAUGAUGCUCUCCAUCAGCAGAGGGUCAUGGUCAGCCAUUGCGUCUCAGAGGCAAUGAGAUCUGUGGAAAAGCAGAAUAUUAGCUGCAAACAAGCAUUAUUUUUAAAACAACAACAACAACAACAACUGAGGGAUCCUAGUGGAGCAGGACAUGAUCUCUGUGAGCUGGGCAGCUUCUAAUCCCUCCUAGCCUUACACUUUCUCAUUAAACACUGAAGCCUCAGAUAAAUCUCCAAAUGAAAGUGCAAGAGAUCCAGUUAAUUCCAGAGGAUUGGAGGGGCUCUGUUGCAAUGCUCAGUUUGUCCUGAAGAGGGCGUCAGGUCAGAUGGCGGACAGGCUGCUUCUUUAUUUUUAAUGCUUCUUAAUACCGCGCCGCAAAACUCUGCAGCCCCUUUGCUUUGUGCUGCAGCUGGUGGCAGCCCUGAGAUCCCUUUUAACCGGAGAUGUUGGGGCUGAACCUCAGAAGUUCCCCAUCCAAGUCACAUGCUCAAGCAGUGAGUUAUGGGCUUUCCUCCCCUGAUUUGAUUUUAUACAUUGUUCAGUCUGAGGUCUUGGCAAUAUUCUGGAAAAUGAAUUUAGUUGCUCCAUUAAUUCAUGCACAGCUUAAAAAAAAGACGGCUAAUCAAUACAUUUUAAAUUCUUUAAUCGGUUCAAUAGUCCUAGUUAAAAGGAUUCUAAACCCCCCCCCCCACCAUGGGACAUUUUAGCUCUACUACUAUCUUGAGGAAAUAAAAAAUCUUCUGCCCUUAUAUGGGGGAGGCUGUUGUGUCACCAGUGGCGGAGGAGAUGGGGAGCUGCCAUUUCUCAUGCAAACAUUUCCAGUUCCUUUUGAUUAGGGCCUGUCAUCAGAUUCUCCUCUCCAGUCAUUCCCACCCCCUAUCUCCCCCCCCCAACUCUACUCCCAGCCCCUGUUAAGAGGGCUUUUGACAAGGCCUGUCACCUACUUCAUUAAUUCUCCUGCUUCUAUGGAUGUUUGUUUUACCAAGGGAGAUGAAAUAUGAAAAGGUUAAAAGAGGUGGGGGGGUCGGGUAGCAAGCAGGGGGACAGGGCUGGGUCAAGCAGAACCAGCAACGGGAGAGAUGAGCAAGAAGGUCACCAAGGGCUUUUUGGAUAGGAGACCUAGCCUGGGUAGAUGGGAGGAUUAAGACUGAAAGGCAUUCGUGUGUGUGUGUUGCAUUGUGUGUCUGUGUGCCAGCCCGAGACAAUUUGGCUUCUGAGGCAGAAAAGCCAAUGGGAGCCCCUUCUGAUUAAGGCUGUGUACACACCACCCCCUUGACACACAUGUAAAGCACAAGGCCAGGCCUCCUCCACAAAGAAUUCUGCAAACUUUAGUUUGCUCAGGGGUCCUGGAAUUGUAGCCGUGUGAGGGGUAAACUACAGCAACAAGGAUUCCUUGGUGGAAGUCAUGUUUUUAAUUUAUGGUGUGCACACAGUCUAACGGACACAGGACCAAUCCUACGGGAAGUUCUCCUGCAUAAGCCCCACUGCAAUGAGUGGGAGAUGAUCAUGUGCCCUUGCACAGCUCCCAUGCGUCUCAGCAAGAGCUGUGCAGGAGAACUUCCCAAUGGGCUGUGCUUUGUGAGUCAGAUUUGUAUAUUGUCUACUCUGCUGUCCGUCAACAGCACCCAUAAUCUGCCACUCCAAGUUGCCCAUCUCACUACGAUGGGGCUCUCUCUGUCUGUUAUAGUCCCCUAUAUGUUUUGAGCAGACUUCACAUUGCAAUCCAAAUACCCGGAGGGUAGGAGUGUUAAUGAAUCUGCAGCAAUUUAGGUUGAGGUGCUCAGGCCAGGUUGCUCUGUGCAUGAGCAUGUGUUUGUGUAUAUUAGCAGUCCUUUGUGUGAAGGGAGCUCUUCCUUGCUCUCUGGAACCAUCUGCCACAGAACAUUGUGAUGGGCUCAGGGGGGCAGUGACCACUGCUGAUGUCCAGAAUUGUGCCAAGCACAGUUUCCUGUUUGCAUUGGCAGGAUUCCUGCCACCAAAGUGUCUGUCUAUAUCCUGCUGCUUCCCCAUGAUCCUGCUGUGAAUGGCUGUGGGGGGUGGGGGCGAGAGAUCAGACUGGGUGCGGCCUGUGGCAUGAGUUCAGGCCACAGAUCUCCCCACCUCCAAGUUUUGACCCACUAGGCAUAGAUUGUUUCUUGUCUUUGCAAUUAUGAGUGCUAGAAACAUCGUUGGUUCAAACCAGUGAACAGUGAGGCCGAGCAGCAUAUUUAUGGCUCCUUAGCUUCCCUGGCUGUUGAUCUGGUUUUUUUAGUUGUGGAAAGUUGGUGUUAAAAGUUAGUUGGCUAUUAUAUGCUGGGCAGAUGACGAAGACUACAGGGGAUACUGGCCUGUUUCAGAGGGCUUGUUGCAAUAAUUAUGGAGACAAUGUACGCUCUCCAAGUAUUAGGUAGGAUGGGGCUGCAGUUUUACAUUAAUGGACUUCUAAAGACCUCGUCCCCCGCCCCCCCAAAAAGUCUGAAGGAUAUAAAGUUACAGUAAUUGAAAGUUGGGUUAUACUGUUCACCCUAAGGACUCCCAGUCCCAGUGCCAUUUGAACAGCAUUUCUUGUAACAACUUGAAUAUACACCAUUGGGUGAAGACUGAUACUGGGUAAAUUGGAGCGGCAUCAUAGAGACAAAUUCUUAUAGACAGGAUACAGAAGCUUUCAAGUUCAGUGACAAAAGUUCAGAGUGGCAUGCUAUUCUAUACUGUUUUAGCUCUAUGGUCCAACCCCUUUCUCCAUUUCCCAAUCCCACUGUGGAAGUGUGGGGGAGGGGGCUUCACUUAUGUCUCACAGCUUAUGUCUCGUAGGUCUUAUGACUUAUGUCUCUUAUUCCAGAUAAAGAUUAUUCUCUCUCUCUUAUUCCCAUAAUACUACAAUUUAGGGUCACCUAAUUAAAUUAAGUGGCAAAAGGUUCAGGAUUGACUGUGGGAAGGUUCUUCUUCACCUGACACAUAGCCUGCUAAUAGGCAAUACACUGAUGGAUACUAGUUUAAAUGGAUUUUUAUAUAAGUAUAUAAGAAAGAUUAAAUACAAUAAUGGCCAGGUCUUUCAAAUGGCAAUUAGCACGACAAAUCAACAUUUUAAAAAUAGAAACUUCAGGAUCAGAGGCAGUCUACCCCUGUGCUUCCUAGAUACUGGGCAUAAACAAUGGGUGUAGCCACACCCUGCUUGGGGUCUCCCCUGAAGCAUUUUGCUGGCUGGUGUUGCAAACAGAAGGCUGGUCUAUGAUGCCUCUUGGCCUGAUCCAAUAAGGGAAUCCUUGCUUCCUUAGCCAUCAUGUCUUAUUUUCCCCCCGUCUGACAUUUUCAGAAAAAAGCCUUUGAGACUCUGUAGCUCUGUCUCCCCCGGUGCCUAAUAAUCUCCACUUCUUUAGGCUAAGCAAGCAUACGCCAUGCAUUCUGCCUAUUCUCCUAUGAUUUAAAAGGAUGGAUGAUCAGAAACAUCUCUCUUUUUCACACCCUGUGAUUCCUCCUCAUUCGUCCCCUCCUUUAUUUGCAUUGCCUUGACCUUCCUGGGUAGCAUAAUCAGAAUCAUGGCCUGUCCCCUGUGAGCUCACCCCCCCCCCCGCAGCCACAGCUGACAGGUUGCCCCCUCCCCCUCCCCCUUAAAUUAUUCAGCUCCCCAUAGCUGCCCCCUUGGCUCCAUCUGCAUCCCGGCUGCUGUUCACUGAGCCCCCGCCGCGCUAACAAUAUAAGCCCCUCGCUUGGUAAUUGCCAGAUGAAUAGAGGAAGGCAGGAGACAUGGGAGGGAAAUGGGGAGUUGCAGUCAGGGAAUGUAGGGGCCCAUAAACAUGCAGGCUUCCCAUCACAUACCCACCAACAUUCCUCAGAUGAAAAUAGGGACGUUUCUCACUCUCUCCUGCCCAACUGACCCUCCUCAACCCCACAUUUUUUGUUGCCCCCCCCCCCCCAGAGCAUUUCCACCAAUGGAACAUAGCACACAAAGCCUGUACCAUCCUGAGAAAACCAUCCAGAUUUUAUUUGGUAGAUUUACAAAAAGAAAAACACACAUCAUUAAAUAAAUUUUAGAAAGGGGCAAGAGUAGCUGCAGGCUCACAAAGAAGAGAAGAAGAAGAGGAACUUGGACUCCCUAAGGAGUCUCAAAGUGGCUCACAUUCUCCUUUCCCUUCCUCCCCCACAACAAACACUCUGUGAGGUGAGUGGGGCUGAGAGACUUCAGAGAAGUGUGACUCACCCAGCAGCUGCAUGUGGAGGAGCCGGGAAUUGAACCCGGUUCACCAGAUUACGAGUCCACUGCUCUGAAUCACUACACCACACUGGCUCAGGAUGGCUUUCAAAAUUCUGGGACUGUCCCUGGAAAAUGACUUGGAGCACAUGCCACCAGGCAUCUAGGUGGUCACUGCAAUGGGAGGAUGGUGGGCCUGAUGGGUCUUUGACCUGAUCUAGCAGGAAUCUUCUUACAUUCUUAAGAAAUGCCAGCACCCAUUUACAAACAAAUCAUUAGCCAGCGGCAUGUGCAUGUGUCUUUGCUUUGUUGUCUGCAUUGUUCUGCUGGUCAGGAGGGCACUUCUACUAUCCUCUUGCACUUGAUAUCCAUUCAGAGAGAAGCCAAGGAAGGGUACCAGGUCACAUUGCUCAUCAGAAGGUUGCAGAUAAGUCAGCAAAUGGUCAUUUGUAUUGGUUUCACCUUGGGUAGUUUUAGUGGUGCCUGGAACGGAAAAACUGUUCGCCACUCAAGCAAAGGAUUGGAUUGUAGAACUGGAAUGGGUCCCACAGUGCACUCCAGGCAUAUACAGGGAAGCUAAAGGUGCCCAGUUGAUGUUGCCAGACCAUACUGUGACAAUCUGCACACUCUGAGGUCACCCCUGGAACAGGAAGAAGUUGAUGUUUCAUUUCUUGCUGUGCUGGAGGUCUCUGAGCAUUCAACACACACAUCUCAUGUGAUCUGAGGCUUCUGGCAUGGCAUAGUGCAAGACAGAUGAUAACAUUGUCCUGCCCGCCAUGAUGGAGGGCUCUGGCCACACAAUGCAGCAUCUAACACAAUUUUGUUUUUUCUCCUAAAUUUAUUUCAUUUAGAAGUAAAAUAAAACCAAGCACAAUCCAGGGCUGUCCCUGAAGCCCAGCUAGGCCAUACUGCAAACUGGUUCCAGGGCUGGUUCAGAUGUCAUCCUAUCCUAGCCAGUGCUCUAGCUUUUGGCCCAAAUUCCAUUUGCCAGGAAAUUUGUCUCCAUCCUCGUAUUCUGUAAUCUAGAUUUGAAGAAAUUCAGUGCUAGAUCACAUAUUUAUGCAUGCCUAAGGUCCCAGGUUCUGUCCUUGUCAUCACCAACUAAAGGGUUGGAGAUGUUCUGGGCUGGAAAAAGCCACUGCUUCAAAUCUUGAAGAGCUUCUGUGAGUACACAAGACUGGGCUUUUUGGACCUAUGCUCUGACUCAUUGUGAAGCAGCUCUUUAUGGCCAACAGAGAAAUGAACAGCUAUUCUACUCAUGUGUUAUGGCAGUGUGGAAAUACCACCCCAAAAAAGUAUUUGUGAGUCAGUGGGGUACAUGCUGGAAUGUAUGCAUUAGAUUCACUGUGGCUGAUCCUUUGGUUUUUGGGUGUGGCUGUUGGUGCUGGCCUAGAAGCACCCUCCUGAUUGGAGGGCUGGUUGUAAGGGUGCUGGCAGCCCACAGAGUGCUUCUGUUGUAUAGAUUUUAUCUUCAGUGGAACCAUGCCUUGUGUGCAUGGGCAAAGUCCAGCCUUUAUGGGGGGGGGAUUUAAAAUUGGGGGAAGUGGUGGAAAAAUAGCCACAAGCACACGUCUUCUGCAAAAUGUCAAGAAGUUCUGAGCUUUCUGUCACACUGCCAGCACCUAUCACCCAUGACCACUAGGUAUGCUGAUGGUAGGGCCAUAGGCUCCUCAUCCAUACUUUAAAGUGAACAGGAAGGCUAGCUCUAGAUAGUGCUAAAUAGAGAGGCAUAAGCCUAAUAUUUGUUACCUGGGCAGGGAGCAAAUUUAGACGCGAUCUCAGUGGUGUCUCUAAAUGAACCCUUUUACUUCCUUCCAUAUACUGUACACAAGUGGCUGCCAUUCAUUCAUCUGGGUCAUGGGGACGCAGCUGUGAAGAAGGCAAAGCCUGCCCUUCACCCCUUGAUUGGCAGAACCUGCUUUCACAUACAUCACCUGUCAGAAUUACAGGAUUUUAGCUAGUAAUAUCAGAACAAUCAGAUGUGGACCUGACACAUAGGACUGUCCAGUCAGUCAGUGAUGUGAAGGAGCAUUACAAAAUGAGACGGAAGUACUGGCAUUAUAAUUAGGAAAACUGAUUGAAUAUUCUCCACAUCUGAAUGCACUCCUGGCGUCAUGCUGAUUAAGAGCAUGAGCUGGGAAGUCUCUGUCUCAAAUGUUUCCAUCUCCUGUGAAUCCAUUAGAUAACGUUAGGCUGGGCCUGCACAACUUACGUCCAACUUACUUAUGGCCUGACGGGCUGUUUAGAAAAUGUUCAUGUUUAUGCAACUCCAGGCAGGCAGCAAAGCCAGGUUUGUUCAGCCUACCAGUGGGGGACCAUGUGUGGCUGAUAAGCUCUGUGUUUGACUCGGAAGAUCAGAACUUCUACAGGCUUCUCUUAGGCAAACUCCUUCAUCUGGAAGAUUUUAAUAGGCUUGUUAUAAAAAAACAGAUUCUGUAAGCUACACCCACCUGCACACCCACCACGCUCCAUGGAGAGUUCAGUUUCUUGGGAUUCCUUUGGUUCUCCUGGUGGUAUUUGUCUGGACUUUGCCCAAUGCACAAUGCAAGUGAUGCAGCUAAAAACCAGGAAAAUCUAUAUCUCUAGCACAUCCAUAUCUUGACAUCAGUAGAACCUCUGGAGCUACUGAGCAUGAGGUUGUAAUGCAUUGCACAGUUUGCUUGCUUAAAAAAAAUUCUUCCAUUCAUCAGAAAUAUCUGUUAGGGGAGAAGGGCAGGAGAUGUAUGGAAACUGACAAUCAGUGGAUAAAGAGCACAGCAUCAGUGUGAACUAUUAGAAUUCUGCCUUUCCAUGUAUCUGUUUAUCUUUCCAUUUAUAAUAAUAUAUUCUUAUCUCUCUGCUUUCUUUCCAUCCUCUGCUCUCUCUCUCUCUCUCUCUCCCUCUGUCUCUCCCACCCUCCCUACUUUGCUAUCUCCAUCCAUCAACCCACUAUUCUUCCCCAUCCACCAUCGCCUCUCUCUUUCUCUUUCAGCCGCCAGCCCCCAUAAACCUUUCCUCACUCACCCGCCCCCCCUGCUCUGCCUUCUCGUGACCCACCCUCCCUUCCUGAACAAAAGGGCCCCUCCCCUUUCCUUUCUGCCUCGAAAAUACACGGCACCCUAGGCCAAGACCCGCUACAUCUUGCCUUGACUUCGAUUUCGGGAUCUCCCUUCUUUCCUUCUCUCUUUAGUAAUCCUGCUUUGUUGGUGGGGGCGGUCUGGGACUGGGGAUGCAGGGCUGGUGGUUCACCCACUUGUGCACACAGCAUGCUCCUCCAACAAGUUGGAGUGAAGGCUGAUGGAAAUAAAUAAACACAGAAGGCAUCAUUAACUCCCUCUCCUCUCCAGCUCCUUUUUGCUGCCUGUGCUGUCGUCCUUGGGGGAAAGGAUGUUUUGUGGGGGAGGGGGACAAUGAUGAUUACACAGGGUUUCUUCCCUUUUUUCUUUACACUAACGGUCUCUUUCUCUCUCCCUCCCUCUUUCCUCCCACAGCCACAAGCCACAGUGGGGGGUGCAUGCUGCUUGCUCCCCUUUUGCUGCGCCACUGCCCAGAGUUGGAGAGAGGCCCUGGCCAGGGGUGCCAGGUGAAAUGGCUUCAAUGCUGGCUGGUUUGCUGAUGCUCUGGCCGUUGGUUCUGCUCCUCUGUGAUCCAGCAGCGUCCAUCGAGUUCCCCAAAGGAUGUGAGUAGUGAUGGCAUCAGUAUCUUUCCCCCUGUGAGUGGCUUUGGAAAGCGGUAGGGUGGGGUUUACUACUGCCGCUUGUGGCAUGUUUCCUGAAUGUGAGAGCUUGUGGUGAUGGUGAUGCAUUCUGGCCAUGUUUUGUUGUGUCAGAACAUGUGGUUGGUUCUUUUCAGACAGUUUGCAUUUGUUUUUCUUUUACAAUUCUUGUUGGUUUCUCAGAGCCCUGUUCCAGGCAUUUAUCUCUGCUUUUAUAUUAUCACAUAACCUUGGGUAACAGUGCCUCCCAGCUCAGUCUGCCUGCCUUCCUUUCCCUAAACCUUUGGUGCAGCAGAGAGCAAUUGCAUCUGGAAACUGGGAGGGAGGGGUAGGUAGGUAAGAGAGAUGGGGGACCUGCAUCGUGUUGCCGGGGGGAGCUCCCUAAAUGCCCCGCCCCCUAGAAACUGCAUAGAGAAAUAGUACUACUCCUGCCUGCUUGAGGAAAGUACUAGUGCCUUGUGACACCAGCAGUCAUUAAUCCAAUCCUCACCCUCAUCUCAGACCUAUUUGGAUGGUUAGCACCCAACGUGCUUCACACUAAUGAAAGCGGCAAAUUUUGCCAAUCGUAACAGGUCAGGAAGCAAAGGUUUGAGAAUGAAUGUAAGUCUACAGAGAUGUGCAUCACUUAAGGUGUGGAUGUGCAGAGCUUGCAGAAAUUGAGACAGAAAGGGAAGGAAGCAUGGUUCAACGAAAAGAAAGGUGGGGCUAUACCCAGCUGUUGAUUCUGGCACUCACCUACACCUUGCCUUUAUGACCACAUUUCUGUACAUAUUAUACAUUUUGUGAGUCAUUAAAUAUAUUUUGUGAGUCAUUAAAUAUAUCAUCUAAUUUCUAUAGUGCUUUCAGUGUGCAAACAACUUCACAGCGCUUCCUUCUGCCAGCCUCACAACCUCCCUGUUGAGAUGGACUGUACAUACAAUUCCAUGAUUUGGACAGAAAUGUAGGCCUAAGAUAGCAACUUUACUGCAACCAUCCAGGUGUCUAUGGCUGUGAUGGAAGUUGACCCAUGGCCUUCUAGACCCAAAUCCACAAAUCCUUCUACUAGAUCACAUUGCCAUUACUGACACAGUUUCUUCAGGCAUCUUUGUGCUUUUACUACAGUUUGAUGAGUUUAGGAGUUAUCAGCCCCUCCUCCUUGUCCCUUCCCUGCUGAGGCCAGUGAUUCUUUUGACACUGGCUUGCUUGCUUGUUGCAAAACAGAUUGCAUGGAACUGUGCUUACAGGCAAUUUCAGCACCAAGGACAGCUCUUGAGGCCUGGGAGGCAGGCAUAGAAGAGCUGUCCUUUCAGCACUGUUGGGCAAAGGAAACAUGCGCUAGAUCAGUGAUUCCCAAAGUGGGUGAUACCCCCCCCCCGGGGUGUGUGUGCUGGAACGAUCCAGGGGGGCGGUAGUAGCCUCAGGCGCAAUUGGGGGGCAUUGAAUAAAAAAUAGGGGGUGAUGGAAGCAUAAAGAAAGAAGAGAGGACAAGAAAAUUUUGAAAAACCGUUUCUACAUGUUUCAUCUGUUGUGUAAUGACGCUUACUGCCAGGUCAGUCACUGUUGUGGGAUGGCAACAAUGCCUCCCCUGGGUCUGGAGGUCAUGCUGGAGGUGAGGGGUUUUCCCAGUCAUGGAUGAACCCUUUUUGGCUUCACCCAGGCUCAGGAAGUCGAUUGCAGCUUGUCUGCCUAUUUGGCCACUGGCAGGCAAGCUGUGGCGCUGGCCUUGCCCCUAAGCCAUCAGGGGGACACUGAGUAUUUUUUUUUCCUGAAAAGGGGACGGUAGGCCAAAUAAGUCUGGGAGCCUCUGGGUUAGAUUAUCAGGAAGAGGGCAGAAGAAAGAGGACCUGUGUUUCCAAUCCAGCGUCCCAGCCCCUUCCCCAUCCCUAAGAGGUGGAAGUCAGUAGGUCCGCAGAAAUUAUUUUAUUUAUUUCAUGAAAUUUAUACACCACUUGAUUGUAAAAGAAACCUCAAAGUGGUUUACAAACACAUAAAACAAAACAAGAAAAAAUUACAAUACUUUAAAAGAUCCUCCCAAGUGUAGAAUGGAAACAGCUCCUUCCAUCCUGGCCAGGUGCAUGGUGGAAGCUCUUCAUAUUCUUGGAGCCAAACUAGAUCUGAUGGUGGCAGCCCCAUUUGUUCGGGCUGGGGUCUGUUCCAAUCAUAUACAUACAUGCUAUGAGGGCUGGGCUGGGGAGCUUUUCUUUUAGUGCAAAAGGGGGAUGCCGGUAAGAGGAUGGGCAAACCUUCUCAGUGCCCCUCACUUAUCUCCCUGCAGCCCACGGGUGGGGAGCUACUGGCCUGCAGGCCGAGUGUGGCCCAUGGUGGUCUCCCCAUUCAGACCACAGGCUCCCCUCCCGACUGCACAGUGAUUAAUAAUAAAACCAGCUUCCAAUUGGGGACAGUGGAAACCUGAUUUCAAACCUGAUUUCCAUGCAUUUUGGGGAGAGGACCAUGUCUGGGGAAGGGCUAGGGUUAACCCUUCCCUCCCUUUGCACUGGGAAGCCCCAUUACCAGCACCAGAAAUUGUCCCUACAUGGCAACGAGGCUUGAAAGCAGCCAGACAGUGUCAGCCUCUCUUUCUCCCACUCAGCUGCUUUUGGGUAACUGGAAUGAAUUGGACAAGAAAAGAGCCUUUAAGGAAACAACCAUGGGCAGGUGUUCUCUUUUUGCUGCUUUUAAAAAAAUAAAAAAUACAGGACCCUUCAAUUUUGUAUUUGAUUAGGGGAGACCUGGAUCUAAACUAAUGGCUCUCCUGCUGUCCCAUUUACUUUGUCCCUUGGCUUAAGUGCUUUUGUGAGUGAAAAGGGAUGAAUGGCAUUUUUCUUUUCUACAGAGAUGAUUGUGUGGCUUAUGCUGUUCUCUCAAGCCUAAUUCUUACCGGGGUGAAAACCUUGGUUUGGGCUUUACAAUGCAGGUAGGGACUCACAAUGAAAUCUCCACACCCCACCAAAAAACCCAGUUUCACGUGGAAAACUAGCAUGUCAGGGAGAUGAGGCAGAAUUCAACGAAGUUGUUGUAUGCAUGGAGCAAGGUCCACUCAUGCAACUCCCUCUCUGCCCCCACCCUCUAAAUCUGCUCUGGGGGGUUGGGGAAAAACCUAGAACAAAUUUAGAGGGUGCAUGAAAGGAAGGAGAGGGGGGAAGUCCUGUGGUAUGAGCAGACCUCAUUCCACAUAGGCACAAGCGUGAGUUCAAGGUUAGCAUUCUCCCUGACUUACUAGUUUUCUGUGUGAGAGGAUUAUUUAUUUUUGCAUGGAGAAGCAUUUAGUCCAAGAAGCUCUGGUCUGUAGUUUAAAUUUCUAAUGACUGAAUGUUCCUUCAUACAAAGAAAUGAAGAAUUCUCCCUCACGAGGUAGUUCAUUCACUAUGUGGAAUAUAUUUUUGUGUAUGGAGGAAUGUGACUUCAGCACCUGCAAUAUGAAGUUGUGGAUCUCAGAUAGAGGUGUACCUCUUUGAUGGCGACUGGGCCUCAGCUCCCUGGUCUUGUAUUAUGGGUAGAUAGGGACAGAUGAGGAACCAUUUGGUUUCUAUGUCUUCAUUGCUGGGGCUCUCAGAUGUGUGCUGGAUGCACAGCCACCCUUUUCAAAAGCCAUGUGAAAAGCAUUGCCGUUUGAGUGAAGGUCACAAGGGUUGAGUGUGUGGAGGGGGGGCGGUUCCUCUGUGUGUCCUGAGCUAUGUGGUGAAUUGCUCCCCAGUGUGAUGCUCCCGCUGCCAUCCUUUCUCCUAUAGGGUUGGUUCUGUGGCCAACGGGGCUUCUGUGGGAAAAGGAGAGGAUGGCGCCAAGUGUGACUGAGGUGAAGAAUCAGUCCAGCAGCAGAAACACCUCAGCCCAGCCUGAGAGAUGGGUUUAGGAAUGGGGAGAGUCACAGGCCCACAUGGGAGGGGGGGGAGGCAGCUGGGUACGCUUGCCCCAGGCCACAGAGGGCUGUUAUGCUAAGAAUGCCCUGUGCCUCCCAGCCAACUGAGGACUUAAUGGGCAAAAUGGCCAAGGGUGAAAAGCCCAUGUCUGUCCUUAUGCACUUCAAGGCUUUGAUAGUAAAAUCUGGACUAGCGUUACUGCAUACUAGCACGUAGCGUCAGUUCAGAUUAGGUGCUGCUGCCAUGUUGGCAAGUCUCAUGAAUAAGACUCCUGCUCCGGACCUCAGACAAGCUCUGCAUGGGUUUGGUUGGCAGCAUCUGUGACCAGCAUGAUCACCCAUUGGGAAGGAGGCUACAGAGCUGGGGCUGAAUUUGUCACUGAGGACAAAUGCCAAGACACCCAUUGUGUGUAGAAUCUACAAUAACAAUGUGGACAGUUAGAAGUGGCGGGGGUGGUGGUGGUGAGCUGCCCCCUUGUUGGCAUUUCUUAUUGGGCCAUAUUUGGGUGAGAGAACAGGAGUGUUUUCACAAGCUCUUUUGGGGGCAGAAGUCAGAAUUACUUGCUCACCCUCCACUCCAGACAUGGCUGAAUUCAAAUUCAGGGCUUCACGUUCUAGUUUACUAAGAAUAGGCAGGAUUUAAAUUCCAACCUUCACAGCAUUUUCAAAGCCUUUUGCUUCAUGUGCUAUGACUGGAGCUGUUCUCUUCCCCCCUCCAAGGAAUUCACACAAAACUGAUCUCAGUCCUAUCAACACUCCUGUCUUUGGACAUUCCUUUCCUGCCAGUUGUGCCUUCCAUGUCAGGCGACUGCUUUUUCAGUCCAGAUAUUUACUUGCAGGAAAGUCAGGCUCAACUAAUGCCAAACGUGUUGCUGAGUUCAAAUGAUAUCUCCACUGCGUUACUCAUUGUCUAUGAAAUGAGCUGUUUUGUCAAAGGCAGGAAAUUAUUUUUGGCUCUGCAUAAUUUGUUCUUUGCAAAUCCACAUUGGAUUCUUGCAUGCUUUACAAAUCAAUCGUUUCCUGAUAUUCCUCUGACAACUUCAGAGGGAGCGGCGUUAAGCUAACAGGAUUUAUAAUUUGUUUCCCUGGCUGCUUUGCCCUCCUCUCUCCUGCCAGAGCUGUUGAGCCUCCUCAAAGGUAGUUGCAAGUGUUCCUGGGAUUUCUGUAACUAAUUCCUUCUACACCCAAGGGUGUAGUUCCUCGGGAUCCACUGACUUGCUUUCAUUCACAGUUGAAAAGCUACAUUACUAUGCAGCCACAUAGCAGCUUUAGAAGGAAACCUCUGCUCUGGGGACCCUUUCAGGGCAAGGAGGAACCCUGGGCUUUUUCUUAGUUCUUUAUCAGCUAUCCCUUUUCCCAUAUAAUAAAAUGUGAUGCUGCAAGUAGUGGGAGACAGCAAUUUUUAAACAAACCAACACUGUAGAUUGAAAUCACGCAAGUGCUGGCGAUGGAGAGGGGAGGGAGGAAACAAAGAAAAGAAAGACUGUGUUGGUGUAGAUAGGUGGGGACUCAUGAUACCCUCUCAAUGAUGUUCACGGCCUGAUUCAUACAUAACCAGAGUUCAACAAUCUGUGGUUUACCACAAGUGUGGGGAACCUGUAGCCCUCUAGAUGUCGCUGAACUACAACUCCCAUCAUCCCUGGCUAAGCUAGCUGGGGCUGAUGGGAGUUAUAGUUUAGCAAAAACUGGAGGGCCAUAGUUUUUCCACAUCCAGCUUACUGGGAACGAGCAAGUCUGCUGGUCUGCCAUUCAGUUUGCUCCUGCUCCCUUUUUCUGUGCCAGGAGGAAGCAGAGCAGAGCACUGACUUUCUUGGCAUUGUGUGCAAACUGGCACUUGUGGUUAAUUUCUCUCCAAACAAAUCAUGAGAUCAGGCCAAGAAGAAACUGGUUCCUGCCACUUGCCUUGAGAGAAACUAACCACGAGCUCUGGUUUGCACAUAAUGCUAUUCCAGGGCUCUGGUCUAUUUCCUCUUGGUCUGGUAAAGGAAGGAGGAGUGGGCACCAGCUUGCUUGCUCAUUUCAGUAAGACCGAGUUUGUUUCAUUCUGGCUUACCAUUAUGUGCAAACUGGGAAACAGUAUACGAUUCUAUGGGUUAAGAAUGUAAGUUAUGAGCCAAGAAAUUCUGAGUUUCAUCUCAGUCAUAAACUUACAAGGUAGCCCUAGGCAAGCUGUUCCCUCUAAGCCUCAGCCCCAUCUGUAAAGAGGAGAAAGCUACAGUGGCCUACUUUACAGGGCUGUAAAGAUAAUGUUUAGGAACUGCUUUGAAUAGUCCAACCUGUAAGUAUAUGGCAUUUUUGUAUUAUUGUGGAUCAUUAUUUCCCUGCCUACUAGUAUGCAACAGCUGUGAUUGCUAGGGGAAACUGAACAGUGACUUGGAUAAAAGAUUUGAUUGCUUAUUAUUUCACUGCAUCAGAAGCACUUGCUGGACCCUUGUAAUCUCUAGGUGAUUCAGCAAUGACUGCACAGCCCUUAAGCAGUAAACCCCAGUGUAUGGAAAGUCUGUUGACAUCACUUUCACAGUCCAAUUCUAGGACCCAAAAUAAGUCCCACUGAAACAGCAGAUGUAAUAAAAACACAGAAGCAGAUCCAGGUAAUCCCUGAAAAGGGCUGGGAGGAUGAGAAGGUCUGAAAAGACGUAAGAAUAACUAUCAGGUGAGCUUUCCUGUGGGCAGCAUUCCAGAGACAGGGUGCCACCACCAAAAAGGGCCCUGCUUUCAGCCACUGGAAGCAGCUGGAGAAGGUUAAGAAAUGCAUCCCUGAAAGGAUGCCCUGUCAGUGGAGAUUUCCAAUAUAUUAUAAAGAUGCGGUUCUUCAUUAGUAGAUUGGGGCAAAUUCAGGUUAUGCAAUUAAGGUGGGUUUGGGCUCCUUCACAAUAAACCUACUUCCAAAAAGAAUAGCAUUUUUUUCCAUUAUGGAAAGUGAGGAUUUCACAUGGCAUCAUAUAUUCUCCUCAAACAAAUUGAAGCGAGUGCUUAAUAAACAGCAUAUAACCUCCCCACAAACAUUGUGCAAACAAAUCAGGAUGGCUACUCAGUAAACAGGUCACAUGCAACCAACGCUAGUAUAACGUUACUCCCGUGGGAUGUAAUUUAAAAAUCUCAAUCAGGGCCCCACAAUGGUUGGCUGUCCAUGUUAACCAAUCCAAACAUUGUGAUCGCAGGUCCCUGUCCUUCCUUUGCUUGUCUGACUCCAGCUCUGCCCAAGUCCUCAGGACACCUCUGCUGAGGGGCAGCCAAAGACACCUCCCCACCCUCCUGCUUUUGCUGUGGGAAGGGGAGGCAUGGAGCUUCCUGGGCUGGCUCCUAAGCAGCCUCUGCCAUCCUUUCCUGCUCCAGAGGAGGAAAAGGAGCGGGCUUGUGAGUAUGGUCUUGAAGUCCACUGGGCAUCUUGGCAAUGCCUCAGGCAAACGACCUUGGGGAUGGGGACCGGGGUUAUGCUGCAAGGGUCUUGGUGCUCCGAACCCAUCUGUGCCAUCUUCGGGGGUUGGGAGGAAGGGCCAGGCUCAACAUGCCUUGCCAGAGAUAGCAGUGACACAUAUUCACCAUAGCAGGUGUGGUGAAAAAAAAUGGAGCUGGGCAAAUCCCCACCAUCUAUGCAAAGCACAUUUAAAUAUGUGACACCCACCCACCCCACUGAAUCCUGGGAACUGUAGUUUGUUAAGAAUGCUGAGUAUUGUAGUUCUGUGACAAGAAAACUACAUUUCCUGGGAAUCUGCUGGAAGCCAUACUUUAAAGGAUCGCACAGAUCUGCCCCAGCUGCUGGUUUUGUCUCACCACUUUUGUGACCUUUUGUUUUGGAAUCCCAAAGGUGACCUUGCAAAAAUGUCCUGAAUUGUUUUACAUGGGCUGCCCAUUAUUUUCAUUGUUGCAAUGACCCGCCAUGCUUUUCUGGGCCAACUCCACACUUCCCCUUCGCCAUGCAGUGCAGGCUCACCUGGUAUCUGCAGCCACUCCUGGCUUUCUGAUCAAUCGACCCGCACUUUACAUUUUUGGAUGCACAGCUUAAAAACAAAAUGUAAUGUGUGAAAAGCUUUUUUUGUUUUAUUAUUAUUUUAUUAUUUAUACCCCGCCCAUCUGGCUGGGUUUCGCCAGCCACUCUUGUCGGCUGCACCCGAGUACUUACUGUUUUUUGAUAUACAGGGUGUUGGGAGGGGACAAUCAUUCCAUACUCAUUGCAAUAUCUCAAUACCUGCUAUUUAGGGAAGAGUGGUAUCUUCUUCCUUAGUUUGCAUACUCUAACAUGUCGCAGUCUGAACCGGGAUGUGUGUCUUCUGGGCCCUGAGCAAGUCAUGUGACCUGUGUGAGAGUGCGGAGCUUCAAAAUGCACUUCUUGGGUACCAUGAUAGUGUUACGAUAUUGAAUCAAUGCAGCCGCGAGCUGCUGGUAGCUUGAAAGCAAAACAUAAUGGGAAUGUUGGGACUGUUCCGUGGGAAACAGAGGGACAGUCAAUUCACAGUGCAGAGGGCACUGGAAUUAGCUCAGAGUGUAAUAUGAGCUGUACAGGAAGUACAGGAGGUGUUAGUCUCUCGACUGCUGAAGCUUGAAGAGAGCAGUCAUGAUUUUUGUAACGCUGCAAAGACAGAAAUAAAGGAAUGUAAAUACGUUUCUGUCUAUCUCUCUCCCCUGCCCGGGGGGGGGGCAGGAAAAAGGGGGUGUGUUCUCACUCUGAGAAGGAUCGCCUAUCACGACCUCUGCCUGGAUCCUGCUGGGGAAUGCAGACAGGGAGGUCAACAGGAGAUCAAGCCGGGUGCCUGGAGAGUGGCCAGUUUCUCAUGAUAAAGGCUUGAUUCCCAACAGAUAGUACUCUUGUGGAUUAUUGGCUACAUUGCUCUCAUACAUUUUUAGACUCUGUGCUAUCACAUGUUUUUGGGUGCCAUGGUCUCGCGUGACAGCAAGGAACCAAAAAAUGGGAUGUCCCAAUUUAACCAGGACAGUUGAGGGGUAUAAAGAGCGAGUGUGUUUAAGGCAGAAGUUGUAAGACAGAGGUUGGGGGUCUUUGGCCCUCCAGAUGAUGAUGAUGACCACUGGCUAUGCUUUCUGGAGAGCACACAAGUCCCCUCAUCUCUGUUUCAAGAGUAAGGCAGGGCUGUCCCUGCAGGGUGGAUGUGGGCCUGGGUUUGAUGAACUCAGUGCCCCUUCUGAAUGGGACAGAGGAGAACAAUAUGUCUCUCUCAACUUUUUUUUCCCAACUGAAAAGACUGCAAUUGGGGACAACAGAAAUUGGGGAGUGGGGAUUGAGGGGGAAGAAUAUGCUUAAUCCUUUCCAUUCCCACUGCUUUUCUGCUCAAAAUUACCUCAAGCUUCCCAGUGCUUUCCUAAUUACAUUGAAAAAAUAUAUGUACUUUUUAUCGUGCUGUCAUGAUGAUGAUUUGUGGUCAUGCUUGCCUCCAAUGUAAUUAUACGUGAACCUGCUUUCAAUACCCUUUGUGCCCGCAAAGGUUUUUCGGUGCAGAUACCGCUCCAUUUCCAUGUCCUGUAACUUCUUUUUGAAAUCCUGGAACUUUUAAUACCAGAAAUGAUCCUUUUUCUCUUCUGUCCUGCUUUUGUUGCUCUAUAAUGCAGUAACAUCAUCAUUAUUAAUUUACACCCUGCCUUUUCCCCUGAUGGGACUCAAGGCAUUGUGGAAGCACUGCAGAGCAACUAAUAAAGCAGAAUGGCAUGUGGACAGCCCAUUCUAAAUCCACUGGUCGAACACAUAUGCAAAACUAAACACCUUGCACUGGUCUAGGAGGUUGACUAGUAUGAACUCUAGGCUACCUGCAACUUGCUUCCUGCAGGUCUAAUGUGCGAGAAUGUUUGGCGCUACUUGUGUGGAGAUGAGACUCUGACAACCCUGCUCUUCCUUAAUUAAUUUUCUGCCCUCAAGGAAGCUCACUGCUAUUGAAUACAAAUUAAAACAAUCCAGAAUUCAAUUAGAAUCCAAACAAUAAAACGACAACAGAGAAGCAGAACUAAAAGCCCCACGUGGCCCCAGCAGAACUAAUCUGGUCUUCCUCAGAGGCCCUGUGGAAUAAAAAGCUCUUGGCCAAGCGAUGAAAAUCCCAAGGUGUAGCCAGCUUGAUGGCCCUUUAGUGCAGGUGAGGAUGCCCCUGGUCUACAACUCCCAACACCCCUCACCAUUGGUCAUGCCAGCAACAUCUAGAGGACACCAGGUUGUGGAAGGCUGGCCUAUAGCGAGGAGUAGCCCUUGAGUCAUCCCUGCAAACUCUGAACCAACAGAACUCACAUUCAAUAGGAUUUUGAAUGUAGAUGCCCCCCCUUCAACUCCUGGCACCUGCAGGUUAAAAGGAUUGUGGGAAAUUUCUCUGCCUAAGGGUGACAUUAGAUGCAGCAUUAAUCACCAGAGCUGACCCUUGCAGGCUUGAUUUUCCUUUACAAACAUCAGGCAUGCAUGAGUGGGGAGGGGCUGAUCUGCACUGGGGUAUGUUAUGCGGAAGGAAGAGGGUUUUAACCUUUGCCCUUGCACAGUUCCCAUUUGGAUCAGCCCCCUUUCCCCAUGGCUGCUCUUUGCCGUUGGUGCUGACAUGAGGGGGCAGAGUCCGCAGCAGGACCACCUCAAGGGCUUAAAGCCCCUCCCCCACUUUCUAGCCCACCCUGUACUUCUGAUUCAGAACAAGCACAUCAGGCCAAAUCUUGUCAUAAGCAGCUGCCCUUUCCCGAGUCUGGCCCUUGGCAGCAGCCCUCCAGAGUUUCCAUCAGGGAGUCUUCUCUCAGCCCCCUGGAGAUGCUGGGGAUUGAACCCGGGACCUCAGGCAUGCAGGGCUGGGGCUCUAGCACUGUGACCAGUGUCCUUAGUAGUGCAUCUAGUUGGAUCCUGGAAGCCUUUUGUCUGAGCUAAAUGGACCAGCAGCCUGUGUCAGUAUAAGGCAGUUCCUGGUGUUUUAUGGCAUUACUCUGUGCUAGGAGAGCCUAAAAGCCUAAACGUCUAAUACAUUUCAUUCAGAACAGAACAGAAACGUUCAAGUAGAGCAUGCUUGAACAAAAAGGGGCAAAUGUGCCAAAAUGCUAUUUAUUUCCAUGAUGUUUAAUCAAGUUUUCAGAGUGCAUAAGAAAGGCACAGAGCUUCAGUUUGAACAAUCAGCGCCUUGUUGUGCACUUGCUGUGUGUUGUCGACAGGACGGCUCGGCUGCCCCCAAGUUUCCGCUGCCUCGCCCUCAGCCUGACCCGUCCGCAGGGCAUCAUGGCUACAACUGGGGGCUUCAUUGGGCAGAGCUAGUGGGACCCAUAGCAUUGAUGGAUCAUUGGGGGUGUGGUGAGGAGGCAGGGGCAGCCAGAAUGGCGGGACACCAGCAAAGCAGGGCACCUGUCUCUCCAGUUCUUCCAGCCACGUUCUUCCCAAGUGGAAUCCUUUCCCCAGCAACGGGAGACCCAGUCCAAGACUCCUGCUGGGCCGCAGCCCGAUGAUACCAGGCCAGUAUGUUUUGCAAUGAUGUUUUGCAAAUGAGUUGCAAAGCACAGGCUCGGUUUCUAGAAAAGUCUCCUGUCUCUCUUUGGAACUGAGGGUCAUCAGGUUCAGAGCUAUAUGUGAUCAGUCUGUAUAUGGGGGUAUUGUUUUUGUGUUUUUGUGCUUUUAUAUUGGAAACUGCCCUGUGAAUUUUGGAAUUAGGGCAGUAUAGAAAUAACAACUCAUUUUAAAUAACCAAACACCAGCCAUCUGAGCUGAAUGGAUGUUCCUCAUCUUCUUAACCAACACUCUCAGCAUUUACUUACAAAUUCAGACAGCACUGAUCAAUAAUCCAUUGCACAUGUAAUUCAAUCCUAAGAGUGUUUACUCAGUUCAGUGGGACUUGCUUUCUUGUCAAUGCUUUUAGGAUUGCAGGCUUAAACUAUUUUGCACUAAGUGAAUGUAGCAAACUUUAACACUUUAUAUAUGGUGAUUCUUUCUGAAGCUAACCUCUUGCUGUGAAAAUUUUAGCUGUUGGUAAUAGAUACAGUAGAAUUCCUCUUGGGAUCCAUUUCCCAAUCCCUUUAGGAAUCCAGGCAUCUAAGAAGGGAAUAAUGCCUCAUGUUUUUCUAAUAAUAUUGAACAUUUCCUUCCCACUUUUUCCCCUUUGUGGAGGGAACAUGUAUUGCCUUUUGGAGCCAAACAUUUUGAAAAGAAGUUACGGUUUGCAUGAUUUAAUUUGGAGCGCUUGUCCAGUGGCUGUGAGCUCUCCUGCAGCUGCCCCAGUCUCACCAUGAGGCCUCAGGGUCUCUCCCUUCCACCCUGGCUCCUUCCUGCCCCCUCCCCCUCCCCCUCUCAUGUUUGUGUCUCUCUUCUCCCACCUCCCCUUAUGUCUGGAUGAGCAGGCAAGUGGAUCCCAAGAGACUCUAUUCCUCCUCUAAUUGGAUUGGAGCCCCUUCCCAACCUGUCGCUGACUCAACCAGAGGCAACGCGCUUCCUCCAAGAAUCAAUUCAGCUUGUACUGAGGGAAUUGGCAGCGGGGUGGGGGGUGGGGUGCAAGGAGGCAGCCAGCUAGUCAGGAGGCUAGCUGGAUUUUUUUGUCUGAUCCAUGGCAUAUUGGGAGGAUUCCCACAGCCCUGGUCUAAACUUUGAAUGGAUAUUUACAGAAUUAGUUGUGGUUUUUUAAAACUACACAACACCUGCUCACAGUAAAAUUGCCAAUUUUCCCAACCAUCCAUGGUAGCUGUGCUUUUUAACAACAGCUUGAUCUGUAGCCACUGGCAGGUGAUUCUAUGAAAAGCUUCACCUGAUGUUUUCUGUGCAUAUAGUUGCCAUUAGAUAUGAGCAGGUCAUAUGGUCAGCUGCCAAUCCUAGUCCCAUGCCCUCCAACAUUUCUCUGAUGAAAAUAGGGAUGUUCCAUUCUAUAAUAAUAAAUAUUUUAUUAUUUAUACCCCACCCAUCUGACUGGGUUGUCCCAGCCACUCUGGGCGGCUUCCAACAUAUAUACAACAUAAUAAAACAUUAAACAUGAAAAAAAACUUCCCUGUACUGGGCUGCCUUCAUACCCUCUAAUAUUUCUCCAAUGAAAAUAGGGAUGUUCUAAGGAAAAGCAGGAUAUUCCAGGAUCAAAUCGCAAACAGGGACAGCUUCUGUAAGUCAGGGACUGUCCCUGGAAAAUAGGGGCACUUGGAGGGUCUGUAGUCCGUGUUACAGCAGGUUAGCCACACAGCUGGGUUCUGUAGCCUAGGGGAGAAGAGGCAGUUACUGCCCCCUCCAAAAGUGGGAAGCCAACUAUGCAGGGAGACAGAGCAGCCAGUCAGUGCUGGUUGGCCACUGGGGAAAGGAAGGGGAGGAGUCAUUGCUCAGUGGUGGAGUCUCUGGUUUGUAUGCAGAAGGUCCUGGUUUCAGUACCCAGCAUCUCCAGGUAAGGCGGACAAAGGUCCCUGCCUGAAACCCUGGAGAGUUGCUGCCUGUCAGUGGAGAGAGAAUACUGGACGAGGUGCUCUGAUUUGGUAAAAGGUAGAUUACUGUCUUCAUAUAAUCUUAGAAUUGGAAAGUUGUAUGGGACUUUUAUGUCCCAUCAGCCAUCCGAUUGGCAUAUCUAUAUCUAUAGAUAUAUAGAUAUAUCCAGGCUACCUAUACACCAUACAUUUUAAGUACGUAACUUCCCCUGGGAAUUGUAGUUUACCCUUCACAGAACUGCAGUUUCCAGCAUCUUUAACAAGCUACAGUUCCUAAUAUUCUUUGGGGAAAGUCUUUUAAAUGUAUUUUAAAUGCCUGCAGGAGUGGAUGCACUAUAUCCAAUCCCACAACAGGCAGCGUCUACACAUGCUUUUGCUGUUCUGCAUGUGCACCUUCACACAUACCAUCCCCCAGUCUUCUUCAAACAUGAUACCACCUCCUGGUUCACUCUCCAUUUCCUAUUUGGCUCUCCAGAAUGGUUCCAGAAUGGCAUUCAAUCUACCCAGAUGCCCCAAAGCAGGAUCCUUUAUACAACCGCUCCUGCCACCCCCACCCCACAUAGCCCCUCCUAUGAGUCACACGGUGUUGUGCCCCAAAUGGAGAACAGAAGCCGACCACCACUGUGUCCUCAGAACAAAGAGCUUGAGAAGUGAACUGGGUGAGCCCAGCAGCCUACUCACAGAAGAACAGAAUUGUAGAGUUGGAAGGGACACUGAGGGUCACCUAGUCCAACCCUCUGCAAUGCAGGAAUCUGAACUAAAGCAUCCAUGACAGAUGACCAUCCAACCUCCACUUAAAAACUUAGUCUAGUCUACCUCCCGCAUCCUCAAAUUCCAACUCUUUCCAGCUCUCUGACUGUGCCAGAUCAAGAUGCAAAACAACAUACAGUGGUACCUUUGUUCCCAAACUUAAUCCGUUCCGGAAGUCUGUUCCAAAACCAAAGCGUUCUAAAACCAAGGUGUGCUUUCCCAUAGAAAGUAAUGCAAAAUGGAUUAAUCAAUUUCAGACUUUAGAAAACAACCCCUAAAACAGCAAUUUAUCAUGAAUUUUACUAUCUAACGAGACCAUUGAUCCAUAAAAUGAAAGCAAUAAUGUACGGUACUAUAAAAUAAAUAAGACAGUAUUGUAGAUUAUAAAAAUAAAAAUUAAUGUUUCUUACGUGAACUGAUGAAAGUCAUUGUUUGGAUGGGGGAAUUUUGUCCAUUUCUUCAGUCGCACAAUCAAUCAGUCAAUCAAUCAAUCAAUCAAUCAAUCAAUCAGUAGCUGAACUGGGUUCCACACAGUCACAAAAACGAAGUCACAAGCCACAGUCACAAGUCAGUCCCAUAAAACGAAGAACAAGUCACAAUCAAAAAAUGAAAAAGCCACACAAUCCAAAACACAAAAAAUAGCAAAAACAGAAGCUCCAAAUAUCACCUUUGUGUUGCAUGGUGCUCGGGACUCAACAGCUGACAGACUCAACAGGAAGCCUCUGAUUAGCAGCGGGGGACUCAAUUUACAAACGGAACACACUCAACAGGAAGUGGAACAUGUUCCGCUUCCAAGGCAAAGUUCACAAACCAGAACACCUACUUCCGGGUUUGCAGCGUUUUAUUUCCAAGUUGCUCAUAAACUGAGUUGUUCUAAAACUGAGUUGUUCAUUCUGGUUGGUGGGUAUGACUUGAUGAUGUUUGUUCACCAUCCAGCAAGAAGGCUGUACAAAACUUAGAGAGGAUGUUUUCUUCACAUUGGACCUUAUUAAUUGAGCCUGUACAUUUUGGGUGCUUCCAGACUCGCACUAUUUUGAUGGGAGGAAUUCAGGCACAUACCGCAAAUUUAGGUUUGCAUGUUUCAAACCUGAAGCACCCAAGUGCAAGAAAUCCACAUAAAAAAAAGAACCUGACUUUUUGCAAGUUGGAAAGUGACAGAUAAAUGCUUUGGAAAGCAUGAGAUGAAUGCAUGACUAAUGAGAACACCCUGAAAGCAAAUCAGGAUGAAUGCAGGCCGUAUCCCUGCAGAUCAGAACAAAUGCCCAAUAAAGACCGGCUAUAAUCUAACUGCCGCCUAAGCUUUUGUGCAAGCAAAUCAGGAUGAAUGCUGAACAAAUAGGCCACCCGGAGGAGUUCCUUUGCCCCAUGGAGCGCCUCACUCAUUCAUGACUUGUGUCACAUAGUUGCAUACCUGCUGCUCUGCACAGCAGCUCUUCUCACACACUCUAGCCACAAAGUACCUCACUCUCUAGGACACACACAAAUUCAGUCAAUGCACACAGUGGCGCCCCCUAAUGUGCAGACUGAUGACCAUUGUCCACCCUGGGCACUCAAACUGCAGACAGGCACCUGAUUGCCCCGUGUGUGCCAGUCUUGUCCUGCAGAAUUUCAUCUUGUGCAUUCCCCUGUCUUGUAUACUCCAAUUUCACCUUGUAUGCUUCCUGCCUCAAACACACUCAUUUUGCAUACCUAUGCUCUGAUUGUACGCCCCCUGCUUUCCCCAUCUUGCACGAAAAAUUGCAUGUUUUAUUUCCGUGCUGUGCAGUUAUUCGGUGAAAUGGCCACUAACAAGCACUUAUUUCUCCCUUUCUCUCUUUCUUCUGUUGCUUCCUGGCUGGUGCAGUUGACCGGACAAACUGUGAGUCUUCAUGAAAUGUUGUGUGAGUGUGUGUCUGGCUGCAGGGCGGGAGCAGGAGAAGGUGAAGGGCCAGUCCGUGUGAUUGCAUUGUUGGGGAGGGGUCUCCUACCAUGUUCUGAAUCUGACCGACACUGUCCUGUUAUAUCUUUGUGCAAGGUAUAACCGUUUUAUUGCAAUCUGUCCAGGGCGGGGGGAGGCGGGGGGCUUCAAAGGGUGGCCCUCUCCAUCUUAGGGGUCCUGGUUGCUGAUUCUUGCUCCCACCUUGGUUUUCCAGUACUACAGCCACCUGAAUUCACGGAGCAGCCAGAUAAGAAGAUUGUUAUUUUCCCAAAUGACGAGGCCACCCUGAAAUGUGAGGCCACUGGGAAUCCCCCAGUGAAGUAAGUAUGACAAAAAUAACCUCCAAAAUGCUUUGUCUUUAGGUUGGUGCGCUGAUAUCUGCACCAUACAUUUAAAGGGAAUUGUAGUUUACUUCCUCACAGAGCUACAGCUCCCAGCACUCUUAACACACUGUAGUUCCCAGGAUUCUUUGGGGGAAGCCAUGCGAAUUUAAUGUGCUUUAAAUUUAUGGUGUGAAUGUGACCUUACCAGAUAGGAUGUGGAAGAUCUGUCACUGGAUCUAAUCAUUUCUCUUUCUGUUUUUGAAAAGCAGUCAUGGUGGGGAGAGGAGUCGGGGGUCAGAUUGGACUGGUGCUGGGGGAGGGGAGGGGAGAGCGAACCUUUUCCAUCCAGGAUGCUUCCCUGGUUGAAAUUGCUCCCCCUUCUCAGGCGGCUCUUAGAGACAAGACAGGCGCUUGUGUUGCUGUGAUAAUCAUAGGUUCAGGGCUGAGGAUUCAGCACGGGAAGAAAAGGUUAGGUCCCAGCGCUGCGUCUCAUUUUGCCCCCCCGCCCCCAUCACUACCAGCGCUGGUUUUAAACCAAGUCAAAGAUGUCAGGAGAUCUGAUUUCAGAUCUUCCGAGUCACUCUGAGUUUAGCUCUGAGGCACAUUUUCCUCCUUUGCUUGAUGCCUGCUGCAUCUUACACUGGGAAGGAAACACGGUGGGGGCGUGCUAGCUGUAAGGAGCACCCACCUGCAGAGGAGCUGACCCCAAGUCAUCCCUGCCUCCAGUCGCCCAGGAUACAGAGACAUGGAUGAACUGCUGCCCCCCCUGCCCCCUGCAUUGAUUGAUUAUAAGGAGGCAGGAGGCAAAGUAGGGAAUAAUUUGGGAAGCCUGCAAGCUAGAUGUUUGGAUUGCUUUGCAAUUUUGUGUUUUUAAUUUGCACCUUUUGUGUAGAGACUUCAAGAUUGGGCUGUGAACCAGAGUCCCUGAUUCAGGUCUCUCUCCACUCUGCACUAAGAAGUCACUAGGUGGUCUUAGGCAAGCCACUUAGCUACUGUUUCUAGAAAGCUAUCAGGGGAAUUAUUAUUUUUUUUGGCUAAAAUUAGGGAGCAGUCAGGGGGUGGGGAUUUCAUUAAGAGCUCACCUACUUUCCUCUCUAUUAUUCACGCACUCUGUGUGUGUUUUCUUGGGGCGGGGGGAUGCAGCCAGAAAGGAACCUCAGAGAAUGUUUUUAAUACUCAGGCGUAUUCAUACAGAAAUAGGCAGGCUUUUGUAUACCUCAAUUCUAACUAAGCUAAGAAGGGCCUUAAAGGUUUAAAAAGAACACUUUUGGUUGUCCCAGAAAUUGAUAGGGAACCAUUGCAGCUGUCUGAAUACUAGCAAGAUGUGGUCUCAGUGGCUAGUGCUAACCAGCAAAUCUAACCAUUGUAUUUUGCAGCAGUCUAAGGCUGCAGUCCCAUAUGCAUUUACUAGGGAGUAAGCCCUAGUCACCUAGUGAACUCAACAGUACUUAUGUCUGAGUAGAUACAGUAUGUAUGCAUUUUGCUCUGUGUUUCUUAGUGUUCUUCAAAAGGUACAAUAUUUGAUCUUGACUGCUGAAUUGCUAGCCAUGUAAACAAUUAUACUUUUGGUCACACCCUUGCAGAUAUCAGAUCUUCUAUACUUGCUAGGGAUGGGGGUGGGGAAUUCAGUUUAGUUUGCAUGUUUGCAAAUUUGCCAAAUUUACAUUUCCUGAAACAACAAAUGAACUGAAAUUCCUUCAAAAUUCAUAUGUAUCUGAAUUUUGAGUUGCAGUUCUCCAACAAAAAAGUGUACAUAUUGGGGAAAAGGUGUGCAUAAAAAUGGAUAUAUAAAAUAACAUACAGACAUGCAACAUAUCAGUGGAAAUUGCUUGCAGAAAUGUGUAUUUUGGGAAAAGGAGCACUACAAUGCUGUCAAAUAUUCAUAAGAAUGUUUUUUUUUAAAGAAUACCACCCUGCUCAUUUAUGUGUAAAUUUGGCAAGCUAAACUUAGGUUUAGAAAAAAUGAGAAAAUGAGAGAAAGUGUAAUUGACAUAUCCCCUCAACCCUCUGAGAUACAGUGUUCUGAAUAAAAAAACAAAAUUCCAAAUUUUGCCAAGACUCAAAUUCCUAAUAAAGAAUUAAAAUAGAAAUGAUGUAUGCAUAAGAGUGUAUAUUUGUAGAAAUUCUGUUCCUAGGAAUUGCAUUUUUGAGCACCAUACUUGGCUAUUUCUAAGCCAGAAUGCAUUCAGCCCUGGGUUUCCACCUCCCACCGUAGGAUCUGGUCUCUCCAGUGCUUAUGAGACUGGAUAUUGCACAGUGCUCUAAGCGCAGCUCCACUCUGUUCCUAAUAUCUCUUUUAUUCCCUCUUAUGCUGCUCCAAUAAUGUUCCUCACCUUCCUCUGACCUUUGCUCAGCUCCUAAUCUGCUUCCUUGCCUUCAGCUCAGCUCUUGUGAAUAUGAGAGAAAUUAUUGUCCCCCUGCUUUCCAUUCCCAUAACCAUCCAUUCCCACCAUUGCUUCCCCAGUCUCACCUCCCCCUACUGGUGCAUACUGGUUUUACAUGGGCUCAUCCCUGACCAUCUCCUAAAAGAAACACCCUCCCUCCGGCCCUGUUGCAUUGCACCCCAAAUUUUCUGCAUAUAUCUCCCUCUCUAGAAGGCUUUCCUGCCAGCCGCAAGCCUUAGAAGUGAUCUUUCUGUGAAAAUGAUUCCAGCUCCCUCCCAUGUGUAUCUCCCAAAUUCCUGCCUAAAGAGAUGCCCGCUGCAUUCCUGAUCUGUACAGCAGCCUCUUGUGUCCAGCAUGGUCUCCCUUUCAUUCCUGAUGCACCUUCUCUACUUGGCAGGUUCCGGUGGACCAGGGAUGGGCGUGAAUUUGAUCCUGAGCAGGUGCUGGGGAUGACGCAAUGGAACGGCAGAGGGACCCUGAACAUCACGACAAACAAUGGGAAUACGCCUACCAAGUUCCACGGGAGAUAUCGGUGUUAUGCCAGCAACAUUCUGGGCACUGCCAUGAGCUCCGAAAGCCAAAUUAUAGCUGAGAGUGAGUGCCCACCCACCCUCGCUCGGUGCCCCUCAGUCUCGCCCAGCAUGGUGUCCCUGCUUCAGCCCCACCCUACCCCCUUGCAUGGGAACAUCCGCCAGUCCUGCCCCACAUCACACCUUCAGCUGCACACCAUGCACACCCACCCUAUGCCUGGCCCAGGCUUGGCUGAUGUUGCUCAUUUCUGCCACACAAUGACUGCGACUGCAGCUCUGCGCAUACGCACACACUCAUGUAUGCUGCCAUACACGCGCACCCGCCAGUUAUCUGAGUAAUAAAUUUCUCCCCUCCCCCUCACAAUAAAUGUAUAUCCCCGGCUUCUUCCCCCUCCCACCUCCCCUUUUACCUGCCUGGACUCCCUGGAGUGCAGCCAGUUGUUCUUGUUUCCAUGGAAACCGUUGCCAUGGAUUCAUGGUGUCGGGGUGAUGUAAUUGCCAGUCCUCUCCAUCAGCACCUCUGUGGGCCCCUCCCCCACCCUCUAGCUUGGCCUCGCCCUCCCCAUGCCUGCCAAGGAAGGAGUUAAAACAAAAGUGUGGGGGGAAGCGGGGUGGGGGUGCGGUGGGGAGAGGAGACACAUUAUUGAUCCUGACUGUAACCACAAAAGAGAACUGACACCAAAAAUGGGCCUUUUUUCUUUUUAAUGGUGGCGGUGACAAAUUUUUAAGAGGAAGGGAAAUUUUACAGUCUGUUAACAUUCUCUUCUGUAUUCCAGAACUGGAACCUUCUGAUUGUUUUUCCUUUACCUUUACUAAAAAUCCCAAAAGAAAAUCCACUUGCCCUUUACUGCAUAUUAUUAUUGCUGCUUUUGUUGUGAAUUCAGUGGUUUUUGAGAGUGAACUAUGAGCCAGGAAGGUCAAAUCACAGGCCUUACACAAGCCACAACCUCAGAGGCCAGGUAAAUCCAUGCUCCCCUACAUUCUUCAGUGUCCCCUGGCUUCCGCCCUCAUAUGAAAGCCCCUCAGAUUCUUGGCUUGGGAAAUCCCAAUAGCUUUAUUGAUAAAAUCAGCACACAGCCUCAGCCUCAACUGAUGCGCAGUAUAGGAGGCACAGUUCAUGGGUUCAUAAGCAGAGUUCCAGGAUCCAUGGCUGGGCAUAACCAAAGAUGUUGUCCCAGCCCUUGAGACCCCCCUCCCAUUCUACUUUUAAAGUUGCACGGUACUUGUCCCAAGUGAGAAGCCUGCGCUUGCAAGUGCACAGCGACCCUCUUCCCCAUCACUGCCUGAACUCUCUCCCCCUCCUCUCCGGGGACCCUCCUCCUCCUCUUCUGGCAGAUUCUGCCAUCCCUGCCCUCUUCUGGGGCAUUGCAGCAGUGUUUCCCUCCUUUAGCUCUACUUCAUUAGCUGCUACUUGUGAGUAGGCAAGGCCAAACACCAUCAUGCCUUGCCAUGCAUCUGCUUUCAUAAAACACAUGCUGGAGCUGUUCUGUGCAUCAGUGUAUGUGUACGUUGGGCGGAUUGGAAAAUCCCUCCCCUCCCCAAUAGCACAAGUGAGAGACUGCAGAUAUUCAGGACUUGAUGAAUGAAUCUCUGCCCACCUAAUGCUGAACUUCAGCAGCCAGUGCAAUAAGAGGAUCUGCACACAUCACUGAUCAAGGCAGUAUAGUAGGUGGCAAUCUUAUUCCCUCUCCCUAGGAAAGAAGGAUGGGGUUUUUUUGGGAGGGGGUGGUGCAUUAUGGAUAAAGCAACCCGAGCCCAUUUUGCCCUCAGUCCAAGGUCCUUUUUAAUAAAAGCACCUCUGCCUCUUUUGCAGCACAAAUCACUUCUAGGACAGCACUCUUCCUCCAAUCCUAGAAAAUUUUCGCUCAAGACCCUCUUUCUUUUUAAUCUCUUCUGUUGCUCUUAUUGAAUUACAUUUCUCAAGGUGUCUCCACCCUUGUUUCCACAUGGAUAUUUUGAGGAUACAGAGCAGGAACCCCCCCCCCCGUUUUAGUGCUGUGUGCUCUGGGCUGCAUAUCUCCUGCCCGUUCCCUGCGAGGCAUUUCCAGUCACUGAAUAAUAUUCAGAGGGCCAGGUUCAUCUAAGUAGGUGUGCUAGCAGGAACCAGGACAAGUCCCACUAGUACAAUGAGACUCUCCCUGCUUCCUACCCCCAUUCACACCACACUCCUCCAAGCGGAACCCCCCAGAGCAGCAUUGGAGGGGGUAGGAGGGAGAUGGCUCCAUUGCACAAGCUGAAAUGUUUGUUCUGAUGGAACAAAUGGAAUAGUGUGAUGCUGAAUUCCUCCCAAAUACCUGUGGAUGUACGUCUUCUGUAAGAGGGAAAGAGGAACUGGAUGUGUGAAGAAGUGAACCCAGAGGACUUUGCAAGCGAUGCUUCUCGGCUGAUCUCUUUGAAGUCUUCCCCACUUGCUGUCCCUUGCUCACCCAGUUUCCUCCCUUGCUUCCUGUCUUUGUCCAGGUGCUCCACAGUGGCCAAAGGAGAAGGUGGCACCUAUUGCAGUGGAGGAAGGGACCCAUACGGUCUUACCCUGCAACCCACCUGAAAGUGCUGUCCCACCCAAAAUCUACUGGCUGAACAAUAGUGAGUAUCCCUGGUUGCCCUUCCAGGUGUGAUCAUGUGGCAAAGAUGACCAAGGUGGGGACUACUGUCUGCCAGCAGUUGGCCUGCUGCUUAGGGUGAGCAGUUAGGCUACUCAACUCAGGAGGGAAGAGGCUUGGGUUCUAGGCUCAUUGUCGGAUAGUAUAAUGUUGGGACACAUGCCUUUAUAUUUAUGUAUUUUUCUAUGUCUAUUUAUUACAAAUAAAUAUUACAUAUUUAUUAGUGGCUUCUUAACAAAUACCUCUAUGCAACAUACAAGAGGUAAAUUGAAAACAAAAAUGGGGGGUGGGGAUCACAUUAUACCUGCCUUUUAUGUAUGCAAGUCCCUGGAUCAAUCUGUGAUUCAACCAGUCAGAACGGAUCAGAGCUGGGGAGUCUGUGGCCCUCUAGAUGUUGGACUCCAACUCCCAUCAAUCCCAGCCCUGAAUUGCCACUGGCCAGGGAUAAAAUUGGAUUUGUAGUCCCACAACUUUUGGAGGCCACAAGUUCCCUACCCGUGGAAUAAGCAGUAUUCGGGUAGAUGGUCUGAUUCUAUGUAAGUCCAUUCUAAGUACCCUAGGAGAUGGACUUUUGUCCAGGAAAGUGUAGCUCAAUGCAUUAAUCAAGGUGGUUUUGCUUGGAACUGAUUACUGGGAUUCAGAUCCCAUGGCCUGCUACCUGAAGGAGAUCUGAGGUCUUUUGGGGGGUAAGCAGAUCACAGGACUGUCAGUAUCCACUUUCACUGAGGCAUAUGGCAGGCUACUGUUGGAAGGGAGACCUUUGGUCUGAGCCACCUGAUCAAUUCAUGAAUGAAUGAAUGAAUGAAUGAAUGAAAUGGGGUGUGAUUCCUCUCUCUCCUAUGAUGUUGGCUGGGUCAAGAGAUAAGGUGGGGUGGAAGAAUCAGUCUACUGUGCUGUGGCUUCUCACCCCACUUUGCUAUUUCCACUCUCUCCUUCCCCUCCAGAGAUCGAGCAUAUCACAAAAGAUGACCGAGUCACCAUGGGCCAGGAUGGGAAUCUCUAUUUUGCUAACGUCCAGAUGAAGGACAGCCGCCCUGACUAUAUUUGCAACGCCCAUUUCCAAGGUCCUCGAAUCAUCAUCCAGAAGGAGCCCAUUGAACUAAAGGUUUUCCCCAGUAAGUCUUCAGAUACCCUGCAUUUCUGAAGUGCAGCUACCUUCUGGGGUGGAAAGGUACAGGGAUCCAUCAGUCACCUGAUCUUCUGUCCACCCAGUCUAAGAUACACUGAGAAAGUGUUAGUUUCUUGGUAAUUAGUUUUGAGGCUAAGGAAGGGAGAAGUAUAACAGGGUGAACAGUAGGCUAUGGCAAGUACAGCAGAGAUGGCAAUCUGUGGCCCUCUAGAUGUCGUUGGACUCCAAUUCCAAUUGGCCCCAGCCAGUUUGACCAAUGGUCAUGGAUGAUGGGAGUUGUAGUUCAAUAAUGUCAGGAAGGCAACAGGUUCCCUGACCUGCCUUCAAUCCCUCACUUAUCAACUUCAACAGCUGUGUGAAGCUCCAGUUUAAUUCUGGCUGGUCUUUGGCCCAGUUUGAUGUUGUUGUUUUUAUAAUUACAAUAAAAGCGCAUGGCGCCAGCAGUCACCUCCCAAAAGCCUGUUGGAGUAAGAAGGUCUUCACUUGCCAGACAACAAGGAGGGGGCCAGUCUACCUUCUCUAGGGAAGGAGUUCCGAAGUCUGGGAGAAACCAUCAAGAAGGCCCUCUCCCACGUCCCUACCAAGCAUGCCUGUGAGUGUGGCGGGACUGAGAGAAGGGUCAAUUUAAGCCAAACCAUGGCUUUGUGUGAACGCACAAGCAUAUGAGCUCCAGAAGAAAAGAGCACUUAGUGCUGCACUGCACUAAGCCAUGGUUUGACUUCACACAUAUCUGAACCUGACUCAUGAUUUAGCUCUCCCAGACAAACUGCAAGCUGUAAACCACAGGGCAGAUCUUGGUUAUAGUUCAUGGUUACUCUGGAGAGAGUCAAGCCAAACGCCUUGGUUACUGCUGCAGCAGAACAACAACUGGGGAGGAGCACGGUAGCCACAAUCUCCUCUCUGGGAGCCUGCAUGCUUAUGUGAUGGCACUAAGCCAUGGUUUGGCUGAGUGUGAUGUGCAAAUGGAAGGUCUGUGGCUGAGUAGCUCUGUUAAAAGGGUGCAGCAAGCAUGCCUGCCUUGAUAGAUCAGAGGGACAAAUGAGAUGGUCCCUAUUCUGCACUCUUAAGGUGCUGCUGCUGAAGAGCAGUGCUGCUCCUGCCUCUUCCACAGUUUGCACCAACUAGGCCUCUGCAGGAGCUGCCACUGCUCUAUGGGACAGGGUCACAGCAGGUCAGAUUAGCUCAGAGUCGGCUCAGCACCCUGUUGGUUCCAUUGCUGCCCAGUUGCCUUCCCUUCUUUCUCUUCCACAGCCAACAGUUUCUCGAACCAGAAGCCAAUGCUAAUUGUACCGGAUAAGAUGCCCAACACAUACGAGGCGAAGCAGGGGGAGCCCUUGGUGCUGGAGUGCAUUGUGGCAGGACUGUAAGUGCCUUGGAGAUACCUGUUGUCAAAGGGCUCAAACUCUACCCGAAAAGGACUCCAAAACGCCCAUGGAGAGAGUUGGGGAGAGGAAGGUUUGAAGAUCCUUGAAGGGGAAGAGUUCCAUCAGCGACAGUCACCCAGUGGAUCAGCUGUCGCAUGAUUCUGCAGCCUCUGGAUAGCUUGGCUUUUUUAAAAAAAAUAAAUCCAUGAAUGUACCUUAGGAUACUUCAUAAAUUUCUCUAAAUUCACAUUAAUUUUACCUGAAAUUAACUACCUUCACAGUAUUCCUGUGGCAGUGAGUUCCAUGGGGCAACUAUGAAUCACAUGGAAGUGUAACUUCUUGGCUUUCUCAACCCAGGGAUACAGAACCUGUGGCCCUCCAGAUAUUACUGGAUUCCAGCUCUCCUCAGCCACAGCCAGUAUGCCCAGUGGUCAGGGAUGACGGGAACUGUAAUCCAGCAGUGUCUAUGUGGAGAGCCACAAGUUACCCAUCCCUACAUUAAACCCACCGCUUAUUAUCUUCUUCAAGUGUUUCCCUGGUGUUCGUCCAUUACUCUGUUAGUUGAGGGCCGGGGUGGUUAAUCUGACCAUUGGUCAUGCUGGCUGGGGCUGAUGGUCAGCCCCAGCCAUCAACACCUGGAGGGACAGCUUAACCACUCACGGUUUAGGGGCACUCACAGAUCUUUCCCUUCUGAUUGCCUAAAGCAGAUAUCUGACUCUCUCUCUCUCUCUCUCUCUCUCUCUCUCUGUGUGUGUGUGUGUGUGUGUAUGUCUAUGAGAGAGAGAAAGAGAGAAACAUUUGAUGUUUGAGAGAGGGAGGUAUGGAUGGGUCUAAGACUGUGUGCGUGUACAUAUGGAAGUUGAGAGAAGGCAAGAGAUUGAGGUUCCAUUCUCCUUAGUGCAGCUUCAGUAGGGGAGACGUACCUGCAGGUGGGCGGGCAGGCAAGCUCCUUUUUAAUGUGUCUCCAGAGUCCCUACAUUGCAAGUGGAGAAGAGGAGGAGACCCUCUUGGGAUUUUAGUUUUCCCUCCUUGGUGAUUUGGCAAGCAAACAGAGACCUCCAGCUCCAUCCUCAGGUGUGGGCAGCCUCCUUUCUCCCCCCUGGCUGCAUCCUGUGGGCUUGGAAGCAGGAAAGGCACUUAAAGGCUGGCUUACAAUCCAAAGUGUUUCUUGUGUGAUUAAGGAAACGUCUUCCUAGUUGGCUUCUCUAGGGACUCUCAGCUUAGCCGGCCCUUCAGCCACAGGCUGGCUGAUGAGGAUAAAGAAGGGGAAAGUGCCAGCCAAGGAGAUCCAGGAAGCACUUUGGCAGCGUUCUUAGUCAUGGUUUCAUUUAUUGUCUGGAUGAUGACAGAAAGAGUAGAGAGUACCUUUGAGAGGAAGACUAAGAGCAACCUUGCUUGGUGCGCAUAUUCAGAAGGGGAGCCAGGGCGUUACGGUGGUGCCAUGCUGACCUACGGGCAAAGCGUUCAGGUUCAAGUCAAUCUUACUGCAUGACUGUGAAGCCAGUCACAAUCCCUCAGUCUAGGCUACUUCCUUGUUGUGAAGAUGAAAUGAGAUGAAAGAAAAAUAUGUGACAUUGCUAGGAUUUCACAGUUAUGUCUUGCUGAUUGUGUUGGAAGCAAAAUUGAGCUAACUGAAUCUUGAUGCAAUCCAAAACUGCUGCAGAGUGAAAUAGAGCACUUCCUGUUCUUAUAACUGGAAGCUUGUGAAGGCAACUGAGAAAACAUAUUUCCAUAAUAGUUAGUAGAUGGUCUCUGGUUUUAAUUUUUUUCCUGUGGUUUUUAUUGUAUAUAGACAUUUCCUGCUUUAUUUUAAUUAUAUAGUUGUAUAAAAAUAUUUAUAAAAUAAAUAGAUAAUAUUUCAUAGCAGCCAUAUCGUAGAAGAUGAAACCUCCCCUCUUCUCUCUUACACAAGAGGCGAUUUCACUACUAAGAUGGCAGUUUUUAUGAGUUCUUGUUUUUAAAAUAAAAUAAUUUUUUAAUUAAAAUAAUACAUUUAGCCAAUCAAUAAGUUUUUAAGCCAUUAAUCUAACAAAUUAAUCAAUUAAAUGUUUGUUUUUUAUUACCAUUAGAUCCCAUCUUUUCUCCAAAAAGUUCAAGGUGACAUACUUAGUUCUCCCACUCUCUGUUUUAACUCUCAACAGCCCUAUGAGGCAGGUUAAAGUGACUGGUCCAAAGUCACUCACUGAGCUUCAUGGCUGAGUGGGGAUUUGAACCCUGCUCUCCCAGGUCAUAGUCCAGCACUCAGGCCACUACACCACACUGUCUUUCAGCCAUUGCAUCACUACUGCCAGUGACACGGUGUGGGGCAGGGAGGAGGAGAGGAUCUGGGAUAGGACAAUGUAGCAGGGCUCUUUCCAGCUUUCCUGUUGGUCCUGCGGAUGCUAUAGGGCUCUAGCUCUCUCUCAUCAGCCCCAGUCAGCGUGGGCCAAUGGAGACGAUGGUAGUUGAACCCCAGCAACACCUGGAGGGUUCUUGGUCUUAGCCAUGAAGCUAGUUGGCCCCCCGACCAGAGUCAUUAGCCAUUUUUUACCCUCACCCUUUCUCUCCUGUCUCUGGCAGCCCUACACCAACCGUGGAAUGGAUCCACAUGAACAGACUGAAGCUUUCGGACCGGGUAGUCCUUGAGAACUCAAAUAAAACCCUGCGCAUCCCAAGCGUGGAGGAGGAUGACGAUGGGGAAUACCAGUGCAUUGCUCACAACGACCACGGCACGAUCCGCCACAGCUACUAUGUGACGGUCGAGGGUAUGCCCACAGCCACAGGCAUAACUACACAUGCGUAGCUGGGGGGAUAAGAGGGGGCACCAGCUAAGCCGGGGCACUAGGACUCUCUGGUGGGGUGUGUGUGAGGGGGUCUCUCCUAGGAGAAGCCAUUCAUUUCAGAUUUCAGUGGGGGGAAGACAUUCAGCAAAGGACCAGGGCCUGCCCUCCACAUUGCAUAGGUUUUAGGUCCCAUUGAUUUGGCGACCAAACUAGACAUGGUGCUAAACUUGACUUUGCAGUCUGUUUUGUUUGUUUUAAGUGAAUAGUGGGAAGGAGAUUUUGUUGUUGUUGUCUGAACUGUGAGAAAAGCGGGGUAACCCCCCACAAAAAACUCACGGCAAUCAGCUAAAUGCAACCAACCAUGCUCUGGUCUCUCCAACAUCUCACACUGCCAACAAGAACAAACAGAUAAAUAGAGAAGCUAUCCUUACAACACUGACACAAAAACUCUGAACAUACGUACACUAGGGGGAAAAAUGAAAAAUCACUACCCCACCUCUUUCUCCCCGCUCUCCCCGAUCUCCCUCCCACCUCUAUGACAGCAGCGUCUCACACCGAAUGUGAGAAAGGACUGAGGCAUUGUAUGCAUCCUUGCUAACUAUGAAAAUCCUUUAAUAAAGGCAACAAGAAGGUGGGAAAGGGGGCCAACUCCUUCACUGUGGCCCCAUCAAACUUCUCACCCUGAAAUGACUCUUAGCCCUGGCCAGAAAGCUCCCAAGGGCAUCCUGCACUGUCCUGAGAGGUCUCUCCUUCACGCCAGCCAAGGUUUCCUGGAUAGGAUUCUUUUCCAGAAAGGCGAGGGUGGCUCUAGAUAUCGCAAGGAACACAGAGCCACCUGCUGCUGCCUUGUGCCCCUUCCUUCCUUCCUUCUCCUUCCUGGCAAUGAGCUGUGACGGGGUGCUGUGCAGUGUGCCAUUGUCGUGCUGUGGUUUGCCCUGCCACUGACAGUCAGUUUUGUGUGGGAUGGUGGGGUGGGAGGCAGAUCAAUAUUCUGUGCAUAUGUGGAGUGGAAAGCCAACAAUCAGUGGAAUUCUGACCAUUUGUAAGAAGUUAGAACUUCAGCUUGACCAGUAACACUGUAAAUGUCAGAGACAUGGCCGGCAGAGAGGAAGAGGCAGAGGAAAAUAGGAACUUGAUUCUUUCACACAACGAAAGUGAGAGAAGCUCUUCUCGCUCUGGAAUGCUGCCUGUAAGUUUUCGCAGCAGCACAGAGAUGAAGGAGCAGGAGGCAGGUGGUAGGAGGGAGUUGGGUUCAACUCCAGAGGAGGAGGAAUUGGCUGCAACUGAGUCUCCAAGAAGUAGGAGGUGGAGCAAGCGAUUAGAGCAAAGACUGACAGGAAGCAGGGGCAGGCCUGGUGUAUAUCUGGCCUUGGGAAGGGCCAGAAGCCAGUCGAGUCAGCUGACUCUGACAGUGAGGAAUGAAAUAUAUUAAAAAAUUGCCCAGUAGCACCUUAGAGACCAACUAGGUUUGUUCUUGGUAAUGUAUAACCUUUAGUGUGCACGUAGACUUCUUCAGAUACCAUGCAUGCACAUGAAAGCUCAUACCAAGAACAAACUUAGUUGGUCUUUAAGGUGCUGCUGGACAAUUUUUUUAUUUUUUUUAUAUAUUUCAACUGUGUCAGACCAACAUGGCUACCUACCUGAAGUAAGGAAUGAGUUCUGGGAAGGUCGGAUUGCUGAAAGCCUGUUAUUGCUAAUAAACCUCAACUAGUAAAACUGCCAGCAUUCCACGUCUUGUGUGAGAGAAGUGCUAAACCUGACAGUAAAUAUAUUACACAAAUAUAUUGCUCUUUGCAAUAGCCCCCCUAAGCAGGAACCCUAAGCAGGCAUGACAAUAGCUUGAACUUUGGCUUUCCAUUUGUUGUGGCUCCAGUAAUUGGGGUGGGGGUGAGAGAGCUUCAAGGUCAGGAGUGGGGGAAUCCUGAAUUUCUUUUCAGUUUUCAGAAGUUGAUAUGUAGGAACUGGAGGGCGAGAUUAGAGUCUGUGGAGUUAGCAGUGAGGCUGCAGAUGGGGCUUGUGGGUGGGGAGGCACCCCUUUCACUCUGCCUUCUUUUCCCAGCUGCUCCAUACUGGAUAAAAGAGCCCGAGAGCGAGAUCUUUGCACCAGGAGAAAACGUGCGCUUGAAUUGCGAUGUUGAUGGGCAACCCAAACCAGAGGUGUCGUGGAGGAUAAAUGGGAUCCCGCUAGAAGGUGAGUGAAUGGGCAGGUGCGGAAUGUGGGUGAGGGAAAGGGAUGCCACGCUGCCAUGCUUCCUCUCGUGGGCCUAAACUCUUUUGCUGGGUUUCAGAGGUGAUGCCAGACCCGAGAAGGAAGGUGGUGCCAGGAGCUUUGAUCCUCAACCAAGUGCAGCCCAAUGACACAGCUGUGAUCCAGUGUGAAGCCCAUAAUAAGCAUGGCAGUCUCCUGGCCAAUGCGUACAUCCUCAUUGUCCGUGAGUUUAUCUGCUCCUCUUGGAUGAGUGUGGGGCUAGACCAGUUCCAAAGGGCGGCAAGGUGGGGGGAGCCAACAGAGAGCACACACACAACAGUGUCACCGUUCUCACAUUGCAAAUAAUGCUUGAAGGUGUUCCAGGCUCCUCUGAAUUUCAGUUUUCAGGGUUGUUGUUUUUUUUAAAAAAGAAGGUAAAGUCUGUAGUCACAGGUGGUGUAGUCACAGAGCCUAGCACUUGCCAAUCAGAAGGUUGGCGGUUCGAAUCCCCAUGAUGGGGUGAGCUCCCGUUGCUCGGUCCCUGCUCCUGCCAACCUAGCAGUUCGAAAGCACAUCAAAGUGCAAGUAGAUAAAUAGGUACCGCUCUGGUGGGAAGGUAAAUGGUGUUUCCAUGCGCUGCUCUGAUUUGCCAGAAGCGGCUUAGUCAUGCUGGCCACAUGACCCGGAAGCUGUACGCCGGCUCCCUCGGCCAAUAAAGCGAGAUGAGCGCCGCAACCCCAGAGUCGGCCCCAACUGGACCUAAUGGUCAGGGGUCCCUUUACCUUUAAAGUCUCUAGUAGCUACUUUUCCUGGAGGGUCAUUUAGUGAUGUGUGUUGGGUUAGCUAGCACAUCAGCCCCAGCCCACUAUGUGUUUUGUUGCCACAGAUGUCACUGCUUCACAUCUUGCUUGCCUCUUGGGGAGGGAAGGCCAAGAGAGGUUUCUCCAGGAAGAGGGAAUUAGGUUCAGGGGCCUCUAACUCCUGAGCCUAGUCAAACCCUUUUACUUAUGGAGAUAUAAGGAAAACAUGAAGGCUUACUUGACCCCAUUUGUCCGUAAGAGAAGUACACUUAUUCCUACCUCCGGACAUUCUGCUCAACGAGUGUUAAGCCUUGGCUAGCAUCCGGCCAAACAGUAAUAUAACAAAAAAGUGUGUGUGUGUGUGUGUGUGUGUGUGUGUGUGUACACACACAUACAUAUACAUAUACAUAUACAAAACGCGCGCGCGCACACACACACACACACACACACACGCACACACGCACACACACAUAUGCACAUACACAUUAAAAGCCUUUACCAAAAAGAUCUAAUAUGCUAAAUGACUAAAUGUGUUUAAUUGUUGUUGGUUUUUUUUUUGCUGUUUGACUUACAAUUUCCCCAGUUUGUAUCCUGUGGGAGGGGGAUAGGUCAUUGUUUUGUUGUGCUGUAAAUGUGAUGAAGGGGAGCAACACCGGGGUGAAGGUGACCAGUUAGGGUUGCCAUAUGUCCUCUUUUUCCAGGACACAUCCUCUUUUUCAUGGACACAACCUAUUUUUUAAAAGUAGAAGUCGGCAAAUGUGUCCUCUUUUUUGCUCUUCAAAAUAUGGCGACCCUCCCUGUGCUAGUUUAAGCUUGUUGGUUAACUUUUCUCAAAGGGCGGCUUCCCAUAAAUUUUUGCAUGGCUAACUUGACCCAACCCCAACCCCCCUGCCCCUGCUCACACAUACAAACCAACCACACAGCAACCAAGCAAGCUUUGCGCUCUCUAAGCUCUUGCAAUGCCAACAAAAAUAUAUAAAUAAAGGUCCAGCCCACGUGAUGCUGACACAAAAACACCGCACAAACACUAUGCAAUAGAGCAAAAGAUCUAUCUCUAUCUCCCUCCUCUCUCUUUUACCCCAACCACACAAUAUCUUUAACAAUAAAGUCUGACUGUAAACGAAAUGUUUUUAAACGACUGUAAACGAAAUGUGAAAGAUACUCUAUGAAUUGAAAGUGGAGACACUAUAUGUACUUUCCCCUGUUUAUUUGUUUGUUUUGUGACACAAUAAAAUAUUUAAUACAAACUAAUUGUAAAAAAACCCCAUGUCCUCAACACCCUCCCCCCGCCCCGGCUCUCACUUAAAAAACCCCUGAUUAUGAGGCUGGUCCAAUAUACUUGCAAAAUCCUAGAUGAGUUUCGUUGAGGAGACAGAACUGGUUGUUUGUUUAGAGGGUGCCAUGCCCCAAACGUAUCUUUCUGCUUGAUUUAAUUCAGGUCUGCCAGCAGAGAUCCUGACCCCGGAUGGGUUAGUAUACAAUGUGGUGGAGAACCAGACAGCCACCUUGCACUGUGAGACUUUUGGGGCACCUCGGCCCACUGUGAACUGGUGAGUUCUCUGCUAUGGCUGAUGUAUUUCAUGGAAUCAUAGAGUUGGAAGGGACCCGAGGGUCAUCUAGUCCAACCCCCUGCAAUGCAGGAAUCUCAACAAAAGCAUCCAUGGCAGAUGGCCAUCCAGCCACUGCUUAAAAACCUCCAAGGAAGGAGAGUCCACCACCUUCUGAGGAAGUCCUUUCCACUGUUGAACAGCUCUUCCCCUUCCUGAUGUUUAGUUGGAAUUUCCUUUCUUGUAACUUGAAUCCUUUGGAUCCAUCAAAUCCAUUUUCUUGGUAACUUUGUCCUAAGCAGCUAUGGCACCAUUUGUAUAUAUCUCAUCUUCUCUGUGCCAAAGUUUAGGGUUGAGUGCCACUGAGUAAGUGUAGUAACUUUUAUUUGUAAAUGAAAAGGAUGCCUUAUUUGUGUGGAGACGGUGAAUAUAUGCAUUAAGUUCUUUAUUAUUAGCAUCAAUCUGCCAUAGCAAACUUUAAUUGCUCAAAACUGAAGUUCCAGUAUGCACUGAAAUCUCUCCUGCGAAACACUGACACCUUCUGCCUAUGAUGUAGAUCUUAAAAUCAUAGGAAUCCCUCUGGAAUUUUUUUGUUUUUAAGUGACAGCAACACUAACCAUAUUGACAACAGAGCAUUUUCUCUUUCAUGCGCUUGAUGUGCCUCCUCUUGCUCUUACUUCCAGGCUUACAGAAGGCAUGUACUCCAUCAUGGAAGAUUACCGGAGCUUUCUCUUCACAAACGGAACCCUCCAGCUUGAGAAAGUCCAGCGUGAGGAUGCAGGGAACUUCACAUGCUUUGCUGAGAAUGAUCAGAACAAUGUCUCCAUCGUUGCCCACCUUUUUGUCAAAGGUGGGAGCAGAUUUCCCAGAAUGCACCACACCUCUCAGAUGGGUUAUGAAUCUGAAGAGAAGUCGAAUAGGAAAUAGUAAGGCAUAAUAGUAAGGCAUAAUGAGGCUUGAUGGGAAGAUAGCAGUCAUAGGUCAUUGAGGUAUGAUGAAAUUGAAAAAUAGGUCUUCCACUUUCCUGCCUUCUCCAGCCUGAGCAGUCACACUAAAGGUAAACAGAGAGAAAGGCCUCAGGGGAAGGGAUCAGAUCUUACUUUGUGGGGUAGACAGUUUGGUGUCAGAUGUUGGACUACAAUUUCCAUCCUCCCCCUGACCACAGACCACAGUGGCUUCGGCUCACAUUGCCCAGCAACCAGGCCCAGCCCGCCCAUGAGGCAGAAUGAGACAACUGUCUUGGGCAGCUGAAUCCUGCAGGGUGGAGCCCAGUGACCAUCAGAAUAGUGAGGAGAAGUAGUGGCAGUGGCUUCUGACAAGUUCUUGUGAGAGUUCUAUGAGAUGCUGCCGGAAGCUGCACUGUGCGACCUUCGUAAGUAAAGAUUUGACAGGAGCAGCACCCUUCCUGUUUUGCCUCAGGUGUCAGAAUGGGAGGGGAUGCCCCUGCCAGCAACAUAUGGAGGGCACCUCAUGGACUACAUUCUGCCCACACUGAGCUGUCAGCCACAGCCUCUAAGGCCCUUAGUUGAACAUCUCCAUCCUCCUGUAUAGCCAGCUCCUCAGAUGGAUUUUAUAGAUAAUACUGAAGUUUUGUAUGUUGCUCUUGCUUACCCAAUGAAAUUAGGAGAUGAUUCAGGUUGUCCUGAGUCUCCUGCCCUCUUCUGAGAAGUGGAAAGAGGAUCCUGUCUUGGUAACCUCACAGUAAGAAUGAUAGCUCUUCUGGGGUGGCAGCAAAUCUUGGUUUUUUUUCAUGCUCACAUUUUAGAUUUGCCUUUUGUCUUGUAUGUUGAGGUCUGCCUAAAAUUAACAUAUUCAGGCCACCGCCAAGGUAAUUUAAAUCAGAGCAGCUUUAGGAAUACUCGGUUUGGGGUGCCAUUCAAGGUAAAAGUGUGGGAAACAGGUCAAAAGUGGUCACCUAGUUCAUUUCAGUGAGGUGUGUGCAGGAGAACUUCUUAACAUGUUGCACUGCCUGAGAAUUUGUUGCCUGGCCCUGUCUGCAACGGGAGGUGCUGAAGUCACACUGUGGAAUGAUAGGGAAAGAGAAGCCAUGUGGGCUUCUGGAGAUCUCAUCCCUCCAACCAUAGCAAGGCAUGGUGGGGAGAGAGGAGACGACUCCACAUUCUGUCCCUGUUCCAGGAGCCACACAGUUUGAAGUGGAGCCUACAAACACCGAAGGGGAGAAGGGUGGCCAUGUGACGUUCCAUUGCAAAGUGGUGUUCGAUGACACCAUCGCAGGCCCUGGUCUUGAGUGGCACCGAAAAGGGCAGCUGGUUAAGGAGUCCGCUGACAAUGACAAGUGAGUGGUGUGGGCAGGGCAGGGCAGGGCAGGGUUGUGUGGGGGCCUGUGGACUGAGGGAAACCACAAAGCACCCUUGUUUUAUCCACCUGCUAGGUAUUUCAUCAAUGACACAUCCUUGACCAUCACUGACCUGGACUAUUCUGACCAAGGAAUAUACACCUGCCGGGCUUGGACAGCUCUUGACUCUGUGGAGAAAAGUGCCAAGCUUUGGGUAUAUGGCAAGUACCAAAAAAGGAGAAAUCAGAUAUGGGUUCUUUUACCUCUUGUAAAAUGGUUGUCUUGGGUUCUUUAGACUCCAAACUUACUGAGAGAGCAAAGUGAUGGUAAGUGAGGUAAUGGCUGCAGCUGGUAGAUUUGGGGCGCGUAUUUUUGGUUUUUGAUGUUUUGAGGUGAAUCUGGUGUUACUAUAAAAGGGAACUCAAGGUGGGGGGAGGGAGGGACAGAGAGAGAGAGAGAGAGAGAGAGAGAGAGAGAGAGAGAAGUGAUGCUUCUUCUGACCGGGAGAUGUACAUAAACAUUACACAUCCUUCAACAUGCCUCUGAAGGCAUCUGUGAAGCAAGUUUUAUUUGAGUCUGAGGAAAUUGAUACAUGUGUGCAUGGGAGAGAGAGACAUGUUUAAAAGACAAAUAUUUAUUAACUAAAACUACUUCCAUUUCUAGAUAGCCCUAUCAGUUAGUGAAAUAAUAACAACAUUAAUUAUACCAUGGGGUGGGGUGGGGAGAGACAGAGCUGCCAUUUGGAAUUUUAAUCUCAGGAUCCAAAAUGUUUUGGGUCAACUCUGGGAAAACUGCUAAAGGAGAUACAAAGAAGAUUUGGGGCUUUCAUCCUGUGGUCGCUCCCUCAUCGUGGCUCACAUGAUGGUCUCUCUUUCAGGCAGUCCUGGCCCUGUGUCAAAUCUGGAACUGUCGGAGCAGCAGGACUGGCAGGUGAAGCUGACAUGGACACCAGGAGAUGAUCACAACAGGCCUAUCAAGGGUAAGAAACAGGGCUGAGUGCACCGUGGUGCUUAGAGCCAGCAUUGCCAUGUUACCAGUUUGGAAUCCUCACUCAAAGCCUCCGAAUUCUUGGCUUUUCUUCAGAACUCGCACAUGUGGGAUGUGUUUGGGUUGGAGGGCAGGAUCCAGUCAUAUCAUGGGCAAUGGCAGGCUGGGGAAACAUGGGGGGGGCAGCUAUUCCCCCCACCAAAUAAAUCAUAACCCUCAGAUUUCCUGAUUUCAUUUUUUAAAAAACCUGUAGAACCUGAUAUGAUGCAAAAUGUGCACACACUAUUAUCUCUUUGUUUUGCAAAACUAGCCUGAUACCCCUUUCAGUGUUUUACUUUGCCCUCCCCCAAUUCCUGCCCAUAAACUUUAUCUUCCUCCUGUGCCCCUAUUUCUUCCUUUCUCAGCAGCUCCUGAAAUCACCUCAGCAGAAUAACCAUAUUCCCCGGUGGUUUAUCCACAGGUCCUCCACACCUAGCUGCAUUUAAAACAAAGACAGGAUAAAUACUAGAGUUAUCUGCAACCUGAACUUGUUUUACAAAUUGAAAGGCAUCUUUGGCCAUGAUUCUCUGUGGAUGCAGAAUGACAUCUCUCUGCGGUUUCCCUGUGGCGAAGGCCCAAUUAUUAUUUGCAAUAGAAGGCAGGGUAGAAAACGAGAUCAUCUUGAAGCCAGGUGGGCCUUAAGGACCAUGGCUGUAAAUGCAUCAUAGCACUUCCCUGCCACUACCAAUGUAUUUUGGCAUUUAAACUGAGGUGCUUUUUGUACCUGGAUCUGUUUGUAAAGAAUCUCAUUAGUAUGCGCUUUAGACUCACAGCUCAUUUUUGUAAGUAUAGAACUAAACAUCUCAAGUGUGACAAACAACUGUUAGAAAGUGCUUGUCUCCUGCAGGUAUUCUUGUCAGAAAGCCAUAAGGGGUUGGUUCUGACUCCCUGCUGGUUUGCUGCUGUAUUAUGUGUGAAGCAAUGCGGUGCUUCAUUUGAGAUAUACUUGGAACUGGAAGCUCUGUUUAAGUCACACAUUUGCUCCAAUGUUAUUUUCGUUGGUGUGUUCAGACUGGCUGCAGGAAAAUGAACGCUUCUGAGCAUGUGCAGAGAAUGCAUCUCUUUCCCAGUUGGUUGUGUUGGGGCUUCCCAGUCAAAGGCUGUGAUGACCUUGAUUAUUUCUGGGAGGGGCUUAGUCUAACUAUUGACAUGGCCUUUACUCUCCCCACAGAGUAUACUGUAUUUUGUGACGAAAGCAACUUUGGGCAAGGAAAAAUGGAAAAGUUAACCACUGUACCAGGAAACCAGCCGUGGGCCACGCUUCACCUUUCUCCAUUCAGGAAAUACAACUUCUAUGUGAAGGCCAGAAAUGAUCAUGGGGACAGUCCGCUAAAUUCCCACCCUGUCAGCUAUGUCACAAAUCCUGCAGGUAAGGAGGCUGACAAUGCCAAGGAGAAGCAUGUUUGGUGUCAUCGUUCCCUGUAGCAGGGCCAGCCCACCCAUGAGGCAAGGUGAGGCGAUUGCCUCGAGCGGCAGGAUCCACAGGGAUAGCAGAUCCAGGCUCCAAGGAGUGCAUUGCCCACUGCUGCCAUGGUGGCAGCAGCAGGUACUGCAUGAUCUUUGGAGGCUGAAUCUGCUGCUUCCUUGGCGGGGGCCCCCCAUGCCACCUCUACAGCGGCCUCUUGGUGAAUAGGAGGGGCUGCUACUCUCCUCCCGCCCUUGUUCCAAUGUAGACCUUUAAAGGCCUAAACAGCCUCGGUCCAGUAUAUCUGAAGGAGCAUCUCCACCGCCAUCAUUCUGCCCAGACACUGAGGUCCAGCUCCGGGGCCUUCUGGCGGUUCCCUCCCUGCGAGAAGUGAGGUUACAGGGAACCAGGCAGAGGGCCUUCUCAGUAGUGGCACCCGCCCUGUGGAACGCCCUCCCAUCAGAUGUCAAAGAGAAAAACAGCCCCCAGACUUUUAGAAGACACCUGAAGGCAGCCCUGUUUAGGGAAGCUUUUAAUGUUUGAUGCAUUACUGUAUUUUAAUAUUUUGUUGGAAGCCGCCCAGCCAGAUGGGCGGGGUAUGAAUAAUAAAGUAUUAUUAUUAUUAUUAUUAUUAUUAUUAUUAUUAUUAUUAUUCCUUGCUCCUGAUGUAGAUCUUCAUUUGGUCCUUCUUCCCUGGCAGUGGCAGUGGGGGGUGGCAUUUUGUGUUUCGCCUCAGUUGCCAAAGUUUAUUGAGCCAGCCCUGCCCUGUAAGAAUCAACAGUGCUUGUGAUACACAGACAAAUGGGGCCCUGCAACAAAAUGUUGCAGCUCAGGGUGCUUCUGUUCAGGGCUCCAGCCCCACUAUUCCAUUCCUCCCCACACCAGGCUUUCCUCUCCCCCCUCCCCACCGGCCUGCAACAGGCAGAAUUUCAUAGCCAUUGAACAUGCACAGAUCUUAAUUGGACUGUUUUAAGGUUUUUCCUCUGUUAAGUCUCCUGUCUCCUAAAUAUUUUUUGUUUUUCUGAAAACCUUGGGAUUUCCCCCCAAGCCUGCUGUUUCCUCUCUCAUGAGUGAUACUGUUUUGGCUACUCACAGCCCAAACGUGAGAAAGAGAGGGAACAAGUGGCUUGGCAUAAGAAAAUGCCACUACCUGCCUCUUAGUCAUGGUGGGUGCUUUAUCUGAGCUGAUAUAGAAGCAGACCUAACUGUGAUCCAUUACUUUCUAGCCCCUAAGCGGAAUCCAUCUGAUGUCAAAGGAAAGGGGAACGAGACUACUAAUAUGAUCAUCGCCUGGACGGUAAAAUAUAAAUACUCUUGCAGCCCUAGUCUUGGUAUCCCUGGAUCUCCUCCUCCUCCACAGUGUUAGUGGCAUGGCUGACAGCAGCAUGUUGAGCCAUAGCUGUCAACUUUUCCCUUUUCUUGCGAGGAAUCCUAUUUGGAAUAAGAGAAUUUCCCUUAAAAAAGGGGAAACGUUGACAGCUAUGUGUUGAGCAGAUGCAAGAGUUGCUGUUGAAUUUUGUCUAAACCUAAAUUCUGAGGUGAAUUUGGGUAUUUCUGCAAGGCACACAAGCAAUAUGCUCCUGGAGGCCAGUUGCUUUGUAUGUGUGUUGCUUUGUGUGGUCCAACUGAGCCACACAUAUUGUCUUCUUGUAAUCUUAACAAUAACCUUGUAAGGUUGGUCAGUAUUAUUAUCUCCAUGCCUCACAUCACAUAUUCAGCACUUUGCUCUUGCACCUCUGCUGCAGCAUUUGUCAAUGUGCCUGCUAAACAAUUCAGAACACAAAGAGCCGCUCACAGCAUGGGGCGGACCUAACACAAUGCAUAGCGUGUCCCUAGCAGAAGCCACCAGUGGAACGAAAUCAGGCAGACGUUAAGGUCUGAACGAAAGUCACUCAAGGAUUUGUUUGUUUGUUUGUUUGUUUUGUUUGCAUGCACCUUUAUGCCACUUUCCCCAAAACUCAGUGUACAAACAAAAAAGUCAGGGCUUCAUAAUACUACAUAUAAAGGCCCUUUUAAACAAAGUCAAUCCCAAAGCAAUCUAACAUAACGAAUCAACCACAGGCCAUCCCGAUUAAAUUUAUCCCAGCUGAUACAAAACAAACAUUUUUUUUAACAUUCAGAGCAUUUCACAUACAUGAUCUCAGUAUUCCUUACAACAACCCUGUAGAGUAGGCCAAGCAUUCUUAACCCUUUAUUACAGGUGUCAGGGGCACUGAAAUGGAGGUGGUAUUUGAACCGGCUCUGUCCAGCUCACACUCAUUUCACUCUCAGUCACUAUAUUUAGGAUUCUGGGAAUAAUCUUCCCCUGAGUGAGACGGGCCAAUGACCCUCUUGGUUCUGGGGGAUUCCCGCCACCCUCUUCUCCUUUCUUGGCACACAUUUUGACUAAUGGCGCUGCUUCUUCUUUCUCACUUCCUGUGUCCUCUGCAGCCCAAAUUACAUGAGGGAGGACCUGCAUUCAUGUCUCUCUUUUGUGUCCGCUAUUCCAGCCCUGCAGAGCAAGUGUGUGAGAAAGAGAGAGAGAGUGAGAGAGUGGCCUCUUCACUGAGGUGGCACAUGGAGUGUGCUGACACAGGGUGCCAGAGUGGGGUGUUUCUAUUGAGGCAACACAGUGCGCACACGCCACUUGGGCCUUUUAUUAUCUUUGCUCUGUUUGGGUUUGCUGUGUUGUUUGCAUUCCUGUGCAAAGGGGCGGCAUGUUCGCACUGCACUGUGUUUGCUGCCGGCAUUGUCCCCAAAUGCUUGCGCUUGCCAUAAUGAUGAGAACUGUGGGCUGCGUUCCCAGAAGGGAGCUGGUGCCAGACGCUUCCGUUCGGGGAGGCAAAUACCAAGUUCAGCUAGACAAAUGUUAUCACAAUACAGGCGGUGGAGGGGACACUCUGUGUUAACCACAGCUGGCCUGGCAUUGGUUGCCCCUCGCAGUUCAGUCUUGGCCCUGAGGGAGGGUUGCCAUGUGGCUCCCAUUUCCUGUUUAACCCAGGAUGGUGGCUGCUGUCAAGAGGAAUUAUCUUCCUGGUGAUGACUUUUGUUUGGGACACCAGAGGAUAUGGAUUAGCAUUCCCUCCCCAUCAGAGGGCAAGGUUGCAACCUGUGGUGUAUCACUUCAGCCUCUUCAGGGGAACUUAAUGUGCCUGAAUGCUCCCUCGAGUUAAAUAAAGAAAUUGCUGCAUGAAGCAAAUAAGCAUGUAAGUUUAGAAACGUUUUCAGCAUAAACUUCUCCCUGAUGUUCUAGGGAGAGUUUUUCUCUCUCUCUUCUUUUUAAGUGGAAAGAACAGAAAAAUGCAUGUGUGUCAUCAUCCCUGUAGUCUGAAGUGGGUGCAGUCCAGGACUCCAACCCCACAGUUUGCCACAUGCACCCACCUCUGGAUACAGGUAUGAUGGCUGGUAUCAGGUUUGUACCACGGUCAAGCUAAGUUCAUGAUGGAGAAGCUCAUAUCAUAUAUAAGUUAUGUCAAUAUUUAUACUUAUGAUAUGAGAUGAACCAUAGAAAUAAGUUCAAAUUCACACACCUGUUCACACCAGCAUCUAGAGGGAGAAGCAGCAUCUGUUGAGCUUCUGCCUGCUGUAUGACUCUCAAAAGGUUGGUGACAUCCUGCACCCACAUCUACCUGAAAACUAUGGCAACUACCCAUCUAGUGAAGGAGUGGGAAGCAGCUUCUUAUUUUUAUUAUUCUAUUAUUAUUAUUAUUAUUAUUAUUAUUAUUAUUAUUUAUAUACUGCCCUUUAUCUGAAAAUCACAGGAUGAUUCACAACAUAAAAAUACAAAAUGAGAACAUAAGAUACAUAAUAAAACGAGAGCAAAAGCAGACCAAUAACUCCUCCUCCACAAACACAUUUAAAAGGCCAUAGGAUUUUCAAUCAGCCAAAGGCCUGGUUCUAGAGAAACAUUUUUGCCUGGUGCCUAAAGAUGUGCCAGAUGAGCCUCUCAGAGAGAGCCUUCCACAGAUGGGAAGCCACCACAGAAAAUAUCCAUUCUCACGUUGCCACCCUCUGGGCCUCUCAUGGAAGAGGCACGUGAAGAAGGGCCUCCGCUGAUGAUUGCAGGGUCUGGGUUGGUUCAUAUGGUCUUUGAGGUAUUGCAGUCCUGAGCCAUUUAAGGCUUUAUUGGUCAAAGCCAGCAUUUUAAAUUGUGCCCAGAAAGCAAUGGGCAGUUGGGCCAGGAUCAGCGUAAUAUGCUCAAACCAUCUUGCCCCAGUGAGCAACCUGGACACCAAAUUCUGCACCAGCCAAAGUUUCUGAACCAUUUUCAGCAGUAUAACGUGUUGCAGUAAAAAGCCUGGCCUUCACUUGGCUAUGAAAAGACAACGAGGAUGGGACCUGGCAAAUGUCCCUAUAAAAGAACAGGAAUUUACUUACUCCAGCUCCAGUGCGCCCCCCCACUGUUGUUUGAAGCGAAGUACCCCUGACAUUAGCCACACUCCAUUGUAUUCUGCAGCUUUUUGAGGAAUACUAUUGAAUUCACAUUCCCUCAAACCAGGUUCCAUUCAAUUAGAAAAUGAGAGGAGUGGUUAAGUUGAGGUGUGCACGCUGGAGACAGCUGUUGUGCAUGUGCAGAUGACAGCACAUGCACAGCUGAGAGCUCCAGUGAUUGGAGUUCAGCGUGGGGAAGCAAAUCCGGUAAUGGGCAUGGGGUGAAAUUAUCCCCACCCCCAACUUGGUGUGUACAGAAGCAUAAGAAAUGAGCUUGAAACACAGCAGGGAUCGGGGGUGGGCCGGAUAACAACCUUGCAGUGUUUAAAGUGACUAAUUUUUACAUAGCCUCAGUUUUGUGUUGCCCUGCUUCAACAGCAGCCUAAAAGGCACAGUAGAUUGAAAUUUACAGGUGAAGCAUUUCCUAGCAUAGAAACUUUAAGUGGUGAAGUGGGGAGAUGAAAAAGGAAGGACAGCAGCUGUUCCAGACCCCAACAGGAACAAAGAAGGUCACAAGGUGCUAAAGGGCUUUGUAUGGUUUAUUUUCCAAAGCAUUCGAGUUUUCUGCUGUUCCAUGUUUCAGGUGUAAGAAUGCUUUAUGCAGGGCAGUAAAUUACUUUUUGCAUCUCAAACGAGACAUUGCCUUAUUUUGUAGUGGGUAAAGAAAAAAGCCAACUCUGUUGUAUUUGUUUCAGCUUAGAGGGUCUUCCCAGAGUGAGAUCUUUAACCCAGGGUAAAACUGGGAAAGAAGCCCAGAAGCGUUGAAAGCUCCAUAGCCUCGUAAGAAGUUUUGUGAACAGAAGCAUUUAACUGGAAAGUUCUCCUUUGCUUUGCUCAGCAGGUGAUAGCAAGUGGACCAGUCUCUUGUGAGUAGUGAGGGAGUAGCACUCAGUAAAAAGAAGUGAUGGGGAGUUCUACUCAUUGGCAUCUAGUAGCUUAAAUUUCAGCCUGUGUGGGAUUUUUCGCACAGGGGAACUGGGUACAUAAAGCCCAUUUUAUCGCACAGAAAGACAAAGGGUGGAAUUCAGUGUUGCGCUGCAGAGAUUGUUCCAUCAGAACAAGCCUUUUGACCUGCACAGGAAUACAGUCUCCGUGUUCCUUCCUUCUGUGGGUUCUCCUGACCCUCCAGAGUGGAACUGGGGAAGUGGGGGCACAUGGGGAGGAGAGCAGGGAAAGCCCCGCUGUGCUAGUGCUAAAUGAACCACAUUCUUGAAUCCGGCCCAAGGAAAUCUGUUAUUCAGGAGGCAAAAAGUUCAUAUUGUUUCUGAUGAAGAGUUCUUACACUUGACACCCACUAAGGCAUAACAAAAGCAAAAAUGGAGUGCUCUUGAAAACAAACCAUAUUGUUUCCUUCUGCACCUUGCGAGGUUUGCCUCCUUGUGCGGGAAGUCUUGGAGGAGCAAAGCAUUGCCUUUUCAGUUUCUGCUUUAGGCAGUGAUUAAAGUCGCAAGAGCCAAAGGUCAGUGAAGAAAGGUGUCAGGCCCCAUAAUUGUUGAGAGCCUAGCAGGGCUGGGUUUAGGUUUGAUGAGGCCCUAAGCUCCUGAAGGUCAUGGGGCCCUUUAUAUGUCCAGCUGUCCUUUUUCAACAACAAAUUGUCGCUGUUUUUUGUGUUGAAUAUAUGCUAUGGUAAUUUAUGGACCUAAUAGGUAUCUAAAGCCAUUUGCCACUGUUGCUGUAUGUAGGUUUUAAUUUAUUUGUUUUUUAUCUUAUAUUUUGGAAAUGUACAUCCAGUUUUUUCCAUUAAUUUUUUGGGGGGCUCCCAAGAGAGUGGGACCCUAAGCUAUAGCCUGUUUAGCUUAUAUGUAAAUCUGACCCUGGAACCUAGCAUGGAGUGGGGAAGAUAGAGCCUUUCCUCAGGUGGGGCCCCCUUGGUCUUCUAAGCCACGGCCUCCCCCUGCUGGACCCUUGGAAAAGUGUGGCACUUCUGACACAAUGUUUCUCUGGGGCCGUGUCCGACUUUUGGAGCUAAGACCACACAUCAGGAGUUAGAAAGAUAGGCUUCCAGUGUCUGGGCUGCUGGUCAAGCCCUUUCUCCUGACCCCAAUGCUCGUGCAUCCCUUUGACCAGGAGGGGUGGGCGGGCGUGGGAAGAGGAUGCAACAGUUUCCCUUCUUUUCCGGGUGGGGCAGCCAAGCCCAUACCCAGACAUCCAUUUAACUCAGCUCCUUCUGUGAUCCUUCUGCUGGCUUCUCUCUUGUAUGUGCAGGGCAAGCGUUUACUAUUGCAAACAGAGGAAGAAGGUGGAGAAAAGGUCUGGGGUGGGCAUGGACAGGAGCUCCUUGUUCUGUGCAUUUGAAAGUAAACCACUGGUUCUCCAGCUGCUGUCCUGGCAGGCCUACAAGGAAUUCCCUUAUAUUUUUCAGGCAUCCCCUCUGCAGGACUGGGGCCUCUCGUGCUGUGGCCUCAGGGCUGAAGGAGAGACAGCAGCUAAAAAGGCAGACCUAGGCCAAGGCAAUCUGAAUUCAAAUCUCAUUGGGUGCUUCUUGAGUAGGUCACUGAAGCUUUCCCUGCAAAAACCCGCUCUUUAAACUGAAUUGGAGCAAAAGGCAAUCCACAGAAAACCCGAAUUGUCAUUUGUUGUGAUUCAGCUUUAAAGAGUGGGUUUUCCUGGGAAAGCGCUUGGACACGGAGCAUUGGACCUGCGCCUGGGCGGAAGGGGAUUACAGCUAAGGGUGGAUAAGUCCAGAGUGAAAGGGGGUCUGCUUUUCCAUUUUCUCCCAACACCAGGGUUGCCAAAAUAAAGGAAAGAAAAGUACUUCAUCACUUAACCAUAACUAGCACAGAACUCACUAUCAUCAGAUGAGGUGAUUUUAAUCUGUUUUAGUAUUUUAAUUUUGUUUUGUAUGUUUUAAAGUAUGGUUGUGAAUUUCCCUCCAUUUUAUUGUUUUGUCUUUUUUGUAGACUAUUUGAAGUUUUCUUUACAAUCAAAUAGUGUAUAAAUUUUAUUAAAUAAAUAAAUGAAAUGAAAACAGCCCGUAAGGUUAGGUGGCUUCCCCCUGAUCCCUCCCCCAAGGAUCACACGAUCUCACACAGGAAACGUCUUAGCCAAAGAGUUUAGCCGUGAUGGUUUAACGUGGCAGCUGCAAGAACAGAGGCAAAAAGAGCUGGGAGAAGCCGCAAGGGAAGCUCCAUGCAUUUAUUGCUCUGCUUCUGAGCACUAGGAGACACCUGGCUGGUUGCUUUUGGAGUAGACGGGCCUCUGGCCUGAUCCAGCGCAGGUGCCCUGAUGCUCAGCAUUGCUGUUCCCUGUUCCUUUACCUCCUCUGACCCCACCCUCACCCCUUCCCUUUCAGCCCUUGCCUCGCAGGGAGUGGAACGCCCCAAUGCUGAAAUACCUUGUGCAGUGGCGACCACGGAACCACGAGCAAUGGAACACGGUGGAGGUGGAGCGCCCCCCUGUGGUGGUGACGGACACCCCUGUCUUCUCGCCCUAUGAGAUUAAAGUGCAGGCGCAGAAUGGCUUUGGCAAAGGACCUGAACCGCACACCACUCUUGGCUACUCUGGGGAAGGAGGUGAGUAGGGAGGAAGGGAGCUGCUAUUGUGGAAGGGGAGAUGUAGUGACAAGCGUGUCCAUUUGGAUUUUUACCCAUAGAGGCCACCUCAGGUAGGAACACCUCAAACAAAGCCAGGUUAAAGCCAGCAGAACACCUUUUCAAAAAGGCAUAUUUUAUCAUGGGUUUCUUACAAGGAUCAGAAAAAGUGUGGCUCUGCUGUUGCUGGGUUUGGGGGGGAAGCUCACUUCCAUUCAGAUUUUAAUGCAAACCUACCUAAUUCAGGGUUGUCACCAACCAAGCUCUACUCUGAGCAGACAUAUUAAAAUCAACACGAUUGUGGGUGAGAUCCUGCCCAUUUUGGGUCUUGUGUGAAAUUGGCAUGAAUGGCAGUGUUACUUCUUCAGCUGUGGCAGACAUGGCAAGGCACACAGUGAUGGCACAGCGGGACAUGUGGGCAGCGGUGGCAGCAACAGAUAUCAUGGUAGCAGCAGUGUUUCUGAAACAAUAUGCAAUAUGCAAAUUGAAAGGCAGCUGUCAUUUGCAUUCUUCAUGUCUCAGUAUUUUGUGCUACAGUUCUCCAAGGAGGAAGUGUGCAUAAAACAUCAUAUCUUAGUGAAAAUAACAUGCAUUGUAUUAUGCAUAAUCACUUGCAAACCUUUGUAUAUUAGACAAAAUUGCAUAGCGAGAUGUUACGGUAAAAUCUGGGUGCAAGGCUGCUCUGCCACCCAGCUCAUCGGACUAAGUCCGCGGGUCCCUGCAGAGGAAAAUGAGCUCAGCCGGAGACAGGAGCAAGAUGCAGAGGAUCCAAGUUUAUUGCACAACAGGUUCAAGGCGACAUUGAACAGCGAGGAAGGGGUGACAUGAACUUUUAAAACUUCCCUCCAUGUCCCAGGAUACAGUGCCAAAAUACAUCACGGUUACAUCAUGAAUACAUUAAGAAGAGGUUGGGUUACACAGGUUACAUCAUGAAUACAUUAGGGAGAGGUUGGGUUACAGAGGAUUAACAUAUGGAGGAGAGAGGGGGAAUAUGCAGAGCUGAAGAUAUGCACAGGUAAGUACAUCCUGAGUACCAGUGAUGAAAGAACAAUGGUCCAGGUAUGCAUAGUCUGCCACCUGGCACUGCCCGGAGGAAAGGCUUGGCAGAGUGAUUUGACAGGAUUAGGGUCUUCCUGUGUGUACAUGACGCCUCGCUUGAGGGAUUAUGGUGGACAGUGGAGGUGUCAUGGAGUCCUAGAGAAACUGAGCAGAUUGGCACCAAAAGCAAGAAAAUCGGUGCUUGUGCAACGAUGUGGGGGCUGAGGGGUCCAUGUGGGGCCGGGUGCCCUGGAGGUCAUUGCCUCGGACCCUCUGGUGACCGGCGGAAGGGGUGAAGAAGACAUGCCCCCCCUUUCCGUAUCAGAGAUAUAUGUAUUAGGAGAAAUUUGUACUAAAAUGCUGGCACAUUUUUGAGGACUUAAAAAAAAAAGCACCUCCUCACUUGUCAUAUUGCUUUCCAGAACAAUUAGGUCCACACCCAAGUAUCAGGCCUGGCCCUGCCAUUAGAUCAGGGGUGGGGUGGCUAACCUUUUGGGGGCCAAGAAUUGAACUGACCUAUGGUCAACUGUCCAGUGUAAAUGUAAAAGUGGGCAUGGUAAAAAAAAGGGGGGGAGGAAAAGGAUGCAUGGGUUGGAUGAGGGACAAAAACCCCUUUUGACAUCAUAAAUUCAUAACAGGGCACCUUUGAGAACAGUCAGUAAUUUUAUAAAAAAUUAAAUUAUUAUUUUUAAUUACAAAUUUGAGGGACCUUGGGGUCACAAGAAAAAGUGUGUGUGUGUGUGUGUGUGUGGGCAUGGGUUUGAGAGAUUGAUCUUUUCUCCCACUUCUUUCCCCGGGAAAACCUGCUGUUUACUGCUGAAUCGGGACAAACAUCAAUUGGGUUCUCUGCAGAUCGCUGUUUGUUACGAUUCAGUGGUAAACAGUGGGUUUCCCCAGGGAAAGCGGGGGAGAAACAACCCCCUCUCUCUUGCACCCUUGACUAGAAAUCAUGGGACAAACAGAAGUGUGGAUGAGCCCUUAAUGUGAUUUUUUGGGUGCCUUCUGAGACCUUUGGGGCACAGGUGGGCCACUGCUGCAGUUGGUGAGGUGUCUGCCACAAGGCAGCCUCUUCAGCCUAGUCGACACCCCUCAGGCGCAGCCAAGGGCACUGUCCCUGUGCCAGCCUUGAUGUAAGAGCCACCUGCCAGUCCAGCCAGUUUGGUCUCAGGUAGAGAAACGUUUUGGGCCUGCUCAAGCUCUCAGGUCCUUUCUUCUUGCCUGGCCACAUCUGAAUGGGAUUAAUUGCGCUCCCUACAGUACCCGAAGCCGUCCCUGAGAAUAUGGGAAUUAUGGUGAUCAACAGCACAACCAUCAAGAUUUCCUGGACCCUGCUUCACAGACAGAAAAUUUUCGGACACCUGAGGGGAUUUAAGGUAAGGCCAAAACCUCACCUCAGUAGCAGGGAGGGGGCACCAUCUGCAGAGGUCUGCUCAUUUUUACUUGUGUGUUUUCAGAACCUAUACUCACUCUUCAAAUAAAUUUCCCCGGACCCAUUACAAUGCUGCUCUGUCACCAGUAAAACCAAAAUAAUAGUACAGCACAAUCCUGGGCAUAUCUACUGUAAAAGAAGUCCCAGUGAGAUCAAUAAGACCUGAUCCCUGGUCAGGUGGUAUAGGAUUGCAGCCUAAAUUAUUUGAAAUAGUAAGCCAUUGCAGACUAAAUCAGAGCAAAAUAAGAGAAAUUUAUGGAAGCAAAUUGUGGUGCAGAAUUUGGAAUACAGUACUUUGCUGCAGAAUUAUUGUUGUGUGUGUUUUUUUUUAAAAAAAUAGUUGAGUGUACACACACCCGACUGGCUUAAAGGAUUUCAGUACAAUGCAAAACAGCUCUGCCAACUCACAAUAAUUUUACUGUCCCAGCCAGAAUGUCAUCCUUCUGCCCAGCUGCCAUAUUGACUGCACUGAACGACAGGAUAAAAUGUUGCUUCCUUGCUUUUUUUUAAAAGGCCCUUUGAGAAAGAGUGAAGAUGUGCUCAGAAACAUUCUGGGCCCCUAUAGAUUAAACUGUUCUUAUUUUAUCUAUAAGCUGCCUUGAGUCCCUGUCAGGAGAAAAGGUGGGGAAUAAUAAUAAUAAUAAUAAUAAUAAUAAUAAUAAUAAUUUUAAUCUAUGUACCAUUAAAAGGGCAAAAUCACUCUUUACAUGAUCAAAGGUACAUUCCCAUCAGGUUUUUUAAAAAAACCUUCUUCUUGGAGCAGGGAGGCAGUCUACACAUGGCAAGAGGCACUUUGCACAAAGGGUGCCAGAACCAAACAACUGUGAGUGCAUGUGUGGCUAACAGAACUGGGGGUAAAAUCUCUGUUCCUCUCUCCCCCCCUUCCCCAGAUUUAUUAUUCAAACUUUGGGACCAUGGCAGAGCACAGCCAUCGUCAGGUCUACCUUCACCCCCACCCCCAUGGGGACCUGGAGAUUGAAGGGGAUGUGUCUCAAGUCACCCUGGGGGGCUUCAGGCCCUGGAGCCGGUACCGACUUCAGAUGAGUGUGCUGAAUGGGCAGGCCGAGGGACCCCGCAACGAGGCCCUGGAGUUCAACACCCCGGAAGGAGGUAAGUGCCCUAAGCCCAUCACCCUCAAACCGUCCACAUUUUAUCUUCUCCUCAACGCAUAUGGCUAACCUGUCCCUAACUUUAUGCUCCUCUUACCUCUAGGGGCUGAGCCCUCCCACCGCAUUCUCUGUCCUUGUUUUGUUAGAUGCAAGUAGCAAAGCAUACAGAAAUUAUAACAGUAAUAACAACAACAAAAAUUCCAGCAAACCUCAGCGUAACACAGGGUAACCUCAUUUUAUCCUACAACAGUCCUCUGUAGUAGGUUGUUGUUGUUUAAAGGGAAAAAGAAGAAGGAUACAUUGCAACAUCUUUAAAAACUGAGGAAAACUGGAAUAACAAAAUAACCAUAAAAUAUAAUUAAGGUUACAGAACUAUAUUGUAUAUGUGUAGUUGCAUAAACUAAUUGUUUCCCUUAAGUUACUGUAUUCAUGUGUCACUACGGUUUUGACAAAUACUUUCCAAAUAUCAUUAAAUUUCCCCAUGCAUAAUAUUCGUCUGAAAGCAAUCUGUUCCUGAGUUGCAAGACUUGUCAUCUCAUCUAGCCACUGACUGAAGAGGGCCGGAUGUUGAUCCUUCCAAUGUAUCAAUAUCAAUGUUUUUGCAGAUUCAAGGGCAGAGAGAAUCCAUUUAUUUUGACUGAUUGUCAAGCCCCAUAUAUUAGGGUUAAACUAUAGUUUAAGAUGAUGUUAUCUUCUGAAAUUUUUAACUCUUUCCCCACCAUGAUAUUUAUCCAUCCUAAUACUUUCCCCCAAAAAACUUUUCCAAAACUGAACACUGUAUAAACAUAUGUUUCAAGGAAGCAGUUUCCUUAUUGCAUCUGCAAGAGCAUGUUGUUGCUGAUAGACCUUGUUUAUGUAAUUGUGUAUGAGAUAAUCUAAUGAUACUUUAGAAAGGAAGCUGAAACAUUAUCGCAUUGCUUAACUAAGAUGGAGCUUGUUAACCCUCUGUAAAAGGUUGUGCUGAGAUAUAAUAACUUGUUCAAGGUAAUCCAGUGAACUUCGAGCCUGAGCUGGGAUGUGAACCUGGGCUUCCCACAUCCAGGGGUAGCAGUCUGGUCUCUUGGUGUGCUUGGAGCCUGGCCUGCUCACUUCCAGCUUUUUAGCCCCAAGAAACUUCUGGAGUGUUUCCUUUCACCACACGUGGCCCACUUCUUCCCAAAUGCUUCCUCUCACUAUCCUCACUCUUCUUUUCUCUCUCUGCCUCCACACACAGUGCCCAGUCCCCCAGCAUCCUUCCACUUGGACUGCAUAUCGGAUACGGCACUGAAACUGGAGUGGACGCCCCCCAAAUUCCCCAAUGGGAAAUUGCUGAGAUACAAGUUGGCCUUCCAGCAAGGUGAGUCCGUGGAAGGGUUUUUCUGGCCGCUUGCAGUGAGGUUGGUCUGUGGAAUACUAGGGGGCUUGAGAGGCAUUUGGGUGGGCACUUGUCCAGAAAAACAGCCCCAAAAUAUUCUUAGUAAAAAUAAAGCAUACUGUACUUUGGAUGUGGGGGUAUAGAUUGUGUUUUUCAGCAUACUGCUGCUACUGUUACUUGUAAUACUGCCAAUAGUGACAAUCCUAAUUGUUAAUGCUCCAACCCUCUCUGCCUUCUUGCUCUAGCCAACCAGACAGCCAACCAGACGGCGCUGGAAUCCACCUCCUACAGCAUCAGUGCUGAACACAAUGACUUUAACCUCACUGACCUUGCCCCCCAUACUCCCUACAAGUUGUACUUAUGGGCAGAAACCAGUGUGGGGCCAGGGGAGCCAUUUGUUCUGGAAGAGCAUGCAAUGCGCGAGUCAGGUAAGUGAAGCCUUAUGGAUACGUCCUCCAGGGGGAACUUGUGGCCCUCAAGAUAUUGUUGAACAACUCCUGUCAUCCCGGAUCACUGGCUAUGUUUUCUGGUGCUGAUGGGAGUUGGACUUCAAGAGCAUCCAGAGGGCCACACAGGUUCCUCCAUCCCUGUCAAACCCAGGGAGAGAACGAGAAGAUGUUUCCUGUGGAGGUUGCACAAACUCCCUGCUUAGCACGAGGAGCACAAAACUGGAGCAAGGCCACCCCCACCCCCCUGCCAUAGCCUGGCCCUUGGGCACUGCUCCCAUGGCCACGCCACCCAUAAUUUGCUGUUUUUGUUUUUUGUAAGUUAAAGUAGGUGCCUUUGAAAAGAAUAAGAACAGGUCGUGAGGAGGACUUUUGAAUAAUCCUUGAUGUAUUUGUUUGCUGGAUUGGUGAUAGUGUGUGUGUGCUCCUUUUUUAAAAAAACAACAACUCUCAAAAUUCAAAUAGAAAUUGUAUUCACACUCAGAGAUUAUAGGAUACAGCUGUAUGUUCUGAGUCAGAGAUGGGGAACCUUUGGCCCUCCAGGUUUUGCUAAAUAUACUCAAGGUUUCUUACUGACCUUCUUUUAUGUUGUUGGUAAUAAGGUUCAAAGUCCCUGGCACAGCUUUUAGACAAAGGUUCCCAGACAAAGGCUUUUGUGGAGGUUUCAGAGGUCCCCAGUAGGUAUACCUGAUGUCCAUACGUCAUAUGCAAAGAGAGUGAUUCCUGUGUUGAACCCAACAUGCAGAUCAGGGACUUGCAGGAUCAAGGGCCAAUAGAUAAUUAUGGCUUGUUUCAGAAGUGACAUCAAGUGAUAAAGCACUUUGUGAACAAGUCCUGCAUGCUCUCUCAUCCCCUCAUGUGCCCUGUAUCAGUUAGUUUCUCCCUCUUCAGCAACAGAGUGCUUUGUCAUUUCAUCCUAACCAACAUGUUUUGGUUUGUGCAUGAUAAAUCAUGAUUUGAAGCUAAUUUGCAAUUUUGAUUUGGAAGGGGAAGUGCAAGCCAUAGUUUCCUGUUUCUGACAUAGUGGUAAACUAUGGUUUGCCCCCAUGAAAGAAGUAACUAAAUAAAGGGUCCGCAUGGGGGUAAACAUGCAAGUCUGAGCCUCGUUCAUGUGUGAAUAAGCUGAGUACUUGAGGCAGAAGAUCCAAGGUGUAACAUUGCCUUCUCACUGAUGAAUAUAGGAAAUAUUAUUCCAUUGCUUCAGCAUUCCAAUAGAGAAUUAUCUAGCAGGUUGCACUCUGCUAGUCAGAAUGAUAUGUUUCAUGGCAUCCAUGAUCCAUUGCCUGGAGGUAAUCCAUUGCUUUGCAACAAGGCUGCCUCUAUGAUCAACAACAAGUCUUAAGACUUGAGUCCACCAUGGGUCUUGAACUGGUGUCCUGAGGGAUGUCAGACAAAGACUCACUCUGCAUGCUCCCACCAAACUGCAGGAACCCUCCAUGCCAACCAAGGAAGCCUUCUUGCACCAAUAGAACAUAAUUGGUCAGGUGAUACUUCAAGAUCAGGCUUUCUUUCUUGAUUUCUUGUCUGAGGAACUAGGAGAUCUUCUCCUGUUGUGUGAAGAUUGCCUCUGCCUUUCUCCACAAUUGACAGACCUUUCCUUGACAGAGACAAUUCAUGUGAGUGAGGUGGUGACAAAGCUUUGAAGAUGAACUAUUGUUUGUACUAUUAGUCUAGAGGAAGUCAGAGAAUGAGGCCAGCUCAGUAAUUCUGUGAUGGUCAGUUCAUCCUAAAAAAGGGGUAUUGUGCUAUCUGGUGCUGCUCUUGUGCGGUGUGUGUGUGUGUGUGUGUGUGUGUGAUGCAUCAGCACAGCAAUGUGCAUUUUGGACUCACCUUGGUGGUUCAGUUAUGGGGGCUGUUAUGACAAGUUCCUGCAGUUCAGAAUUUACCACUGGCCCAGUAGCAGUGGUCAGUAAGAGAGGGGAGACAGGGAGCAAGGCAGAAGACUGGGCAAAAUGGUUUGGAUCCAGAGAUCUGUGGAUUCCAAGGGAAGAGCAAUGGUUCCAAAAUGUUAGGAAUGGGCAGGCAUCUGAGGGUGGGCAGAAGACCGCCUCCCCAGCCUGACCCUUCCAGGGAGGAGGGAGAGGAAGACAGCUUAGAUUUACAACAGGGGUUUGAGGGAGGUCACAGCUCAGAGGCAGAUGAGGGAAAAGAUGGGAAAUAAUGGGAGAGGAGGAGGAGGAAGCAGCAGCAGCAGCAGCAGCAGCAGGGGGGCAACAGCUGACAGACAGGGUGUCUUUAGAAAGCAUUCCAGACCCCACCUCCCAGAACCCGGCGAACCUUGAAAGUAGGAGAGCAAAGGGCUCAAAAGCAGAGGGCAUGGAGCAGCACCCUUAGAAGUGAUGAAUGGGGAGCUGGGAGAGAUGAGGGAUGGAGAUUCACUAGGGACAACACUAUUGUCCAGAGGCUGGGUUCUAUAGCCUCUCUCUGUAAGUACUGAAUAAAAAGAGGAUGGUAAGAAACAUUCCCUUGUCUUUGCAUGUUUCUGGCAACUGGCUGGGAGUCGCUGACAGCUGCCUGACAGGAGCUGGGGGUGGAGGAAGAGGAAGAGGGAAGAGUCUGGGAGAAGGAGGCAGGGGCAUAGUUGUAGCAAGGCAGAGGCAGAAGAGACAGUUCCAGAGAGAGUCAGGUCCAUUAGAAUCUCCAUCCUCUCCCACACUGUCUCCAAGUGUGGAGGACAAGGAGGGGCUUAAAGUGACAGGAGCAGCUGGAGCCGCCACCACUAUAGGUUGCCACUUGCUUGUACACACUAUAUCAGAUGAGGGGGUUUAGGUGAGCUGAGUGGGGUGUGGCUGCAUUGAUGCUGCAAAUUAGAGCAUAAGUCUGAAGAAGUAGCUUUCUAGCUAGCUAAGUAGCAGGAGUAGUGUGUAUAUUUGUUGCACCUUAGAAACUGAUGCGAUCGAGUGCUUUACCAAUAAAGAACCAAAUUUCUGAUUGCUUGUCAUCGUUGGGGCUGGAGUGCUUGGAACACGAGAGCAAGCAGCGGUGGCUCAUGCAACAAGAUCUCUGCUGGGUGACAAGCUUUCUACCACGGAGUGGGAUUGCCUAAGGGGAGAGGGCCCUUGCUAAACGGUGCUUUUGGAGGUGCAGGAAGAAGUGCUAUUUUCAUUUCAUGUGGCUGCAUUGCAACAUGGGUUCUGGGUGGUGGAGGCUGCUGGUGCCAUCACUUGUGCCGCAACCUGCUCACAACCAAGUGAGUGCUUGCUGCAAAAGCAAUAAUCUGCCACAUUCUCCACAUCUGACUCACAACCUGCUUCAGUAAGGGUGGCAGGUCCCCUUUCUCCAUCCAGCAAUGCUCUGCCAUAUGAGCUUAAAAGGCUCCACCUUAGUUCUUGGAGGACCCCCAGUUUCAGACUUCCACAGCCAGAAGUAUCUAUCACUCUUGGAAGCAGAAAGAAAGGAAAGCAACACUUUAUCUUGGUUACCUUCCCCACUCCCUUCAGAAUCAAUGAUUCUCAGAAAACAAAAAUCUAUGCCAUGUUCCAGAUUUAUCUGUGGUUUUUUUCAUGCAGAAUUUCAGGAUGAUGGGCAGAGAAGAUCAACCCAUGCAUGGGAUCAUAGGGUAUCACUUCCAGAUGCUUUUUCUGCCUUGAUUAUGUUGUUUUUCUCUAUGGAGGGCUCUGUAGCAAGGCUGGGGGGGGGGCUGUGGCCCUACAGAUGCCCUUGGGCUUCAACUCCCACUGGUCCCCAGCCACUAAGGCUAAUCAUCUGGGAUGUUGGGAGCUGCCAUCCAACAAUGUCUAGAGAGCCAUAGAUUCCUCGUCCCUGCUCCGUGGAGUUAAUCAGGCAUUACUUUCUGUUGUCUUCUUAUGGAAGGCAUUGAAAUGUUAAUAAAUUCCUCUGCAACCUUGUUUUUCUUUCUGCCUCCAUGCCCAGUGAACCUGAGCUUUAUGAAUAUCAGUUUGGGUGAAACAGGGAAGAACUAUACCACCAUCGUCUGGACCCCACGACCCAACCAGCGAGAUGUGGAAAUCAAAGUCCAUCUUAUGAGCAAGACUGGUAAGAGCAAGCAAAGGUGGGCUGUGGCCCUUUGGAUAAGGAGGUGGGUGGUGGGUGGGAGGGGAAACCACAGCAACUUUCCCUUCUCUCAUGGUCUUCGUGCCACCAGAGAAACUGAGAUGCUACUUACUGUAAUUUUACAGAUGUGGUAAUUGAGAAGGAAGUAUAGAGGCUUUCUCAUAGCCACCAGAUGACUCCAUCGGUCAACCAAGUCCAUAAAUAUCCUGCACAUUUAGCAGUGUGCACUGGUUUUAAUCUCCCCUGCCAACAGAAAAUGGAUUGUGUUGCUAGAACCUGGAAAAAGUGGCAGGCAUGGACACUUGGAAAAUGUGGAUUCUCUUUGCUGCUGAAACAAAAAGAGCAUAGGGCAGGGCUGGAGAACCUUGGUGACCUUCCAUGUGUUUUUGGACUCCAACUCCCAUGAGCUCCAGGCAUCUUGGCCAGUGGGUUAGGGACGAAGGGUGUUUGUAGACAACAGCAUCUGGAGGACCACAGGUACAGCACAGAUCUUCCCAUCUCAUCAUUCUUUAUGAUUAGAAUUCAGUGUUCAACCUCUAAAAGGUGAAUAGUUUAGUGAAUAGAUUUUGGACAUACUAUUAAUCCUUCUUCAUCAAGUUAGGCAAAUGGCAUAAAUGUUAGACAUUUAUACACUGAAGUGAAAUAUUCGCAUUACCGAGUACUGUGUUGAUAAACAGCAAUAUUUGCAAAGGAGGAUUUUGAAGAGAAAUCUGCUUGAGUGAGUGGGAGCUAAUUAAUUGCUGCUCUGACACACAAUGCCCUUUCUGCAGGCAGGGAUGGGAUGGAGCAGAAGACUAUCCUCCAUUCCUCUUCUGCUAGUGUGAUGAUGGAUAUUUCCCAAUAAUUUUGCUCUUGGCAUGAACAAAUUCUUCUCACAAAAAUCCUCUAAAGCCAGCAGCAGGUGUCAUGAGCCCGUCUCAGCAUCUGAGAACAGAACAAUAUUGAUGGCAUUUAGUAACAAUACUGACAGUUUCUUAGUCAACAACUUGGAGAGUGGAGGUUGGUCCUUAAAUUCUGAAAUAACAUAGUUAUAUACACUUUUUAAGGAGAGGAAAGGCAGUAUACAAAUCAGCCUGUGCUCUUAGUGUCUGCUGGGCAGCAUCAGCAGGCCAGUUUCUAGCUCAGGCAUAGGCAAACUCAGCCCUCCAGAUGUUUUGGGACUACAACUCCCAUCAUCCCUGACCACUGGUCCUGUCAGCUAGGGAUGAUGGGAGCUGUAGUCCCAAAACAUCUGGAGGGCCAAGUUUGCCCAUGCCCGUUCUAGCUAGAGAUGGGGGGAAAGUACAAUUAAGUUUGCAUUUAAAGGAAAGUCUGCUGUAUCAGAGCUUGCAGGGCAGCGGCGCGUUUGAUCCAUCUUUUAGAUUUAGGGGAGCUAGUCUCAAACGUUUGUUGGGGGAGACCUAGGUUUUUUGUGGGGGGGGAGUUAUUUGUCCUGUCUUCACGCUUUUUCUGAUGGAGGACCGCUGUAGCCACCCCCAAUGACACGUUCUCAAGAUGGAGGGGGAGGGAACAGCUGCAGUCGCCUGCGGUUCCUGCGCAAUGUUUGCCAUCUUGCCAAAGGUUGCAGGCAGCUUUACCUGCAGCAAUUGCAUGUUGAUUGCCCUCUUAAAAGACAAAGUCCAGCAACUGGAGGAACGUGUAGCUACGCUCCAAAGAAUUAGAGAGCUGGAGCUCUUCUUGGAAGCAACAGAGCACACCGUCUCCACCAAGGAGGAGACAGGGGACUCCCUGAGAAGGAGGCUAGUUCACCAACACAGGAGCCAGAUAUAUGGAGAAACGUGACUCAAAGAAGUAGGAGGCCCAGGGUUCGCUCUGAUUGCUUAGAAAUACACAAUUGCUUUGAGGUCCUCUCCCCUAGCAUGGAAGACGAAGAGCAGACUCCAUUUGAGGAUCUCUCCCUCAUUACAGUCGAUCAGGUAUAUGAAGACGAGCAGCAAAGUCAGUCGUCAGGGAAUGUGCAGGCGACCUUGGAACGGACAGCUCACAGAAGAACCCCGACCAAACCUAAGAGGAGGCGUGUAGUAGUGAUAGGGGAUUCCCUACUGAGGGGAACAGAAGCAGUGAUCUGUGGGCCUGACAAGAUGUCUCGGGAAGUGUGCUGUCUCCCCGGGGCUAAGAUCCAAGAUGUAACUGAACGACUACAAGGAAUCAUAAAACCCACUGACAAAUACCCCUUCCUCUUGGUUCAUGCGGGAACCAAUGACACUGCAAGCAAUAGCCUCCAGAAGAUCAAAAGAGACUACGAGGCUCUGGGCAGGAAAUUGAAGCAAUUAAAUGCACAAAUUGUCAUCUCAUCUGUCCUCCCAGUUGAACGACGUGGCCCAGGGAGAGAGGGAAAAUAGUGGAAGUGAACAGCUGGCUUCGCAAAUGGUGUAAACAGGAACAGUUUGGAUUCUUAGAUCACGGACUGCAGUUUCUUGAAGAUGGACUUCUGGCAAGCGAUGGGCUGCACCUCACAACGGUUGGGAGAAAUGUUUUUGCCAAAAAUCUCAGAAACCUCAUUAGGAGGGCUUUAAACUGACUAAUGGGGGAGAGAGACAGUGCUCCUGAAGGUAGGAGUCUAUCAAUUGAUGAAGAUGAUCAUCCAAAUGUCAUAGACCAAAUGGAGCAAACAGCACGCAGACCUAGUGGUGGGAGGAAAAAAUCCUUAAAUAAGAGACAUGGGGGAAUGAUUAAUGGACUUCAAUGUCUGUACACUAAUGCACAAAGCAUGGGAAAUAAACAACAUGAGCUUGAGCUCUUGGUACAGCAAACUAAAUAUGACAUAAUAGGCAUCACUGAAACCUGGUGGGAUAAGUCCCACGAUUGGAAUGUAAUAAUGGGGGGAUACAAUCUAUUUCAGAGAAACAGACCAGACAAGAAAGGAAAGGACCAGCGGAAAGGAGCAGCCAAGCAUACUAGGACUCAAUUUCUUGACUUUAAGAAAGCCGACUUCAUAAAACUUAGGGAAGUGCUGGGUGAGAUCCCAUGGACAGUAAUACUAAAAGGAAAGGGAGUUCAUGAUGGCUGGGAGUUUGUUAAGAGGGAGAUAGUAAAAGCACAACAUCAGGCAAUACCAAUGAGACGGAAACAUGGAAGGUGCCUAAAGAAGCCAGGGUGGCUAUCUAAAGAACUUUUAACUGAGUUAAGAUUUAAAAAGGUUGUGUACAAAAAUUUGUAAAGUGGGGAAACCACCAAAGAGGAAUUCAAACAAAUAGCCAGCACGUGUAGACACAAAGUCAGAAAAGCUAAAGCACAGAAUGAACUCAGGCUUGCUAGAGAGGUUAAAAGCAACAAAAAGGCUUUUAUGGGUAUGUUCGUAGCAAAAGGAAGAACAAAGAAACAGUGGGGUCACUCAGAGGAGAAGAUGGUGAAAUGCAAACAGGGGACACAGAAAGGGCUGAACUCCUCAAUGCCUUCUUUGCCUCAGUCUUCUCCGAUAAAGAAAACAAUGCCCGACCUGAAGAAUUUGGAGCAAAUGAUUCAGCAAAGGAAACACAGCCCAGAAUAACUAAGGAGAUAGUACAAGAAUACUUGGCUAGUUUAGAUGUAUUCAAGUCUCCAGGGCCAGAUGAACUGCAUCCAAGAGUAUUAAAAGAACUGGCAGAUGUGAUCUCAGAAGCACUGGCAGUCAUCUUUGAGAAUUCCUGGAGAACAGGAGAAGUCCCGGCAGACUGGAGGAGGGCAAAUGUUGUCCCUAUUUUCAAAAAGGGGAAAGAGAGGACCCAAAUAAUUACCGCCCAGUCAGUCUGACAUCAAUACCAGGGAAGAUUCUGGAGCAGAUCAUUAAGCAAACAGUCUGUGAGCACCUAGAAAGGAAUGCUGUGAUCACCAAUAGUCAGCAUGGAUUUCUGAAAAAUAAGUCAUGUCAGACUAACCUGAUCUCGUUUUUUGACAGAAUUACAAGCCUGGUAGAUGAAGGGAAUGCAGUGGAUGUAGCCUACCUUGAUUUCAGCAAGGCAUUUGACAAGGUGCCCCAUGAUAUUCUUGUAAAGAAGCUGGUAAAAUGCGGUCUUGACUAUGCUACCACUCAGUGGAUUUGUAACUGGCUGACUGACGGAACCCAAAGGGUGCUCAUCAAUGGUUCCUCUUCAUCCUGGAGAAGAGUGACUAGUGGGGUGCCACAGGGUUCUGUCUUGGGCCCGGUCUUAUUCAACAUCUUUUUCAACGACUUGGAUGAUGGACUCAAGGGCAUCCUGAUCAAAUUUGCAGAUGACACCAAACUGGGAGGGGUGGCUAACACCCCAGAGGACAGGAUCACACUUCAAAACGACCUUGACAGAUUAGAGAACUGGGCCAAAACAAACAAGAUGAAUUUUAACAGGGAGAAAUGUAAAGUAUUGCACUUGGGCAAAAAAAAUGAGAGGCACAAAUACAAGAUGGGUGACACCUGGCUUGAGAGCAGUACAUGUGAAAAGCAUCUAGGAGUCUUGGUGGACCACAAACUUGACAUGAGCCAACAGUGUGACGCGGCAGCUGAAAAAGCCAAUGCAAUUCUGGGCUGCAUCAAUAGGAGUAUAGCAUCUAGAUCAAGUGAAGUAAUAGUGCCACUGUAUUCUGCUCUGGUCAGACCUCACCUGGAGUACUGUGUCCAGUUCUGGGCACCACAGUUCAAGAAGGACACUGACAAACUGGAACGUGUCCAGAGGAGGGCAACCAAAAUGGUCAAAGGCCUGGAAACGAUGCCUUAUGAGGAACGGCUAAGGGAGCUGGGCAUGUUUAGCCUGGAGAAGAGGAGGUUCAGGGGUGAUAUGAUAGCCAUGUUCAAAUAUAUAAAAGGAUGUCACAUAGAGGAGGGAGAAAGGUUGUUUUCUGCUGCUCCAGAGAAGCGGACACGGAGCAAUGGAUCCAAACUACAAGAAAGAAGAUUCCACCUAAACAUUAGGAAGAACUUCCUGACAGUAAGAGCUGUUCGACAGUGGAAUUUGCUGCCAAGGAGUGUGGUGGAGUCUCCUUCUUUGGAGGUCUUUAAGCAGAGGCUUGACAACCAUAUGUCAGGAGUGCUCUGAUGGUGUUUCCUGCUUGGCAGGGGGUUGGACUCGAUGGCCCUUGUGGUCUCUUCCAACUCUAUGAUUCUAUGAAUUCACACUGUCCAAAAAACACUGCACAAGCCAAAACACAACCACCCUUUGAAAUUCACAUUCACUGAAAAUUGCAAGGAAGUACUCCAGCCAAGUAAUGUGUAAAGGUGCAGGGAUCCCUGACUGUUAGGUUCAGUCGUGAACAACUCUGGGGUUGCGGUGCUCAUAUCGCUUUACUGGCCGAGGGAGCUGGCGUACAGCUUCCGGGUCAUGUGGCCAGCAUGACUAAGCCACUUCUGGUGAACCAGAGCAGCGCACGGAAACGCCUAUUUAUCUACUUGCACUUUGAUGUGCUUUCGAACUGCUAGGUUGGCAGGAAGUAAUGUGUAUAAGAGGUUUUUUAUAAGAGGCUUAUUAUCGAGGUGCAUGCAAUGUAUAUAUUAGUGAAAAUAACCUACAAAAAUGCAUUCCAUUAGGGAAAGUGUUAAUAUUAGGGAAAACAUGCUUUGCAAAAUAUGUGUAUAUUCAGCAAUAUUGCUUAUAAAAUGUUCACACUAAACCACUGGUGAAUCUUACAAGCAUUUAAAAAAAAUAAAACAAACAAUUAUGUGGAAACAUGGAGAACUGAACUUAAGCUUGGAAAAAUGAAAGGCUGGAAAGGUCAGGUUUGCUCACGCUGACUUCUUCUAACCCAGAUUCAGGUGAAAGGAUGUGGCUGCCGAGGGGACUGAAUGCACAGUCUGGUUUUCCCCUGUCUCUCCCUGUUUUCUAAGCAGAUAAAGAAUCAUGGCGAACCGUAGGGGAUGCCAGCUCCAGCCAGGGAUCCUUCAGCAUCGCAGACUUGCAGCCAGGCAAGCAGUAUCGGGUCCGGCUUGUGAAAGCGCACCGCACUGGGGAGGAUCAGACCAUCUGGGAGACAGAGGUUGAAACUAGUGGCGUAGGUAAGUGGUAUUUCGGACCAAGAGGUUGCAUUGCUAAGGAGAGUGGUACUUUUGCUGGAUCAGUGAGCAAUAACAAGACCAAAAGGCGAGGAACGAUAACAAAGAGAUUUAUUGCAGCUUGGUUACUACAAAAAAAAAGAUGGAUUUUUUUAAAAAAUGGAGAAAAAUGGCUCAAUGGAGGUUUUUAAGCAGAAGUUGGGUGGCCAUCUGUCAGGGAUGCUUCAGUUGUGAUUCCUGCAUUGCAGGGGGUUUCACGGUCCCUUUCAACUCUACAGUUCUAUGAUUCUAUGAAGUAGCUGCCUUGGAGGAGAGAGCAACUUUAGCCUGCCUUUUAAAAGGGAAGGGUCUUCCUCCACUGGCUAUUUUUUAAUGGAGAAAAAAACCACAUUAGGAUCAGACCUGUUACAUUCAAACUGAAGGGCUCUUCUCCAGUCUUCAUUAAACUGUUCCUGAAGAUGAUGUUACAGGAGCUUGUGUGUGUGUGUGUUUGGAGUCAAUUCGCAGCUAGUGCUUUACAAUCUAUCAAUUAUAUUUUCAAAGACUUUGAUUGUAUUGCCCUCUUGCAUUUAUCUUUUGAGCACUGCCUCCCUCCUGGUUUCUCAGGCUUUUUAUUAGGCGUUGUAAUGUAUUAUUUAUGGUUGUCACUAUUAAAUGUGACAUCUUUUAAGUGGAGGAAGGGCCUUCUGUGAUCUGACAAAAAUGUCAGAUUCAUACUCGUGGAGACUUGGGAAGUGAUGCUGAAAGGAGCUGGUUGUGUCUCUAGGCUUGGGAAAAGAUGGGGAAGGUGGAGAUUUGAUUGCUGUCUUGAAAUAUUUUUAAAGCCACAGCAAAGAAGAUAAGAGAGUCAUUGUUCCCUCUUGCCAUGUAGACAAAGGGACAAGGGGCUGCUGGUUUAUAUGGCAGGAGAGUGAAUUUUAGGAAGACAAUCUUACUUCUGAGAGCAAUGGCUAUAUUUAGAUUUGUACUGACUUAGAUCAGGAGAGCUUUUUGGAGGGGGGAGUAGGAGAUUUUAUAUGAGAAAUCUUCAUUAUUUGUUAUUAUAUUGCUUGCUUUCCGCUCCCUUUUCCCCAAGCUGUGGGAAUGGGAUAGCACAGAUGCAUUUGCCUGGUGCUUGCUUAAAACAUCUUGUAUGUGUGUUGGUGAAAACUAUUCUGUUCUCUCAAGCUGUUAGCUAAUGUGUAAGCCCCCCAUGUUUGGGGUUUCUGAGUAGACCCAUGGAUGCAGGAAAUGGCUGUAGCUCAAUGGUAGACACAUACUUUGCACAUGGAGGGUUCCAGUUUCAAUUCCUCAUAAAUCCAGAGGGGGCUGGAUAAAGACCCCUCUGCAGAGCUACUGUCAGUCAGCUUAGAGUAGUGGCAAGGAUUCUGUGGCUCUCAAGAUGUUGUUGAACUCCAGAUCACACAAGCCGCACCCACCAUGCCCAACAGUCACUGGAGUGGGCUCCAGCCAAGGUCUACAAGUUCCCCAACCCUGGCGUAGACAGCACUGAAUGGACUAAUCCCUUUACUCCAUAUAAGGCAGCUUCCUACGUAUCUUUUAAUUGCCUGUAUGUGGAGGGUUGCAGGCAGCCUCUUGAGUCAUUAGCAGCCAGCUGAUUUUUCUCAAUAUGGGGCUGCAAAGGCCCAUCUGCUCAUAUAGAGAUGGUGCUUGGUUAGGGAGGACUCCAGGCUGCUGUUCUAACCAUGCUGCUCUUUCCUGAAUUCGUGAGUAAAUGCCCCUAUCUGCCACACAUGGGCGGAGAGCCCUUCCCAACCAGCUGCUCACACAUCUCUACAGUGUCCACUCACGAUACUGCUGAGAACAUUGCAGAAAAGUAAUGUUUCUCUUUCAAGAGAAACUAGUGACCCAGCCCACUGUUAGGUGCAAAUGGCUCCAUCAUUUCUGAGGAAGUAUUCUAGCAGGAGCCAAUGAACCCUUAACCCCAGACGCGUGGAGCAGAUUUUGUAAAUUUUUGGAUGUAGAGGAGUAUGUGCCUGUGUUUGUGUGUGUUUAAUAAGACAAGCUCCUCCAUUUAAGAACCAGCAUAAUAUGGGUGGCAUUUCCUAGAAUGACCUGCUCCAUGUAUGAACAGAAUGUACUUUCCUAUACGCUGCUGCAUGAAGAUGGGUCUAAUCCCCCAGUCUGAAAACACACACACAAUCAGCUGGUGUGUGUGUGUGUGUGUGUGUGUGUGUGUGUGUAUGUGUGUGUUUGUGUAUCAGCAGGUGCUAUUUGAACCCAGGUUGUUCAGGGGUAUAUGGUAAGAACCUAGGUCUUCUCUAGGAGUUAGUGCGGCUCUGCCAAGAUAACAGUAAGUUGUUCUCUCUGCAGUCUGAUGUUGACAUACUUACUUGGUGGAUUUCCACCAUCAUGGGGAAAUUCCACAUUCCAGUCAGAUGUUUUCUGGAGGAACGUCUCUCAAGAGUCAGAAUUUAGAGAUGGGCAAAGCAUUAAAGCAUUGAAUAUAACAGGUGGGCCCCAGCCCAGCACUUCGUGUUGUAAAAUAGUAACUUGUAGAUAGACUUGUAUGUUUACUGCUGUGUAUAAUAAACUACAAGAAUCAAGUUACUAGUAGUCAUCAGUCUUUGUUCCUGAUCGUCUUCCUGCCUGGGCAAUCUCAAGUGUUGCCUAAGAAACGCUGCAGUACUCUGCUAUACUCUGCUAAGCUGUGCAACAGGCGAAAGCACUUCAGAGUUCACCGGCUUCAAAAGUUAUAAUAUUAAUUUCCUCUCUGUGCUCUUUGCAGUUCCUGAGGAUUUCCAGAAGAGCUUUGCUGCGGAAGGUUGGUUCAUCGGCUUUGUCAGCGCCAUCGUUCUCCUUAUCCUGGUUCUGGUGCUUCUCUGCUUCAUCAAGCGCAGCAAGGGCGGCAAGUACUCGGGUGAGGUGCCCCCAGCCCCACCCUAGCACCUCGCAGCAGACCCCCGUGGGCCACCCCCCAGGCUAUUAUCACUUUUCAGUUACAUAGCACUUUUAGUGUGCCUGGUGGCGUUCGUCCUCACAACACUCCUGUGAGGUAGGUUGUUAUCGUUCCCAUUUUACAGACAAGGAUGCUGAGCUUGAGAGAUGGGGGAGUUGAUGGAGUUCACGGAGUGAAGUCCAUAGUUGAGCUAGGAAUUGAACUCAUGCGAUCCAAGUUCAAGUCCCCUAUUUGACCCACUGGGCUGGGUAAGUCCAAAACAGGGAGGGAAAACAGGACACCCUCCAGAUGUUGCUGGACUCCAUCAGCCCCAGCCAGCGUUGCCAGUGGUCAGAGAUUACGGGUGUUGCAGAUCAGUAACAUCUUGAGAGCCAGAGGUUUCCCAUCUUUGCAUUACGUACUGGAGAGACAGAUUUUAGGUUAGGAUACGGAUGUGUUACCAGCAUAAACUGUUUUCAUGGUAACUGCUUCCUUAAGGUAGCCUGGGAAUUGCACUUUGUGAGAAUGCCUCUUCCAGCUUAUCAGCAUGCUCUCCUAUCUGCAGCUCCCAGGGCUCCUUGCAGAGAAGCCAAAACAAUUGAGGCUUUUGAAAACUGGCAUUACCUUUGUGUUGUUCAUAUGCUAUUUUGCUGUCCCCUGAGCAGGCGUGGGGGGCUUCUCUCCGGGCUUCUCUACCUGCCCCUUGGAAUUCUCCCCAGCCACCCUCUUGCACCCCUCACUGACCCUGCUUUGCACUCUCUCCUGGCCUGACCGGAAUGUGCUCUUGAAGUCUCAUAAUGCCACUUACAUGCCUGGAUGGAGGCUAGAGAGGGGUGUGUGAGUGUGUGCACAAACUAGGCACUACUGUAGAAAGGUAAAUUUUUCCUUGUUGCUCUGCCCAUGGUUUCCUCUGGCCCUCUGCCUCAGGUGGGUUCUCUCGCCUGCCCUUGGGCGUUGGAAGCCCUAGGCGGGGGAAAACUGAACAGUUACUCUAGCAGGAGCCAACACAGUGAUUCCUGCUAGUGCAAUGGGAUUCCCCCUCCCACAUAGCAUGGGGGGGGGGUUGGGAGAACCCUGAGAAGAGUGCGUGGGGGAGGGGGAGGGGAGAUGGUUUCAUCUGGCAAACUGAAAUGCUUGGGCCGAUGGAACAUUUGUAAGAGCACUAUGUUGAAUAACUGCCCCAAAUAACUUCCCCACCCCCUAAAAAAAAUAAAAAAAAUAGCAUGUUGUUAUCUAGAGAUGCUUCCACUCAUCUCUGAUCCAAGAGCUUUGGCAGCUUUCAUAAUGCUUCAAAGCUUAUUUGCCUUGAGAUGGCUGUGGGACAAAAGAAAUGAAUUUAUAGAGACCCCUGGACAAUAAUAUUUCCAUAGUGCACAUCUCAAUGCUCUGGCGGGGACGGGCAUGUUUUCCAUCUCCAGCCCACAUGGCUAAGCCCUCAUUCAGAUAACCACUCAGCCCCAAGAGCUAUGGGGCAGCUCUCUAACAAUUGUCUGUCACAGGUCCCCCCCCCAACCUGCAGUUUUCCCAUAGUUCCCAUCCCAACACCUCAGUGAGGCAGAGGAGAGGCAUGGUCUUUCAGAAUGAGAGGCAGGGCUGCUCCUCUCCUCUUUCUUAAUAACAUCUCCCUGCCUGCUUGGCCACCUUCUGCACUAACCUCACCCACCCCAGACCCUAAUUCCAAACCUCUGCUCUGCUCUGGUUGGUUGGUUGGUCCCCUGCCCAUCAAGGCUUUCACCUCAUUUGACAUGUUUUCUCUUCUUCUCUAGUGAAAGACAAAGAAGACACUCAGGUGGAUUCCGAGGCCAGGCCUAUGAAGGACGAGACCUUUGGGGAGUACAGGUACACGGCAGGCGAGUGGAGAUGGCCGGGGCUCAGGAGGGAGGGAGGGGUGGGACAGACAUGCAGGGCCAAGGCAGCCACCCUCCAUGGCCACAAGGUUUAUCCAUGUGGUUUCUAUAGGUCUGAACCCCAGGAACUUAAGUGGCCUCGUGUGCCUGGACCCCCGUGCUUGGGAAAGUGUGGGGUUUAGUGGGCUGCACUUGUUUGUGGCCAGAGAAACAGACUCUGGGAUUUAUUUUGCAUCCAAGAGCAGUGAUGGCAUUAAAGACGGAACAAAUUCAUGCAGGAUAAGGCCAUCCAUGGCCACCAGUCCUGAUGGUUGUGUUGUGCCUUCGCUGUUGGAGGCAGUGAUGCUUCUGAAUGCCAGUUGCUGGAAACUGCAGGAGAGGAGAGAGCUGUUGCGCCCAUGGCCUGCGUGCGGGCUUCCCGUGGGCAUCUGGUUGGCCCCUGUGAGAACAGGAUCCUGAACUAGAUGGGUCCCCCUUGGCCUGAUCCAGGAGGGCUCCUCUUCUUAUGCUCUUCCUUUAUCCUCCCAUCCGAGAUGUAAACAAGCCUGGGUGUUUGGAUAGGUAGUGCCCCUUCUCAACACUUCAAGAUAUUUACUGAAGUGAGCCUGCUUCUGAUGCUGCCAUGCACCUAGUCUACAACACCACACCUUGACCAAUCCAGCCUGUGCUUGGAAUCCCAGUGACCAAACCUUGUGAGAUAUUAGCAGGGCUGUGUAGUUUUGCAGAAAUGUGGAAAAGCAGUAGAAUGUGAUAUUGGCCACAGAACUCAGCUUCCUUAAGAAUCUCAAGCUUUCUUUUUUCCUUUUUUUAAAGGAAGCAAGUUUCUAGCCCUUAUUGUUGCAAACACCAUAUGUUUCGCUCUAUAAGACACACCUUUUCCCUCCUAAAAAGUAAGGGGAAAUGUGUGUGCGUCUUAUGGAGCGAAUGCAGGGUGCGCAGCUAUCCCAGAAGCCAGAACAGCGGGAGGGAUCGCUGCACAGCGCUCCCUCUUGCUGUUCUAGCUUCUGGCUUAGCUGCAUGCACCCUCUUCAGGGCAGCAGGGAGCCUUCAUUCCGCUGCCCUGAAGAGGCUGUGCAGCUAUCCCAGAAGCCAGAAGAGCAAGAGGGAUCGGUGCGCACUGAUCCCUCUUGCUCUUCUGGCUUUGGGGAUAGCCACGCAAAGCCUCUUGAGCGCAGCGGGAGCACUCCUGCCUCUUCGCUCAAGAGGCUUUGCGUUGCUUUCUUGUUUCUUGUUUUCCUCCUCUGAAAACUAGGUGCGUCUUAUAGGGCGAAAAAUACGGUAUAUACUUCUGUGGGUUGUGCCUCACUUCAGUGCCCUGAAUAGUUCUUUCUCCCUCUCCAUGACUAUCAAAAGAAAAAUAAACUAAGUAAGAUGUCAUGCAAAUUUGCAUAAUGUAUACAGGUUGUAGAAAUCCCACUUAUCUUGGCAGAGGAUUUGGAUUACUUUCAUGUAAAUCAAUUGCUGGGGUUUUUAUUUGGACACCCAGUCUUGAGUAUGAGUCCCUCUUCCUUGGUGGUAGGUUCAGGGAGUGACCAAGCAGGAGGAGAGAGUAAGGGUGACAGUGGUGGCCGGUGAGGGAUCUUCUGCAGAGUUUUGUACAAAACACCAUCAUCUGCCAAAUGAUGGUUGCUGCUGCCUAGUUAAUAAGUAAUCCAGUUUAGUAAGUGUGAGAUUGAGAUUCUGAUGGUGCUACACAUCAGGGCAGCCAGGAGAUCUUGUGAGUUGGCACCUGAGUUACUACACCAAGUAUUUCCAUUGAUAUAGCAUUAGUGGGAUGCUGGGGGUUUUACAGCUGACAAAGUUAUGCUGUUUCUGCAUGGGGUUGGUAAGCUACAAUAGACAAGAUAGGGAAGCAGUCAAAGAUUGACAGGGAGCAGUGAGGAGAGGGAGGGGGAGGUCAGCAGAGGAAUCAGUUGAGUAGCCUUUCCCAGCCUUGUGUCCCCAGAGGUUGUUGGACUGUAACCAUCAUAAUCCUCGGCCAAUAAUCAGAGAUGAUGGGGGCUCAAAAGCAUCUGGAGGGCACUAGGUUGGGGAAGGGUGCAAUAAAAGGUUGGUGAGGCUUCUUGAAAGGCUUGACUGAAGAAGGGAGUCCUGGGCAAGUUAGGGGGUGAGAGGUCAGCAGAAGUGAGGGGUCAUAAAUAGGAUUCCUGAUGUUUAGCAUGCUGCUCACUCCUCUUAGGGCUUGCCCACACUUCCGCUUAUCCCAUGCCUAGAAAGCGUGGGUCCAAGCGGUUUCCCCUUGACCCACACUUUCUGGGCACAGAUCUGAGCAGUUAUCCCCUUGCCCCACUUUUCCCACUUUUCCCAGGGAAAACCUGCUCUUUAGCCAGGGGAGGACUUUGGGCUUUCAACUUUCCUCAGCACCCUGUGCGAGCCCAAAAUUUAGCCUUCACCUUCCGUUCGGCACAUGCUCUAUGCCAUAGUUGCAACACCCUGUGGUGCCCCCUCCCCCCCCCCCCCCGGUUCAGCACUCAGUGCUGAGGAACUAGCCGUGCUGCCCUAAAUCCAUGGAAAAGCAGAUUGCCAUUUGCUUCAAUUGAGCUCUGAAGAGCAGUUUUCCCUUGGGGUGGGGUGGGGGCAACGGAACAAGAGGAAGUGUGGAGAAGCCCUUAGUAUAUUUACACUUUAUUGCAGUCCAUAGACCCAAAUUACACAGUACAACACAGCCUUAGUAUAUGCAUUUCUGCCCUUAGUCCCCUGCAGGAAACUCUCAAAAUAUGACGCUGGUUUUCUCUCUUUUCUCCCCCAUCUCUUGCUUCAUUAAUGGAGGUCCCUGGAGAGGUAAGAGGGAUAUCCGGGGACUGCAUAUUGCCUGAGGAAGGUGGGGCUGGACAAGGACACUCACCCCUUGCUUCCUCCCUCCCUUUUUCACUGUCUUUAUCCACAAAUGACCCUUAAAUAGCUUUGUACUUUCCUCAUCUUUUGCAAAUCCAAAUGAAAAAUAGGUGUCAAGACAGAUUACAUUUUAAAUGCUGUUCUCUUCUACUGUCUGCCUUGCAUUAGCAUUCCAGUGAUGAGUUCCAGACUAACAGGCAGUCUUAUUAAUGUUAGCUUGUGAAAAUGGCUUUUAAUUUCUUGGUAGAUCUUCCCUGAAAUGCUACAUGCCUGAUCUUUCCACCCUGAGGAUAUAUAUAUGCAGAUUAUGCGAUAAAUGUCUGGAAUCCUGCAGGGAUGAAGGCUUCACAAUGCCACAGCAUGUUUACUUCGAAGUAAAUCCAACUGGGUUGGGGGGGUAUUCCCUGGUAAGCAUGCAUAGGAUUGCAACCUUCACGUGUUCAAAAAAGUACAUAUAUUGUCUUUGCGUGUCUGCAACUGCUCUGGCAGAUAGGCCAGUGUUAUUUUCCCUAGAGGGAGGUCUGAGGAAAUGCUGGUUUGCCUAACAAGGGCCUGUGAAUGUGUUGCUGAGGCAAGGCUCAAAUGACAGAUGCUGUGAUUUGUAGGGAAUGGACAGUACUAUCCACACCAACCCAUCUAAACCCCAUAGAGCACAGUGGGCUUAACUACUGAGCAAGCAUGCCUAGGAUCAUGUGGCACGUCUGUGAGCCACUGUAAUAUCCACUUCUUGAGGAUCAUUUGUUUCUGCCCCCCCCCCCCCCGUUGUUGGGUUGUGGUUUUUGCUGGGGAUGGUGGCUGAGUGAAGACUUGGUUUUUUCCAAAGGCAUUCUCCAUUAGCUAACUGCAGGCCUUUUUGAACUGUGGUUGUUUUAACUUGAUUUUAUCUUAUCUUCUUAUCUGCUUUCCUACUUUGGUUUUAUUGAUUGUUUUUAGACAGACAGAUAGGGAUUUGAUCACCAAAACAAGAAAACACUCAAGAAUAUAAAAUCACUAUUCAGUAAUCAUCAAAACUGAUGACCACAUGUGUGGGGGUGGAGCACGAAAUCCCAUAUAUUUUCAGCUGCACAUUUUUCAUUCAUUUUUUUUCUUUGUUGCCAAGCAACAAUUCAACAUUUUCCAAAUUCAGCCAAUAAUCCUUUUCAGCUAACAAGCGGCUGAAGUUCCUAGAGCUUUGAACAAUGAACACCGACAUAGGAAAUGCAGCAGAUGUUCAACGAGCCCAUAUGCCCAUCUCAAAGCUCCCCCACCCUCCAAUGUUUUCUAUUUUGAUAAUAAGUGAAUAUUUAUUGUUAGCCUCUUUGGGCAUAGCUUAUAAAUAAAUUCAGUCAAUCAGUUGAAGCAUGCAGUACUCUUCCAUAAUGAACUGCAAUGGGCAUUCAGUGAAACUACUAAAGAUAUAGCUCUCCUAAUUAUAUAUUUAGGAAAGAGCAGGUGUGUGCUACUGGAGCAGUGUGUGGCAACUUUCACACAAUUCAACAUUAACAUCUCAGAUUGUAUAAAAAACGUUCUUCAUUGCAUUUGUAAAUUUGACUUUUGCUACUGCUGCCUCAGUACUACAAAAUUGCUCAUAAGAGAAACUGUAUGAAUGAAUGAAAUCAAGCAUUCCAAGAGGUCCCGUUAGAAGUACAAUUUAAAGCUUGUUGUAAAAGGCAAAGUUUGGACAACUUGUUACCCAUUUUUAGCUAAUUAUAAAUGAUGCAACUUUGAACUCCCAUUUUACAAAGGGUGCUUUCCUUUAUUAUUUUACUGAUGAUUUUUUCAUGAAUCUGGAGAAUUGCUUUUAGAGUGUUUGGUAGUCCCUUCUCCCAAAGCCCUUUUCUUUAAAAUAUUUUUUGAACAAUGUUGGGAUUCCAGAUACUGUGCACAUGGAAAAAGUGGAUCAUACCCAAUAAUUUAGCUAUAUCCAAAAGCAAGAACCUUCAGCCUUUUCAUACUCAGGACCGACUUGUAACCAAAACAUGAAUUUUGGAGACCCAUUUUUUAAUCUUUUACCAUAUAUUUGCAUGGUGGUAGUGCUCCUGUUGCGACCCACAAGUUGAAGACCAGUGUCCUAAAGGAAACAGUUACCUGUGGACAAAUGCAGUCCAUCCCCUAUUGAAACCAAUGGCAAAACUUGGUUUUAAUGAACAGGAACUGACACAGUUGUACAGGGGAGAGAGGAAGUGUGUGCGUAUAUAUAAUGCCAUCAGGAUAAAAGUGACCCAAGAGCUAAUUGUGCAUGAUUUGACCUCUUUCUCUCUUAUUGUCUUCCUUCCUUGAAGUUCAUCAAUGCUUAGAAUUAGGUAACAAUCUCCCCCUUGCCCUCCAGCCCUUGCACUUUUGUCCUGAUCUGCUUUCCUGGAGCACCAAAGCAGCAUCGUCUCAGCUACCUGCCAUCUAAGCCUUGCAGAGGGCGCCCUGGGGUUCCCUGCUUCCUUCCUUUGGGAGAUACUGAAUAGAUGCUUUUUCCUAGUGCUGCAGCCUGCAUGCUUUCCUCUUUGCGGUGUGCAGUGGGCAUGGGCCUUCGUAGCUUUGUCAGAAUUGAUGACAACAGAGAUUCACUUUGGUCCCUGCCUCAUUAGUUCAUGGGCACGUUUGCACACUUCUACAGCCAGGGCUUUGCUCAGCCCCUCUAAGGUUCACUUGACUGAGUACGCCUGCUUAUUUCUAACAGAUGUCACCCCUGUAAUACAAUUGGACUUUCCUUUGAACCUAAUUUCUCUCUCUGUGCAGCAAUCUGCAAUUCUGUUCAAGUUCAGAAAAACUGCAGAACUUGGUACUAGCUACAUAGCGUCUUGAGAAUCUCAACUUCUAUUUAAAUGGGGUUGGGGAGCUUGUUUCUGGGCCUUAUGGUUGUGAAGAUAGAGCAGCCAUCUAGUGAAAUCGUCAAACCCCAAAGGGGUACUGACAGGAUUUCAUGAGACCAGAAAGUGAGGCCUUCAGGGAUCCACGGUGCUCAUUGCCCCUUUCUACAGCAAGCAAAGUCAGAAUAAAUAAUAUGAGCUAAGGAAAUAGCUGCAGAUUUGCUUAGUUUGCAUGAUGCAUAUAGGUUGCAGGAUCUGGCAUUUCCUGAUAUGACAUUUGGGGUUCCUUGCUGCAUUUUUAAAGCACACAUAGCCUUAUCUCCAUUACACACCCACACUUUCUUCCCAUUCAUGCCUGUCAGGAACCGUCCUACUCUCGAGUAGGACCCUGGCAGAGACCCAUGCCCGACUAACAUGUUCUCUCCCUCCUGGUCAAUCAUUCAGGAGCUUCAAAAGCUUUCUUCAUCACAGUGACUGAUGCCAACAGCACACUUAGGGACCCGCAGAGUCUUCGCAGCUUGCAUAACAGAACUCAGUAGCUCAGCAUUUUGGCUAAUCUACUUUAUUUACAUAUAAUACACUCGGAGCAUUUUGACUUAGCUCCUUCCUCUUUCUCAUCAGACAGCAAAUAGAAAGAACAAAGGACAAUAGUCCCACGUCACAGAACACAGUAACACAAACAUCCUGUCUCUGUCACUUCCCACUCUGUGGAGUCAAAACAUACACCGUCAUGUGAUAGACAACAAUCUCAUGACUGCAAUCACGGAGCAGGAAUCUUAACAUUGCCAUCUCUGGCUCACUUACAGCCCAUGUUUUGCAGCCAUAAAACAAACUUCUUACAUGUCCUUUAUGUGCAUUUUUGCUCCUGCCACUUUCCACAUCCACUCCUCUGCUUGGGUUUUAGUCAUGCAUGCCUGCCUGAAAAGUGUUUCCUGCUGUCUGUUUCAUCUUUGCACGCUUACACAUUGCCCUUUCGGGCAUAUCCUUGGCCUACCCCAUUUUUUGUGUGUUUAUUGCUACACUGUCUGUCUGUCUGUAACUGUCUCUCUCUCGCCAUGCUUUGUAUUGCAAAUUGGGAUCACUUCUCACAGUAAGAGGAAAGACAGACCCACACCAUACAUUUAAAGCUAAUGACUUCCCCUAAACUGCAGCUCCCAGAAUUCUUUGGUGGAAGGUGUUUGCUCUAAAUGUACAUUGGAUGUAUUUUAGGUGUAUGGUGUUGAUCUACCUGAAGAUGUGGGACGGGGGGGCAGGGGAGAGAUUGUGCAUGUUUAGGGAUGUUUUUUGAUGACUGGUGUUUAAAUGUAUUUUUAAUCUCCUGUUGGAAGCUGCCCAGAGUGGCUGGGGAAACCCAGCCAGAUGGGCGGGGCAUAAUUAAUAAAUGAUGAUGAUGGUGAUGAUGAUGAUGUCUGCAAACAUAUCCCUGAGAUCCUAAGCCAAUUGCAUCUCUCAGGUAUAUGCUGACUGCCUGCCUACAGUCUCCUCUUCAAAUGUUAAAAUGUGUCCCUUUGGGCCAGUUUCAAACAUUCGUUUUCUCUUACGUGCAGCGAUCCUCAAGGGUGUAAUCCUGGAAGCACAAACUUCAGCAGGUCCUCUCCCUGUCCCGCAGGAGAGCACUCAACCUUGGGCUUCCCCAAGGUUGCAUUUCCGUUUGCACUUUCCUUUGUUGUAGGCUCACAACCAGCAUUCGAUGCUCUUGGGAGCACAGGACUUUUAUGAUGACAUUUGUAAGGGCCAACCUAGACACUUACAGGCAUCUUAAGCACAUGUUUGCCUGUUUGCAUACAAAGCAGGGUGUGUGUGAAACCGACUCCCUCCCCACCUUACCUCACUGAGCUCUGGUGCUUUAAACAGUACUUGAUUUUGGGCAUUCUCAUCCACCUUAUGGCACUUCACACAUUCAAAAGAGGCUCUGAGGGACAUGUUUGUGAGGGCUUUGUACACACCUCACAUUUAAAACACAUUGCUUCCCCUGAAGAAUACUGGGAACUGUAGUUUACCCUUUGCAGCGCUAUAAUUCCCAGGAUUCUUUUGGGGGAAGGGUAUAGUGUGUACAGAGCCAGAGAGUGAUCCUGUGGAUUACUGUGGCUGAGCAUGUUUGUGCCUGAAGUGCAUAAUCAAAAGUGCAUUCUCCUUCUACCCACUGAGAUGGGGCACAAUCCACCAAGAGCUUCUAUUGCACAAGACCCACUGAAAUAAACAGUGCUACUUCUCAGUGACUUAAGCCCCAGGGGACAGGUCUGUCUGUCUUCCACUCUGCUGUACUUAAAUGACAGCCCAAACCUGUUGCCUAAGGGCUUCUCGAUGUUAACCUUUUGCCCUGCUCUUCCCAUGCUUUGAAGCUCCAUCUUUUGCCCCAGAGCUUUCCCCGUGAAAACCCACUCUUUAAAAUUGAAGCACAAUGAAGAGCAAUGCUCCAAUUCAGUGGUAAAGAGCCACUGUUUAGUAAAGAGCCACUGGGGAACUCUCCAGAGGAAAGGUUAAGUGCGGAUAAGCCCUAAGGUGACUUAUCCUCCUCCUCCUCCUCCUCCUCCUCCUCCACCUCGUUGUUGUUGUUGUUGUUGUUGUUGUUGUUGUUGUACCCCGCCCAUCUGUCUGGGUUGCUCAGCCACUCUGGGCUGCUUCCAACACAUUAUAAACCACAGAAAACAUCAAACAUUAAAAACUUCCCUAAACAGGGCUGCCUUCGGAUGUCUUCUAAAAGUCAGAUAGUGGUUUAUUCCCUUGGCAUCUGGUGGGAGAGCGUUCCACAGGGAGGACACCACUACCAAGAAAGGUUCCCUGUAACUUGCCUUCUUGCAAUGAGGGAACCUUGGAGCUGGACCUCAGUGUCUGGGCUGAAUGAUGGGGGCAGGGCUACAAGUGCGCUGCAGAUGCACUUUCUCUCACAGCCGUUCCCACAGUGUGUGAAGCCAUAUUUGUAAUGUGUGGACUGGUCCUCUGGCACACAGUUGUAUGCGUGCACUUGACUUCUCUCCCCCCCCCCAAAGAUUCAAGUCUUGCAGUUUUGCAUGCUGCCUUAUAUUCCUUCAGGUGUUGGGACUCCAACUCCCAUCAGCCCCACCCAAUGUAAGAAAUGGUCGGGAAUGAUGGGAGUUGGAGUUCAAUGGCACCUUGAGGGCCACAGGUUCCUGCACCCAUGAUUUGUAUGCUUCCCUUUGAGGUCUGCCUUGCCUAGUGGAAUGUAGAGCACACUAGUUGCUGCUCUUGCCCUUUCUCAUCCCUCUUCUUUCCUCCCUGCAGUGAUAAUGAGGAGAAACCCUUCACAAGCAGCCAGCCCUCCCUGAAUGGCGAAAUCAAAGCCCUGGGAAGCGACGACAGCUUGGCUGACUAUGGGGGCAGCGUGGAUGUCCAGUUCAAUGAGGACGGCUCCUUCAUCGGCCAGUACAGCGGUCAAAAGGGCAAAGAAGGAGGGGGAAAUGACAGCUCAGGGGCUACGAGCCCCACCAAUGUGGUCACUGCCCUGGAAUAAAAGAGGGGGCACUUCCCCAAAGGAUACCCCCAACCCCGGGGGAAGAGGAUUUCCCUGUGGAUUAUUGGGUUGAGGACACAGGGAGAACCCCCUCCUCACCAAGGGAAAGAAACAAAGAAAUAAUAAUUGCUCAAGCAGAAGUGGUAAUUGGGGGAAUUCACCCCUUUGUUUACUAGCUGACCCCCCCACCCCAUCAGGGAGGGUUAGAAAAUCAGGGGAUUCCCAUAAUUAUUCACCAGCCCUGAGCAAAGUCAUAUCUCUCUUUUCUGCACCCCCUCCCAAAACCCAGUUAUCCUUCAGCCAAAUUGGGUGUGUGUGUGUGUGUUUGUGGCGAGGAGGGCAGGGCAGUGACAAGCUUAGAGGGGCUUAGUGGGGCUCAGGGUUCAAAAUUGCCAAAAGAACAGAUGACCCCCUUCCCAAGCCUCAGAAAUGUUCCUUCUUCGUAGGUGUUUAGGAAGCAGGUGCUAACUGGUACUGCAAAGUCCCAUCUCCACUCCGCCCCCCAAGACAUGGGAAGCAGACAGAACAGCUGGUGGAAUAAUAGGGGCCGGGAGUCCAUGGGGGUCUUCUGCCUGCGCCUGUGGAAAGAAGGAAGGAAGGCUUGUGGGACAGCUGAAAAGAUGGCUGUGGGAAAGGAAUGAGUAUCAGUGGGCUGGAAAGUUCAAAAGCUGUGGGUCUCUUGAUUCUGCUAUGCACCCCCUUUUCAUGGAUUAAGCCAACUGAAGUUUCCUAACAUUUGCACCUAGCAAGGGGAGGUGUGCCCCAGCUGCACCCCCAAACCCCACUGCAUAGAUUUAUCAAUCCUUCCCUCCUUGCUUGCUUGAUUUCCCAACCCAUGCCUUGUUCAGGGGGCAGUUCCCUUUGACCAGUGGCUUUCAAACUUUCUGUCUCAAGGCUUGUCUGCUGAGGCAUUCUUGCACAUCUGCCGUGGAGGUCUGAGUUGCCAAGCAUUCUGGGACAUGGUCCAGGGUCCACACUAAGCAUCGCAGUGGAAGAUUGGUGGUCAUAAGGAAGGGGUUCUUCAGGAGAAACUUAGCUGCCAUGACUCACUGAGAAAUCCCCAAAUUAGUUUCCAAGAGGCCCCAGCUUACACCCCUGGGAACAAAGUUUGAAACCCAUUGCCAGAACUUAGUCCCCUUCUGGUGCUGAAUUUCCCACUUAGGGUGUGUGUGCGCGUGCAUCUCUCUUGUUCCUUUUUCUUCCUCUUUGGGUGCCACAUUAAUUCAUGUCCCUCUUUUUUCUGAUGACCAAAACCCACGGUUUCUUCCACUGGGCCAAAUACCUUACCAUUUCACAGACACCCCCUCCUCUUUCUCUGUCCCCCACUCCCAGCCUCCCCACAAACAAUAGAGAAAAGAAAAACCCCAAGAACCUCUGUGCUUCUUGAAUGCAUCUCACGCAGCUGCCUUGCGACACGUUCUGUCUUUUGAAAGUGGCCUCUUCACCGAAUCAGCCCCCACCCCCAUCUCCAGCCUCUGUCUGAUGUAAUUUUUUUUCCUCUUGCUUGUUGGGGAUGAAGCAAACCCUUGCUUUUUUGCAUAAAACGUUUUUUAAAAUAAUAAUAAAAAAUAAUAACAAAAGUACUCUGAUGUUUUGAGCAACCCUACGCAAAAUAAACCCCAUCUUUUCCCUGGUCUGUAAAUAUUUCAAACCCUUGUGCUCGAGUUUGUUUUAGGUAUCUUAGGACUGGUGUUUUGAAGUCUUCUAGUUGGUCUAUUUAGGUGGCUUGGAAUUUAAAAAACAAAAAAGGAAAAAACAUUUGAAAAGUCCCUUUCCUCCUACUCUGUGAUUCCUUCUCCCCCCCGCCCAGCUCCAAGCUCCCCUGCCCUGUGUAUCCUUCUCUUUUGUCAGGUCUGUUGCUAUCUACCUUUCUCUCUCAAUGGCUUUUUUAAUAUAU